AUGGCUCUGUUCUAUCUCCACUGUCAUAAGACUGUGCUGGCUGAGGCUCACAAGCUGCAGUACAAAACAGCUACGAGGCAAAAGCUUAGAGAAGGAUGCCCUAGCCAUUUUAGUACAGAUACAGAAUGAAUAAGGGGAAACAUGCAAGCAAUAUUCUAGCUAUUGGCUCAAUAGGCAACCUGGGUCCAGAGGCUAAUGGCUGUUGUGACAUCAAAGACAAGUGAUUGCAUUUCCAAUGCCUUAAAAAAACAAAAAAACAAAAACACUAAAAGCAGCCAUAGCAUCCUCCACCCCCAGUUUGGAUCAGAACCAUGGUGCCUGCAGGAUUUAACCCUACCACCUUCUUUCAGAGCACUGAUGCCAAUAGUCAAUGUCAGCAAACAGUUGCUAUUAGCCAUGAAAGUGAAAACAUACGGACCUAGUGAGUUUGUAUUGCACCUAUAUUACCCUCCCCAUAUCCCUCUACAGCAAAUAGCAACUUUGUGGGUGUGUGGCUUGCACUGGGGCUGCCGCAGCAUGGGGGAAAAGGAUUAAGAUCUCCUUCAUCCACAUGGUCCUGAUCCAAACUGGAGCAGUCAUGGCUUCUUUCAGCCAACUGGCCAGCCAGUCAAGAUGCUGGGAAGAAAGGAGUGUGACCUCCUAGAAGCCCUUCUUCAGCAGCCAAGAAGAUUGUAUGGCACCAAUCAUAGUGGAGGAUUGGCAGACGGAAGGGAGUGCUGAACCUCUUUCAUGUCCCCGCCCUUGAAUUAAUCUUCAGCAACAAUUUUGAGUGGAAAAACAGUCCAGGGGGAAGGGAAGUGUUAAGGAGAUGAGUAGCAUCUCCUACUCAUGCAUCAGUCUUCUCCUAUGAUUGGCGCUAGGCUUUUGUUCCUCUCACUUUGGCAUUUAUAGCACAGCUUUUGUCACAGAGCUAUAUGCCUUGUGACUCACCAAACUAAAUGCUACCCAUUGGCUAUAUAUUGUGGUCUUUCAUUUAUCAGACUCCCUCCUUUCAUUACUAUCUUGGAAAGACAGUAAAAAGAGGCAGUUUACUGAGAUCCUGAUGAGCUAGAACAAAUCAGGGAGGGUCUGCUUUUAGCUUUGUAGGUAACAUGCAUUUAUUACAGUUAUAGAAAAGUGUAUUUUUCAUUAUCUCUAUUGGAACUGUUCUUUGGAGAAAAACAAAAAAAGAAGCCAACCGCCUCUCAACAAGGAAUCAUUUCAGCACUUAAUUGUUGAUGAAUGUGAGGAAUGUCCAAAUAAACUACAGACUCCAGUGGGGAAAGGUUAUUCAAGGCUCCCAGCUUUUUCUUUUGCUUCCAACAUUCUACUAUAAAGUCAGAAAAGUCCCCAGUCCAGUUCAAAACUCUCUAAGGAAGGUAAAUGCCAAAGCCUCCAGCCUAUCUAUAAUUCUAAAACCAAAACUCGGUUACUUGGCUGUCCAAAAGAAAGAAGCUUCUGAAUAUUUCUCAGCCUGAGUUUCUUCAGGGAAUUCCACUGCAACAUCUCACACCACAACCACCAACACAGUAUAAACAUGCUAGGGUCCAACAAAAAUCGCAGUUGUGGGAUAAAAGAAGGCACUAAGGGUCAAGCUACAUGUGACUGACAGCUGUGUGUAACUGUUGCCUUGUCUGCAGCUGUGGGAGGUUGUAGUCUUCAGCAAUGGGUGGCGGGGAGGUGCUUAACCCUUUCUCUUGAGUGAUCUGCCUACAGUGGUGCCUCGCAAGACGAAAUUAAUUCGUUCCGCGAGUUUUGUCGUCUUGCGAUUUUUUUCGUCUUGCGAAGCACAGUGUCGGGAAAGUUUUGGAAAAGCUUCAAAAAUCACCAAAGUCUUUAAAAACCUCAAAUUAGGUUACCUCACCGAGUUAUAUGAGUUGUUCCUCGAAGUAAAGUGGCAACUGUAUUAACGGUUUUAAGAAAAGGAAACAAACUUGCAAGACGUUUCCGUCUUGCGAAGCAAGCCCAUAGCGAAAAUCGUCUUGCGAAGCAGCUCAAAAAACAAAAAACCCUUUCGUCUAGCGAGUUUUUUGUCUUGCGAGGCAUUCGUCUUGCGAGGUACCACUGUAUUCUGAAUUCUCAGUUGCUCCAGCCAUGGACAGUUUUUAUCCCAGCAAGAAGGUAGCAGUAGUCUUGAAGGAAGCAGCACUGUGUUGGCCUGGGCAGGAUUGUAGUCCACUCUAAAUGCACACUUAGAUGGAUUAAACAAGCUGAUAUGUACAACAUUUCACUAACCGCCCUUCUUGGUUUUUGUCAUCAGGAGGUGAAAUAUCACCUUUUGUGAUCCAGAGAGUAAAGAGGGUGGGAUUUUCCUACUUUUGACUUGCAUGGAUGCCUCUAUUCGCAUGCUCACUGGCUGUGGUACCUAACUCCCAGCGUGAAAUCCAUUCCUGCCUAGAAUCAAACUAGCUCAUUCUGGCAUGUAAGUGGUAUGUAAACAAAAGAAUAAACAACCAUCAAUAACAACGAUCUGUUUCUGUGAAACAGAAUUGACCCAGGACGUUUCAGCAUGUCAGUUUUUCUGUGGAAUUGCUGGUUGAGCAGCACCAACCCUACCAUCAAACAUCUGCCUGGAAGCACCCUAUCUCUUGAUUUUUAGGUACUUUGCACGAUAGAAAAUAAUGUGCGCUGCCAUCCUAUAUUAUUUGUAGACGUUGCUGACAAGACCGCCAACGCAAAACACAGCAGCGUGGUUUUUCUCCCACGAUGUCCUUAACAUCAGGGGCAGAAAUUCAACAGGCGCAGCUUCGCUUUCUCCCGCUGGCCAGGAGCCACUGCUACCCUCCCCGAGGCUGAAGCAUAUUUGGAGACACCGGACACGAAGAGGGACCCGCUCUGCACCACCGCAGCGCCUGCGAUUCCAGCAAAGCACCUGCCAGGUGCAGCGCGCGACCUCCGCCUGUUCUUCCCCCCGCCGCGCGCGCCUAGGCUUAAAAUGCGACUUUCUGCAGCCGCGCGCGCCGAACUCGCCCACCUCCCGGAAGUCCCGCCUUAGCUCCGCGGAAGUGAAGUAGAAUCCGGAGGGCGGCCGGGCGGCAAUCAUGCCGGGCAAGAUGGCGGCGCCCACGGAACCGUGCUGAGGGGAACGAAGGGCAGGGCGGGCACCGAGUCCCGCUCUCUGCCCUUCCUACGCCGCGCACCGCCUCGGGCUCCCGCAGGUACCAAAGGGAAGUUGGGAGGAAAAACCUCGGGGAGCUCUUGCCCCUUCCGCCGGGGCGGGAGAAGAAAGGAGGGGAGGACAGGGACUCUUAGGUGCCAAAAUAAGGCGAGAAGGGGCAACGCCUUUUCGGAAGGUGCCAGAGAAGGAAUGGCUCUCUCCUCCGGGCUUCUCUGCCUGUCGCUUCUCCUCUUUGCACGGCUUCUUCUGCUCUCGUGUGUUCGGAAGGGCGACUCUAGGUCAUAGGAACCUGCCUUGCCCCGUGACACCGCUUACUAAAUGUUAUGUGAGGUGCAUGUCAGUGGCUCUCCAGGAUUUCAAGCAAGGCCUUCCCUUCCCUGGGCAUCUGAACCUGGGACCUUCUACGUGCAAAGCAGGGGCACUGCCCGCUGAACAGAAGCAGAGUGAUGGUAAAAGAAGCCGAGCCGGAAGAACGAGCAGCUAGUCCAAAGCAGUCUUCUCCCAACAAUGCUAUAGAUAUGAUUGAUUUUCCUAAAUGGAAAGGGUUUGCUUUACGGGUCCCAAGGCAUGUAUGCUUGAUUACUGAGCUGAAGCCGGUGUUGUUGGCUACAGCUUCUAUUUCAUGGUGUCAGUUUUAGAUUACAAGCCUGUGGUAACUUCUGUGUACACAGGUGUUGCCAAAUAAAUAAAUAGCUAACAUUGCGGGAGAAAGCAGCCCCCCCAUUCUCUAUUGUGUUUGCUGAUGACGACGACAACAACAACAACAACAACCACCCACCCAUCUGGCUGACUUGCCCCAUCCACUCUGAGUGGCUUCUAACACGUAUAAAAACCAUAAUGAAACAUUAAACAUUAAAAACUUCCCAAUACAGGGCUGCCUUCAAUAAAAAGUGCAACUUGCUAAAAAGCAUAACUUGCUGGGGGUUUUGUUAUUAUAGGCAGGGUGAGAAAAAUCUUUUUCUGCUUAUGCACUCUUCUUCAAUUAUUUUCCUAUACUGUACUAUCUUAGUUGAACAAAAAGAAAAGAUGGUGGCAAGGAUACACAGGGAAAGAAGGUGCAUUCAUUUCAGUUGUAUGUGUUAAGGCUUAUAUUUAGUGGGAGGUGAAGACUAAAGGGCUGUGUCUAAGGCCUCAAGAAGGAUUUUUGAGGGGGUUGGCAGAAUGGAGAGUCACACCAUCCCUUAAAGUUCUGGAAGACAGUUUAGGGUACAAGGGGCAAUAAGACACAGAGGGUGGAUAGUUUUGAGGGAGCUGAGAUCCUUUGGAUAGUUUGUGGUGAUGGAACAACAGGUUUAAAGGUCAGUGUCAGAGAUCUCUUGGGAUAUGAAAAUGCAAGAUUAACAGGGUAAGGUCAAGGAGGAUUUGAAGGAAAGAUUUGUGUGGAUCUGAAAGUAGAUAAGACAUUGGCAGUGGAUGUUGUUCAGUGGUGGAGAACAUCCUUUGCAUUACAGAAUACCCUAAAUUCAGUCCCUGGCAUAGUUGGUUAAACCACACUGGGAAUUGUAGCUGUUUGAAAGGAAGAGGGGUAACAGCUCUCAUAUGGUUUUACCCUGGUAUAAGACAGUUGCCUGUUUUCCUUAAGAAGGGGUGUUACAUGGAGGUAAAUGAAAAUGUUGGCAGAGUUCUACGCAGAAAUAUGGCAAUGAAGAAAGCUUCAGGCACUUAGACUUACUAGUGUCUCUUUUUCAGGACUGUAGUUAAUGUUGUGAUGGGGAGAAAUGAACUUCAGUUCUCUAAGUGAAUUCCCUGGUGCACUGGUUUAAAAUAUCAAGAAAAGGGCAAUUUGGCUAGGAUGCUUCACACCUUCCUUAGUGACUUUUCCCCUUUGGCCUCACGUGUUUCUUUAAAAUAUGUUGAUUCUUAUAUAUAUUAUCUAGACAAUGUAUCCCUUGCCCUUUCGGUAUUUCAGUUGCUUAGCGUGACUUGCAACAAUUAAAAACAAAACCAUCCCCUACAAUAAAAGUUUAAACAACAGCAUAAAAAUGGAAACAGAUUCAGCAGGUUCAGGGGUUUUGUGAUGGAGAGAGAGAAAAUGUUUUACUAUGUAGAAGUAUUUAAGUUUUCUUUACAUUCUCCUUGUUCUCUCCUUUAAAUGUGUAUAUGACUAAAGGUUUCCCCCUCUCUUCACCGUGGAUUUAUGUUACAGUACUUUCUUUUCAACUCAAGAUUUGUAUUCCUUUGAGAGAAUAUGCACUUUUCCUAGUUAAAAUAAUGUGUGUUAAUAGGCAUACUUUAUCUGAGUAACUUGUGCAAGCAUACAAAAAAGCAUGUUAAAUAAAUGAAAUUGUUUGUUCCAGACAUAGAAGCUACUUUUUAGUGAGCAUUCAAUGGAAUUGUGAUGUGUCGACUUGACGAACUGAAGCACGUACACCAGGCUCAUAAACAUUGCUUUAGUGUUUGCCUUUAUUGUCAUGAGACUUUUUACUGUGACAAUUAAAAAUGAAGUUUUAUGGUUGUCUUAUAUCAUAGUUGUAGUUUUUAAGAUCUGUAAUAAACACACACAUUGCAGCUGGUGCAAAAACCAGAAAUGUUCUCCUGAUGUGAAUGUUCAACUCUGGUGCUAUUUUAAUGGGCAAUACCUACUUUUAAGUAAAUAUUCCAUUUUGUUGAUGCUUGUCUAGUUAUAAACAGUUUUAUAGCCAAUGGCAGUAGCAGGAGUGGAAAAGAUUAGCUUGAUCGGUUGUUUGAAAGGAAACACUGAAUGACUUCCCCUUGGAUUUUGCAAGGAUUUUUUGUUUUAUGCUUUGUUUUUAUUUGCAUCUUUUCCUGCUGAUGAAACUGAUAAUUUGUAAUAGUUUCCAAUCUAAUCUCUAUUGUAAGUAAAUUGAGACUUUCCCCCCUUACUUGUAGGACUUUUUCCAGCACCUUCAAGAAAAAAGCCAUGCAGCAAAUGCCAUGCAAGUUUGCUUGUUUCUUUAGGGUCACCAAAGAAAGAGGAGUUACAUUUCAACAGUUAAAUUUCAUCAAGCGAAUGGUAAGUUGGUGUAAUACUGUGUAGUGCUACAAAAGGGAGUGAAAAUCAAAACUGCAUUCAUUGUACUGUAUAGAUUUCUCGCAUAAUAGUAUUCAUUACUUACAAAGGGAAAACAAAGACUAUUCCAUGAAACUUCUUGAGGGGAAAAUAAAUAAAUAAUGUGAUUAGAGCAGUGAUGUGAGGUGAAGCUUUUUCUAUAAAUAUCUGGUGUUAGUCAUACACAGAAUAGACUGAUUAAAAUCAGUUCACUUAAAUCCCCUGAUUUCAUUGUGUCUGCUCUUGAGUUUUGCUUUAGUUGCAUAUCAGCAACAAAGAACUUUCCUUGUUGAAACAGCAUAAACAGUUUACAGCUCUUAUUAAAACUACUCUCUAGGCCACAUUAGCUCAAGAGAGGUUUUCACCUUUCUGUGUAUUUAGGAUAAUGUGACCUAUGUAUCCAAGCAAUGUGAUAGAAACCGCAUAAUCUAAAACUUUUGAGAAUCUGAAUUAAAUUUGUAGAUACUUACAUAGCUUCAUAGGCCCACAGAAUCUAUAAUAAAAAGUAGUUUAUUUUAUUUUACAAAGUUAUAUUGUUUUUUUCAGUAUGUAACGCAGCAUAGCAAAGCCCACAGCCAGCGAGCAAAGUUGAAGUCAGAAUCAACUGCACCUCCUUUCCUUGAAGGCCAGCAUUCAGGUCAGGAAAAAAUGGUUAUCCAUGAGGUCAGAUCGGUUUCACCUCUUUUGCCGCCUUUAUCUGAGAAACGAGUUAUUAAUGAAUCUGAAGCACUGAAGUCCACAGUAAUCGCCGGAGGCACAGGAACUGUAGUAGGACCUGCAUCCAAGGAAGAAAAACAAUGGAAAGAGAUGAAACUAGAGCUGGAUGAUUUACCAGGCAUUUUGGCUCGUUUGUCCAAAAUCAAACUUACAGGUAAUAUUGUUAUUCUUUCAGAGAUGUAGGUUAUUGCAAUAUAUAUAUAUAGAGAGAGAGAGAGAGAGAGAGGUUAUUGCAAUAUAUAUAUGUGCAUGCUUCUCCUAUUCUUGUUGUAAAAGUAAGGGCUGCAAAGUUCAAUGGCGUUACUCUAAAAUAUGCAUGUUUGGGAUGUGCCAUGUAGCCAGGCUUUGAAAGGUGAGUUCAAUUGAGGAAGAUGGAGACAUGUACUAUAAAGCAGUUGUACUCUGAUAUGAGGAGUUCUUCCUUUAUUACCUGUUUGAGCUGCCUUUUUUACAUCCUGAGUUGGAGUGGAGCAGAGAUUUCUAUUUGUGUGCUUGUACCUGGAAUUGUCAAGCAGAGUGUGUUCAAGGGUUUAGAGAAGAAAUUAGAAAACCCAAGUUUAAUAUGCCCUUCCAUCUUUGUGCAAGCAACAGACGGCUAAGUCCCCUUUCUCCAGUGUUCCCUUAAACAAAGUGAUGUGGGGAGAGAGAGAGAGAGUUCUAUGCUAUGUGCUUUCUAGCAUGAGUGGAUUUAUAUACUGCUGCUGUUGUGCAGUAAUGGGCAGUUAUAUUCCAGCGUGGCUCCGAAAAUGGCGUGGGAGAAAGGGGGAAUUCUUUUUGGCUCUCUGCAGAGCUCUUUAAGAGUGCAUUAAUUUAAAACCUUUCUUGCUGGUUCAUUAUGUUUUGUUUCUGAGUGAAUAAGAUUUGGGUGAGCAUGUGACUCUAAAUCCUGUUAUUUAGUUAUAAACCACUGCAUCAUCAAGAUAUAUCACAGUGGUUUACAGUAUAAAAACAAAAAUCCAAACAAUAAAAUUAUAAAAUGUUAAAAAGAAAUUAAGAGCAAAAAGAAAUUAAAACUUCCCUGCCUGACCUUUGAUGGUGCCCAUUUUUUUGCCCUUGCACCUGUUCUGGAUAGGUAUAACCAGGGUACUACAGCAUGGUAAUAUACCUGAUGUUGGUGUAACCUUCGGCUGUGCAGGCCCAAGGGAACUUAGUUUGUGUCCAUUGCUUGUGCUGCCAGCAUACGUCAUAUCUUUCUUUGUGCAGUUUAACCUUGAUUAAACAAACCUAAAGUUUCAGUACCUUAAGCUGAGACUAUCUCAGGCCAAGUAAUUGUGUAAGCAAUCUAUCUGUUAAUACAAAAUCAAAGCACUGUAUCCAGUGGUCACACAAGUAGAUGGCAACUCACACAACCAAUCUUUCUCUUACUUGUUUCCCCUUGCAAAACCUCUUUGGAAGGUUGGGAGGGCCUUUGCUAAAGAGUAUGUAAGAGGCUGAAGGGAAGUAAUCACCUCAAAUCAGGCAGGGAAGCUUGGCACAACCCAAAAUAAGCAUAAAUGAGAACCCAUAUUUGCAGCGGUUGUGUGGGUUGAAUUUUAGAACUAAAUGUACUUGCUACACAUAGUGGAUGAUGAUCGUAGAUGCUAAUAAUGUGCCUCACAUGGGUCAAGUAGGCUAUUACAAUUUUAAUUCAUUGAUUUAUUUAAAUUAAAUACCGCCCUUCAUCCAAAGAUCACAGGGCAGUUUACAACACACAAAAACAAAAUGCAAAACAUAACAAAAACAGAAAUAAAUACACUCCCCCCCCCCAACACCAUUAAAAGGCCAUAUAUUGUUUUAAUACCCAAUGGCCUGGUUGAAGAGGAAGGUUUUCCCCUGGUGCCUAAGGACAAGUGAACAUUCAAAAGAAGUAAUUGUUUUGAAGCUUGGGAAUAUUGUGUGUUCACUUUUUAGGAAUUUGGGUUAUUUAUACCAAGUACUGUAAAGUCUGAAUAAAGAAUAAGCAUUGUCUUAUAUUUUGCUUCAUUGAUAGAAUGCUGCUUUAUUUAAUUGAGUUACUGAGAGCAGAAAUUAGUUCUUAAACAUUUAAAUCUCCUAGACGUUUUAAUAAAAAACUCAUUAUCUUAUUUCGUUCCCUAAUACUGGUUACAAAACGUUUGGUUUUCUAGGCGGCUCUAAUUUUAGUUGUUGUUCUCCUACCAAGAAUACAAUAUAGUACUCCUAGACUUUGCAGUGGUGCACAUUCCACCAAAGGUAUUCCAUAGAUUUUACAGAUUCUUGAUAGGUACUAUAUUGUAGUUUCAUAAAGAAUUGUUUUUCUUGAUGCACAGAGGAAGCAAAAUAAAAGAGUUCGCACUUCAGCUUCUCUUCCUCCAAAAGUUCCCUGAUAUAACAUAGUAUCACAAUCUGCUUUAUUUUUAGGGCUCCUGCUUAGUUUCUGCAAGAAGUGUUACGAACAUUUGUUUCAAAUUACUGUUAAAUGCAAGAAUGCUUUAAGUACUUAGCCUCUUUUUAAUGUUCAUGCUGUAACCUCUAAUGAAACAUAUAUAACUACUCCAAACAAAUCUAGGCUUACUAAGUAAACAAAUUGGUGAGUCUCCUACCACUAGCGUUACUCUUAUAUUUAGUGUUUCAGUGAACAAAGUGUGAGAAUGUAAGGAGAAAAACAUUCAUGCCAAGCGCUUUAGGAGAAUGGUAGCUUUCCUUGGGGAAAUAUUAAAACCUGCAGUAAUAUGAUCAAAUUCCUCCCCCACAAAUUAAAUAAGAAACACACCUUUUUCUCCAGCUUAGUUUUAGCAUAGAAGUUUAGCGUAGGGAUUUCAUUUUAAAAGCUCAAAUGAAAAAGGCUGGGAUUAAAAUUUAAUUUUCUAUAUUUUCAAUGUUCUAAGAGUUUGGGUUUUUAUUUUAUUGCCACUAUUGGAAAGUCAUAAGCAACCUUGAGAUGGGCAUAUAUGGAUAUAUUUUUUUAGCAUACAGUAUAUGACAAACUAGUGGAAUGUGAGUAUGUUUGUUUAAAAAAAUUUCACGUUUAACUUUAGCUGUCAAUGUGCAAUCUGCAGACUCUUUUCCUUUAAAGUUUGGAGUCUAUGGGAAAGGUGUAACCACUUUUACAUCUAGAUGUAGCUGCUUUUUGCAGGUAUUGGCUGUGUGACCAAGUUCCCCAAGCACUCCUGAAGUUGCCACCCAUUAGCUGAUGGGUGGUGACUUCAGUCCUUCUUGCUGCAGGGAUCAACUUCCUCAAGGGGAACCUGAUUGCACAGGCAAUCCAGCCAUGUCUCUAGCUGCCCCACCCUAUCCUUAGGGUAUGGAUAGGUACAUAUGGAAGGAUGCAUUCCAUUAGGUACCGAGUUCUCAAGCUGUUUUAAGAUGUCAUGGGUCAAAACCAGGACCUCUACCUGGGAUCAGCAAUGAAGCUAAUGCACGUAAGGGAGGACUGCGAAAGAAUUAAAGAAUUCUGAACCAAUGAUUUUGUUUUGAAUACAAUAACUGAACUGAGAUCACAGUUCUUCAUACAAAAUUAACUUCUGCCCCAACUCCAAUUUUCAUUUGAGCAGUAAAAUGUAGGGUUUGCUGGGAAGAGUCAUUUUGUUACCAUCAAGCAAUGUUAGAAGUUUGAAAUCUUUGCUGAUCUAUUUCAAAUCACCCAGAGUUUUACCUCCCCACCCACUCUACUUUAUAGUAGGCAGCUCUAAAAGUUAGAAAGGCAUAGAUGAAGGUCUCUAGGUCUUGCUUUAGCCAAGGCCCUGAUGAUGCACUUGACAGCAUAAACUUUGUUUUAUGAGUGUGGGAUACUGGGCAAGCUUACAGAAAUAUCUAUUCCAGUUGGAUAAAUGAGAAUGUAGUGCAGCUGCUUUUAAUGAGAUCCUGAUAAGUCGCAAUGAAAUGACUGCCUGAAAUUAAUCUGGAGAAAUCAAUGGAGACUUUAAUUAGAACACUGGCUACAGUAUGUUAGAACUUCUUUGAGGGUCAUUGUAAUGAUAAUGCCAUACAGACAGCUCCCCCUCCCUUCUUCUAUAAAUGAACUGGUGUUUUGUUAAAAUAAAUAGAUUUUGAGUAUUCGCUCUGAUAAAUUUAAUUAAAACUUCUUGUCAGAAUUUAAAGGAAGGCAUUUACCUUUACUAAUGGAAACCCAGUGUUUCUGACAAAACUCAAAUAGGAAGGCAGCAAAAUGUCGUUUGUGAUUUUUUUCUGGUACCACCAUUGACUUACCUCUCCGCCUCCAUCUUUCCUUUAUUUAAUUUCAGCCUUAAUUUUUUCAUUAUGCUGUUUUUUAACUGUCAUAAGGCUAGAAGGGUGGAAGAGAGAGCUGAGUAGUGUGAUAGUGGUUGCACAUGUGACUUUAGCUUCCUGGUUAUGGGAAUAUGCCUAGUUGCUUGGUGGAAAUUGAUACUCACCCUAGGCAAGUUGCUAAAGGCCACAUGCAGAGAGCAUACUACUAUGUGCCAGCAUGGGAACACACCCUCAUAUUUUUGAGAGCAGGAGCAGCUUUUUCUAUUUCCCCUGUUUUAAUCAUGAGGCAAGGGGGAGGACACUGUUUUCAUGGCAGUAUUAUCAAAAAGAGUAAGGAUGACUCAGAGCUGGAAAAACCCAAGUUGUCUGUGAUGAAGUUGUCUUUAUAAUAUUGUAAUUGAUAUGCAGUGGUUCCAGCUGCAAAACUGUAAGUGAUAUAUUUUAUUAACAUGUUGGUACUAAAGUGUGUGUUUGCAUUACAGCCCUGGUUGUAAGUACUGCCUCAGCUGGAUUUGCAAUGGCACCUGUACCGUUUGACCUAACGUGUUUCCUGCUUGCCUCCCUUGGAACAGGCCUAUCGUCCUGUGCUGCUAAUUCCAUCAACCAGGUUGGUCCUUCAUCAUUAUCUUGUCUUCACAGCUCAGUGCUAUGAAUAUACAAAGUUACUCAUUUUUGCAAUUCCUGUGUGAUGAUAGAUCAAAAUGUGAACAUCAAGCAUAGCAUGUUUAUUUGGGAACACGAGUUAAGACAGCAUUAAAGCCUUGUCAAAGUGGUGCUACUUUUGAUGGUAUAAAAGCGGCAGUCGGGGUGCAAGCAGUUUUUCUGGCUCCCAAAGACCUCACAUAUUUCGGCAGCAGUAGUAAAAAUAAACAAAAUAGACACAGUGCUGGGUUGGGGGGAACUGAGGAAAAUUCAGGUGUACAUUCUUGAAACUAUGGUUUAUUGUUAUAUGAAUAAGGUGCUUCUGCCAUAUAAUGGGAGGGAAUUUCAAAGGGUAGGUGCUGCCAUGCUAAAGGUGCAAUUCUGAGAUCGUGUGGAAUGGACCUUUGGGUAGGUUUGUAUCAGCUGGAUGCCCUCAUGCAGAAUAUAGUGGUCAGCUGGGUAUGUAGGGGAUGAGAUUAUCUUUUUGGUACCCUGUUCUCAUGCUGCAUAAGGCUUUUUAGUCCAGUACAGCACCUUGAACCUAGCCUGGUAGCUAAUUCGCAGCCAGUGCAAUUCUUUCAGCAGUGGUGUAAUCUGAUUGUGAUAUUCCACCCUACUGAGUGAUCCAGCUGCCACCUUUUGCACUAGUUGCAGCUCCAAGGGCAGCCCCACAUAAGCACAUUGCAGUAAUCCCAUCUGGAGUUAUGAGCGCAUAGCCAACAGUGGUCAGGCUAUCCCGAUACACAAAUGGCUGGAGCUGUCUUACCAACCCAACCUGGUAAAAUGCACUCCUAGCCACCAAGGCCUCUAGUGACAGAUAUAGAUCCAGAAGUGCUCCCAGAUUAUGAGCCUGCUCUUUCAGUGAGAGCAUGACCCCAUCCAAAGCAAGGAGUGGACUAAUUUUCUGGACUCGGGAACUACCUACCCACAGCAAGUCCAUCUUUAGAGGUUGGUUCAUUGGCUGUCAUUCAACCACUGAAUCCAGGCACUGGUCCAGGGCUUGCAUGGCCUCUCCUGAUUCAGAUGUUACAGAGAAAUAAAACUGGCUUUUAGUAGUAGUAAUACUACUAAUCAUGUGUAUAGGGCAGAGUUCACAGAGCCUUUAUAGUGGUACCUCCGAUUAUGAACUUAAUUCGUUCUGGAGGUCUUUUCUUAAGCCGAAACCGUUCAUAACCCAAGGCACGCUUUCACUAAUGGCGCCUCCCGCUGCUGUUGCACUGCCAGCACGCAACUUCCGCUCGCAUCUCGGGGCAAAGUUUGCAACCAGGAGCAUCUACUUCCAGUUUAGCGUAGCUCGUAACCCGAAGCGUUUGCAAGGAGGACAGUACGUAACACAAGGUUCCACUGUAAAGUGGUACCUCAGGUUACAGACGCUUCAGGUUACAGACGCUUCAGGUUACAGACUCCACUAACCCAGAAAUAGUACCUCGGGUUAAGAACUUUGCUUCAGGAUGGGAACAGAAAUCGCGCAGCAGCGGCGCGGCGGCAGCAGGAGGCCCCAUUAGCUAAAGUGGUGCUUCAGGUUAAGAACAGUUUCAGGUUAAGAACAGACCUCCAGAACGAAUUAAGUUCUUAACCUGAGGUACGACUGUAUAGUUUUUUUUAAAAAAAUAUUUCUUAGUUUACAAAAGUAUAUGCAAUGUCUCUUUUUUCCAGUUGCGUUUUCUACAGAUCAGUUUCAUUUGUUGUGAGACAUUAGUGUUACAUUAGGAAGGAAAGGAGGGAAGAAGUAGAGGGGGGAAUGGUGAGUCGGGUGGGGUUGGGUGGCAAUGCUUCUAUUCUACUUAGUGUAUGUGAGCCUUCAUAGUUUUUGUGUUUUCCCUCAAAAUAUACCUGUGGAGCAGGUUACUGGUUGUUACUGAGGCUGAGUGACAAAUUACUUUCGUGUGAUGUUGGCAUCACAAAAGAGCCAAACUACACAUGACAUAAUAUCGGAAUUUGCUACUAUGGUGAUGCAGUAUAGAUGCAGUAGGUCCUUUUUGCAACAAGGCAGGUGGAGGCAACAUCACUGAACAAGUGACAAAUACAAAGUCAUAGAAUCGUAGAAUUGUAGAGUUGGAAGAGACACUGAGCAUCAUCUAGUCCAGCCCCCUGCCAUGCAGGAAUAUGCAGUUGUCCCAUACAGGGAUCGAACCUGCAACCUUGGCAUUAUCGGCACCACACUCUAACAAGCUGAGCUCCACCAAAGUCUUGAACAAAAGGCUUGUUGAGCUACAAGAUUUGUAUAUGUGUAAUAUAAUGCACCACCCUCAAGUCCGGGGGUGGGGUAGAAUAGGAAAGAAAUCCCAAUGAUUAAUUGCCCAUUUCUGUUUUAUUAAACAAGUGGGGGGGGGAAUGGAAAUCCCACCCUGUGAUGUGAUCCUGGAGGCAAAUUAUGUUUUCCUCAGUCUCAGUCGCUUUACCUAACCUGCUUUUACUUUAGUUCAAUACCCAUUUUAGGGUUGUAAACCUGUUUUCUGAUCUCCUUAUGAAAACUGAAAAUCAAGCUUUUGUAGUGUCAGAUCUUUAUGUAGAAAGAAUUUUUUUUUUUUUUUGGAGUUCAGAGAUUGAUUUAUGGCACUGCCAUGCAGAUAAAACGUGUAGUGUUGUUUACAACAAAACGUACAACAUUGAAAUAUUGAAAGAUUGCAUGUUCCUCUUAGAAGUCAAGUGCAUUCUUCUGAGACUGUGGAAUGGUUCAAAGUGGAAGAAGAUUGUAAAGAUGAAAGCAGGAUGUUUAAAAUGGUUUGAAUUUAGUAGUUGAAAGAUAAACUGCUAUGGUUAGGUUUGAGUGAUAGUACCUUGAGAAAGAAGCAGAUGGAAUUGCAUAUCUUGUAUAGAACUUCUAAAACUUACAGUGGAAAUUAAAGAAAACAACGCACAGGGAAAGAGAACAAAUCAAAAGUGAUGAUAUACUAACCCCUUCUGAUUUGUGGGGGGCAGGAAGGGGAAUGUUUGCCUCAGAUAAUUGUAUUGCACAUCUGCAAUAGCUGUACUUAUGGCAUUUGAUGUAAAAUGCUUGCUAAUUUUUGUUCUUAUAAACAUUUCUUAAAAUUAAUAAAGAAAAGCCAGAAGAUGGGUGGUUGUGCCUAGCCUAGCCCAGCUCUCUAUGCACUGGCAGCACUAAAAUGCAUUGUACCUGGGCUUCCCUUUGAGGACCAGUGGGUUUUCAGCUGGAACCCACUGGAACUGAGUUCUAGCACCUCUUAGUUGUGUUCCGGCAGCUCUGUAGUGUGGUGGUCUCACUCCCCUGCACAGCGCUCAGGGCUGCGCAACAGGGGUGGUGAGUGGCAGGGCGAUUUCAGUGAUGCGAUGGCGGUGUAGGUUGGUGGCAAAAGUUUUAAAAUUUUCCCUGCGGCUUUGGUCAAGCAGGUGCUCCCCCUAAAGAAAGCUCAACUACUUUGGGUGGGUGCUCCCCCUAAAAAAAAGGAGAGCUCUGGAACCUCAUUUUCUAUUAAAAAAAAGCCCUGUUGCGGACCAUUUGGAAACUACAAUUAGUGCAAAACACAGAAAAAUAUUUAUUAGGCAGAAAUGGAUAUUUUCCAGUUUUGAAACAAUACCUCAGAUUCCAUUUCAUUUAUCACAGAGUGUUGGUUUUGAUCUAGAUGUAACCCUAGAUGUAGGCUUCCACAUUUUGAUCACCAUGACAACUGUGCCAUUUCCCUCUAGUGAGCAUGAUGAGCCCCAGUUAUACUCUAAUCGUGAUGCUGCAGAGGUGUGCAGGGUUCAUCCUGGAGGUUGUGCAGCCAUCUUAGUUCCAACUUUGGCAGGACAGCUGGAGAUGGUUUGCUGAGGCACCAUACAGGGCCAAAGUGGCGCUCGUUCCAAUUCCCUGCUCUGGAGCACUUCCUUAGCCAAACUGGUAAGCUCCAUGCAUCUCUUUCCUACAGGAAAGUGUGGUGGUGGUGUUCUUGGCUACUGUGGUGUUGAGCUCUUGACAUUUGUUUCAUUCUAUAGUUUAAUUUUGUUUUUUGCCGUCUGUUAGGUUAGCUUCAGUUGAAGGACAGUGAUUCUUAUGCCUGGAUACAUGUGAAAAUGCUAUGUAAGAUUUUUCCUAUGUUUACACGGGGCAAAAUACAAGUGCAGACUUGGAGCAGGCCCAUUGAAGUCAUUGGACUGAAGUCCAUUAAUCGUGAAAUGGAUCUGUUCUGUUUAUCUGUUCAGUUUAUUCUCAACUGCAGAUGACCAGGUUAGGAAUGAAUACCAGGAUUUUAAUAUUUUGACAUGUUGAGUCUUCCUGAACUUCACCUAGUUGAAGCUUAGAAAGACAAAGGGAGGCUAUUCAGUUAGUGGUGCUUGUUCUUGGUUUUGCCUCUGGCCACCUGCCAGACCAGAGAGAAAGAGAUCUGAGUUAUGUGGGCGCAUGGUGUGGUUUUGGUUUCCUGCGGGAGGGGUGCCAGCAAAGCAAGAAACCAGUGAAAACUGAUGGGGCUUCCUGUUGGUCACAAGCCUUAUCAGUCCAUACCGGCUGGAGUGUUGGAAUGCACAAUCCACACAGCUAACCACAUUGUAUUAAUUAGGAGGGAGCAGGUCAGCUCACUGCCUUCUGUCUUCAACAGAACGUGGAAGGAGCAUGUUCUUCACUGCCUUUGCUUCCUUUGGAAGGAGGGGGGAAAGCUUUAAGACAAGGUUUGAACAACCACAAACAUCUGAAUACUGGAUUCAUUUAGUCUAGAGAAACUCUUCUGUGAGAUUCUGAGCAAUGUGCUGACACACACACACACACACACACACACACACGGAGGAAGUCCUUUUUCUUCUGUGUAUGGCAUGGUGAGACAACUUGUAGCUGCCUGGAAUUUUUUGAAAUUAAUAGAGAAUGGAGAGCCAAUGCGCUUGACUUCUGUAUAGUUCAUUUGAGAUUAACACCUGAUGCAUCUCUGUCUGUCUUUCUCUGAAGUUUCCUUUUGUUUUGACUGAGCAGACGGCCUGCAGCAGGCAGCGCUUCCUUUCAUCUUCCUCUGAUGAUCAAAAGAUUGCCAAGUGGUGGAUAUUAAAACCUGGUGUUUAAGCUCUGGAGUGCAAGGCUGUCAGUGUAGGAGGCAGCCAAUGAUGUAAUUUACAGUAUAUAAUAAAUAUAGGAGAAGUGCAACACUGGAAGUCUAUCUCCGUGCUCAAAAAUGUUCUGAUAUAUGCUGCUUUGAUAUUUUAACUGCUUGGCAACCUUCAUUAGUGGUUACUGUGAGGAUCAUAAGUUAUGGCUAGUCCGAUGAUUCAUAAUUGUAACUCCGCUAAAUCGGUGAGCAUCAAGAAAUCCUCAAUACUGAAGACGAAUGGUUUGACCAGUGAUGGUAUUAUUUCAUGAGCUGCGAAAAUGAUGAGCACUUAGAGACCCAACCUCCACAAGUACAAUAAAUUUUAAAUGCAGAGAUCAUCUUUCUAAAGCAUAAAUUAUUUGACCUGUGGCUGAAACUUGAUAAAGGAUCUUGGGAAGAAUGUUAUAAAUUAGUGGGUGCCGUUGUUAGGAGAGUGUCUCAGAUAAUAAGCCUAACCAAGGGAGGAGGGAAAGCUUUGCAAGCAUUUGUGUUGUGUGCAUGCAUUAUAUUUUGAAUUAAAUGUCCUGGCAAGGGUGAAAAAAUAGCUGUAGAAACAAACUGGAGAAAGUAACAAGUUAUUUUCCUUUUCACAAAUUGUUUCAUUUAGUCAUGCUUAUUUAUAAAUAUGAAGCGUGUCAUUGUGGAGUAACAUUCAUGCUGCUUCUUGGUCCCAAAGAUCAUAUUGUAAUCCUGUGAAUCCCAAGUAUACUUUGGAGAUCGCAUGGCUGCUGAGAGUUUUGAGUGUGUACUGGCAAACAUUUCUGGUAUGAGUCAGGGUGACAAAAGCCUAACUUACCUACUUCAUAACAAAGCACUGUAUGCAACAGAGGUGUAAAGUGGGACUGCAUCAUCUUUUUCUGCUAUUUAUAUCCACACUGCUGUUUUAACAUUGCUUGAUAGUGUCUAUAUGCACAAAAGGAGAUGCAUUCCUAUAUAAUUUUAAAAAACAGGCUCUGAUAACUCACUGUAGAGUCCCUCUUAAAAUACUGUAGCUGAGAGCAGCCUCCUGCAUUAGCUUAGAAAGCCCAUUGUGCGUGUGCAUGUGCGUAUACAGGUGAUUUUGUGUUCGCAUUACAAAACUUCUAACAAAAUUUUGGUUUUGUAAGAAACAAUGUAAAGCAAAAUUCUCCCCUCAUGAUAAACAUCAAUCAGAAGAAGAAGGUCAGAAUGUCUGCAUUAUGCAGCUAAUAUGGGAACAACUUGCCCUUUUCUUUUCUACAAUAAUUAAUAGAAGAUUCCCCCCCUUUAAAUUAAGGAUUGUCUGAGACACGUGAAGAUGGGACAUAACAGAAAUGUACAAAAUACAUAAUAAAACAAAAACAAACCAAUAAUCCCCCUCCCACAAGCAUAUUUUAAAAGCCAUGGAAUGUUAAUCAGCUAAACGGCUGGUUGAAGAGCAAUGUUUUUGCUGGCAUCUAAAUAUAUAUAAUGAAGGCACCAGGCAAGCCUCCCUGGGGAGAACAUUCCAUUAACAGGGAGCCACCUUCCAAGAUCUCUCAUCGAGGAGGCACACAAAGAAGGGCCUCUGAUGAUGAUCACAGGGUCUGCGUCAGUUCAUAUGGGGAGAGGGUUUCCUUGAGGUAUUGCGGUCCUGAGUCAUUUAAAGCUUUACAGGUCAAAACCAGCACUUUGAAUUGGGCCCCCUACUGUCUUCAGAGACAGCCCUACAUAUAAUGCGUUGCAUUAAUCUAACCUAGAUGUUUGCAGUGCAUAGACAACAGAGGUUAGGCUACCCCUGUCCAGAUGGGGUACAGAAGGGCCACCAGCAGAAGCUGAUGGAAGGCACUCUGCAGCACUGAGGCCACCAGAGCCUCAAGCGACAGCAAAGGAUCCAGAAAGAACCCCAAGCUACAUACACAUUCUGGAUAAUCCCACUCAGCUGUUUCAUGUAGAUGUUACAUGACUACAUCAUUUUUUAUUUUGCUAGUAAUUGAUUUCUGAUUUACCUUCUCACCUCCUUCUAAUCUGGUGGGAACUCUUUCAUUUAACAAUACUGCCAGUAGAUGUUUCAUUGGCUGUUUGUUUCUAGAACUUUCACUUUGGAUAAUGGCUGUCUCAUAAAUUCAUAGUUCCAGACUUGGUUAAAAUCUCACACCAACCAGCAUAGAGUCUGGAGCACAUUUUUAAUAAGGAGCUGGAGUCCCAAUGUCAGGCUAUGCUUCCUAGCCCUUAGGCCACAUUUUGUAUGUUAUCUUGAUUCCUGUACCGUUUGUUCAAUUAACUUUAUUCAUGAGGGUCUGGAUUCACAAGUACCCAAGAUCAAUACAUAGACAAAACAGUUUUGGUAUAAUAAUUGAAAUAUGCUAAUUAGACAGCAACAGAUUUGAUGGUAAACUUUAUUCUAAGGUGUUUGAGCAGAGCAGGUUCACAUGAGUGAACCUUUUGAUUGUACUUUCUACUCACUUAUACAAGAUUGCUUAUUUAGCCAGUCUUUCAUUCCAUAGAGUCCCAGGACAGCAUACAAACCCCAACAAAAAUCUAACCCACACCACACACAAUAACAUGGUGAAAAACCAACAGCAUAUAUAUACAGCCAUAUAGCAGUUCAACAGCAGGCAUAAAAAUAGAGAUCACUAAUCUCCACACCCAAAUACCUGGUAGGGAAAGAUGCAUCUUCAGGUGAUGCCAAAAGGUCUUUGGAGAGGAAGACAAUGGUAUCUCCUUUGGGGGAGAGUUCCACAAAUGAGGUGCCACCACAGAGUGUUGUCUUGCAGUGUAUAUGAGUGUGGGUCAUAGAUCUUAGCUCCAGCAACUUCAAUCAUUACUGACACUCUUUGACUUUGCUGUUGCUGCAAUUUGUAAGCUGCUGCCUCUCAUGUUUAUUUCUCUCUCAUAAGCUUCUUGUAAAGUGAUGAGAAAAGCAGCACAAGGUAGUUUGUGAACUAGAUAUUUGUUGCAAGCCGGUCUUAAAAUAUAACAUGCGCACACACACACACACACACACACUCGCUUCAUCUGUGUGGUUUUGGGGUGGAGUAUAUUCUAAAUUAGGUUUACGACCAAGGUUAAGUUAUACUCUGACCAGAUGUGGUUAAGGCUGUGAGAAACUAGCAUGUUGUCAAUUUACUUAACUUUUUCUAAUUUUUUUAAAAAUGGAAAGUUGGGAGAGGGGAAGCAAUUUACCUUUAUGAUUGAUCUUCAGGAAAACUUUAGUUGUGGUGCUCCCUUUAGAUGCAGUGCCAGAUUUACCCCCGGAAGCACCGAUGGCUGGAAGAACAAAGACUUAUUAAAGGGUUGCAGUGAUGGAAUGUAGAGAUAGCAUCAGACAAAGAGAAAACUUAGUAGUUAAUAAAAUUAAUCUGCCUGUGUAAUCUGCAGUGGCGCUACAUCCCCAAAUAUACUUAUCUCUUAAAAUACAAGAAUGAUUAGGUUUUGUUCUCUAGCUUGUACGGUAGCUGCCUGAACUGUUUCAGAUUAAGAAUGCCUCUUGCAUGGCAACAAAAUAUUAAGUGAUGAAAAUAUUAGUGGAAAGCUGCUUAUCUACCAAAAGUUACUUUAAAUAGCCUCAGAAUUGGAAUUUCUGUGCAUUUUGGGCCUUAAAUAUAAUGUUUGGAGCCCAGGAAUAACUUUCAUCUAUUUUCUCAAGGAUAAACCAAGAUGUGAAUUAAUUAUUAUUUUUAUGGUUUUAAUGAUAUUAAAAGCAAAUUUUUUCAUCCAUUUUCAGGAAUGACUAUUUCACAAUUCCAGGAAAAGUAAAAUAUACACUAAUAAGAUGGCCCCCCUACCUACCAAUAAUAUCUUGUAGGAAAAAACACAUAUAGUAAUAUUUACAGUAAUACAGAAAAAUAUUACUGUAAAACAGCCGGUUUCUCACUUAAUAAAUGAAACAUCUGAGGGAAUAGCAUGACACUCCUGUUCAGUUAUCGCUGCUGUUGCCCUUUGGAUAUGCUUCUGCUCUGAAGUUAUGGAAGAUGGUUUUCAGUCUAUUAAUUCUUGAUAGGAAUUAAGACCAUCAAUGGUACAGCAGUGGCUCUGUCACAAAACUAUUGUGUGUAUGUAGACUUCUAAUACAGAAGCAGCAACAUAUCUGCAACUUGGAUGCUUGGGCAUCAUCAGAAGGAAAGAGUAGAUGGUAAUUAAUGCCUGUAGGGCCAAGACAAGUGUUAUACAUUUUUGAAGUACCACAGGCAAAACGUCUCUCUUCUGUUUAUCUUCUCUACAUCAUCUCGUUUCUUAUUACAGCCAAGCUGUAUGUAAUGUUACCAGUAGACUCAUGACAACCCAUUUCAUGCAGAGGCUUUUUCAGUUAAGUGAAGGGGCUUCAUUUCACGUAAUCCUUUAUUUUAUUUUAUUUUUUAAAAAAAGUAGGUGGGAACUUUUUUGGACUGACCUUUUACAAGGUACAUUAGCAGCUUCAGAAAGUAAGUCCUUUGUUUAUUAAAUAGCACAGGAGACAAAACAGUCCAUUUGGAAGUGCUUCUUUUUACAAAAAUAUUUGAGAAAUGGUUUUGCCCAACCAGACUGCAUUAAAAACUGGGAUAAAAACAUUAUACACCAACUAAACAUCUGCCCUUUUUAACUAGGCAGUUAAAAUAGCAUGAUUCUCUGGAUGUUUCCAUCAAGAGUUCUCAAAAGCCUUAGACAGUUUAAAUGUACUUGGUAGAGGACAGCCAGCUUAAUCCUGGCUGUCUACUCUUUGACAUUAAAGGUUUUCUCAUCAUAAGCAAGUUACAAGUUUCUUUAUGGUUAAGACUAGUCACAUCUGCUCUAGUGGCAUGUGUCUGAAGGGUAAAACGUUUCCUGAAGCACGUUCAGUUGUCUUGAUUUUAUAUAAGAACACAAACUUGGCUUGGCCUUUACUCUCAACCUCAUUAGUAAGAGUACAGUGUUCUGCAUGUUUACUUACAAGUAAGCUCCUAAAUAAGUGUGCCUUGGAUUGCAGACUUAGUUGGAGUCAUCACUGCUUCUGCUGGAUAACCUGGUGUUUGUGCAGGAGAGAUGAAAAAGCUUGUGGCCGUUUCCCACAUGUUCUUUUCCACACACACAAAAUGUGUCUUAAGGGGAGUGUUCGAAACUCCCAUUGUUCUUGGCGCAAUUUGCGACAGGGAAUUUCAUUAGCACAAGCAGUUUCUGAGCUCUGGGCGCAUUACUGCGCCUAAGAUUUCAGAUUAAAACUGCAGAGUGCAGUGAAAGGAGGACCUUGUUCUGCCUCCCCAUUUCUAGCUACUCUCUGAAGACUGGAGCAGAGACCCGCUUAAGAAUAUUAGGGGGGUGGGCAGGGGAAGGACUAGACCAUGUGAAAAAUGAACAUAAUAUUUUGGCUGCAGUUCAUUUUCAGCUUUGUAUUCUUGUUAUAAAAAAGUGUGCCUAGACAUUCUGUUGUUGUGCCCAUAACCUAGGUUUAAGGUGUCAUUUAGCUCCUAGCUUUCAUAUCUUAAUUUCCCAUGACUGCUUACGGGGGGAAAUGUACACUUUCUGCUCACAGAAUUGGUGGGGGGAGGUACACUAGUAACAUGGAAUGACCUUUUUGGAGGAAAAUGGGGUGCAAUCCACAUAAGCCUUAAAAUGGAGAGCAAUUAAUGAAGUAAUCACAUCUGCUAGGAUUAUUUUUCUAUGUGAACCAAGUCUGGCUUCUUAUUGGUCUUUAUGUUUCAAUGUAGUUAGCCUUCACAGGAAAAGUGAGUGUCACUGUAUCCCAAGUUAGUCCAUGCUAAGCAAGCCACUUUCAGUGUUGUGUUGUUGACCAGUGACAGCUACUAACUUGAUAGAACAUACAAAAGAAGUGUAUAAUUAAAUUUGGGGCAACUCUUUCAAGAGUCAUUCAGGCACACCUAAACCAAUCCCUUGAUUCCUUUGAGUAUCCAGGGCUGAUUUCAGAACUAUAGAAAUGACAGGAUUUAAUUGUCUCAGUAUGAAUUUACCUGACCAAGUUCUAAUCUUACCAGAAUUUACUCAAAAAAUUCCUACAAGGUACAAAUGGUUCUUUACAAUUAUUUGGUACCUCUGAAUUCCAUUUCUUAAAACAUUGUGACAAUAUAACACAUAGCUGCUCUUUGUGAAAUUUAAGUCUGUUUAACACUGGCAUCUUCAAAGACAAUAAAAAUUCCAGCCUGCCGUUUAUCUAUUCCCAUGUGAAGAGUUACUGUACUGCAUAUUGUAUCAUUCCAUGGGAAAUUCUUUGGCUUAAUAGUUUCAUUUAUACAGUUGUCCGAGGUCAAUUUUCUAUUUUGCAGUUGUCAAACAGCUGCCAAAUUAAGCGGCUAUACUCCAAAGUUCAUUUACAUUUUAUGCCAUUCUUAGGGUGUCUGCUUCAUAUCUUAAUAUAACUAAUGAUUUAGCUGUGGAUCUCCGUCAUCCUUCCCCACAGAUGUUCACACCCUCAUGUUCUUUGAGUGCUUAGCAAGUAGCUUUGUUUCUCUUCCAAGGCUUUUUAAAAAAGGUUUAGUCAUUUUAGAAGAGAAAACUAUCUCCCUAACAGAAAACAAACAUGAAAUGGCUGGUAACUGUGAUUAAUUUGGUAAUGCUUCAGUAGAAUAGGUUUUUGUUUUGUUUUUUGACAUUCUCUUCCAUUUUUUAUGUUGCUGGAGUAGAAGGUGGGAGGAGGGAGAAUUAACAUCUGCAAAAUGCCCACUGUUCCUUGGGUUUACUAAUUGAUCACAAUAAUUAUUACGUAUUUUGGUUUUCUACUUUGUAAUGAUUUUGUGCGGUUCCUUUGAAAAGCACACGCUGGAAGGAACUUUAUCCAGUGAAGUAUCUCUGCAAAUCAAGGCAUUUUUUUAUUGCUGAAAUAUCAAAGGAUUCCACUUUAAUAAGGGAACAUAGACUACAGUGGAGUUCAUUUGUGGUUUUGUAGCAUAUUUCUUAUUUAGUGUAAAUGUACAUGCAUGGGUGAAAUAUUCAGGAUUUUUAAAAUGUAGUGCCAUGAUCAAAGGAAUAUCUCUCCUAAUGCCAUUGAUGUCUUACUACAAAGUAGUCAAAUAGCCUGGGGUCACCAUCCACUUUAUAAAAAUUCCUUAAAGACAGGUAGGACCCUUGGGUGUUAAAUGGAUACUUGAGAGUUUGGUAUAUUUUCUGUCGAGGGAGCAGCAGAGAUAUAUUUACAAGUACUGCCAUUCAGGACAGUGCUGAGGUUUAAAGGGGCCUUGUUAAAAGGUAGCCCUAAAUUACAGGCUUGCCCCCAGUGCAUCAUGCCAAAAAAGUUUCUGUCUCGUUCCUUUCCGAACUUGGUCAACCCUUCUCAGGACCAUGCAUAGACAAUAUACUCUAAGAAGCAGCUCAUAUUUAAAUGUUUUAAGAGAAGCAUUUUAAAACCCCGUUGAGGUUAUUGUGAGCAAAUCAUUUGAACUUACUGUGUUUGUACUGGGUAAAGGAAAGCAAUACGCUUGCUAGUUGUAUACUUUCUUAAGCAAUGAUUGGUGCUUUCGGUUGAUGGGUUUGUCAUUGGGAUUGCAAUAAAAUGCAAGCCAAGGUGAAAUUGGAUACAGGUUGGGAGAGCAGAUAAAACUAAGUGAAAAUUAAUGGCAGAUGUAAAAGUUAUCAGAAAAAGUCUAAUAGACUACGGUCAUCUGUUAGUAGCGCUUUAGUAAAAGUAUUUUUUUCCUUUACCAGAUGUGUCUUGCAGCAUCUUCAGAGUAAAUCAUCAGUUUGACUCCUAACAUUUUAUGUAUUGUACGUGGUUGAAUUAUGCUGUCCUUUCUUGUACUGGUUUGUGGUGGUUAGAGGAAUAAAGUGUGUGUUCUUAAUCUAGACAUAAUCAUAAAUGUAGCAUCUGAAUUCCAGCUGCUGAACUGUUUGCAAUGGUUUGUUUUAAGAAAAGGAGACGGAUAUAUUUUGUAUCCCUCACUCUUACCUGACCUGUUGUUCCAUCUUCAGUAUUCUAGUACCUCAUGCAAAUAUCCCUCUAUUAUAUGGGAUGGCCUGUUAAUGUCUUUCUCUUCCAUUGCCUGGUGAAAAGUUCAGGUGUGGUUGUUGUAAGUGGGUAGACUGAGGGCAGGAUUCCUUGGCAAUUGUGACUGGUUGAAGGAGUGUGGGAUUUCCAGAUAUGGGUGGCAGGGUGAAGCACUUACAAUCAAUCUGAGAUUAAGGGAUUGUUAGUAUGAUCUCCAGGGGGAAAUGCAAAAUUAAGAGUGUGGGUAUUUAGACACUAAUUCAGUUGCUCAAAAUCUUUUGACAAAAGAGUGGGUAGAAAUUAUUGAUAGCUGCUGUGCUUAUGUAUCCUUUACUAAUUGAUCUUAGUCACAAAUAACUUUAUCUGAAUCAUAGCCAUAGGGUAUUUCUUUCCUCCCUUUAUUCAGUGAUAUUUGUUUUAAUGCAAGCCAGCCCCCCUCCCCUUUUUGCAACUGAGUUAUCCUUAUUAUCUGCAAGUUCAUAAUGAACUAAAUUGUGCAAUCACACAUUGAGCAAAUUCUUGAUCUCAUAACUUGCGUUAUUUUGCUGGGGUGGUGGGAACUGAUCAGCAUUGACAAAAAUGCCUAGGGUUUCAGCUACACAAGAAAUGUUUUUAUUUUUCUAGUGUUUUAUACUUUAAAUAAUGUAUUUUACUUUCUAUUUAGGUUUAAUUUUUAAACCUCAGGUAUUUAUUUAAGUAACUUAUAUGCCACUUUACGUUUCAGGAAAAAUAUCUAAGUAGUUUACAAGUGUUUCAUACAAAAUAGACUUAAUAAAAUAUACAUUACAGAUAAAAUACAUAAAACAAAAAAAAUAGAAUUCAGUCAUUAAAAUAAUACAGUCAGCAGCAAGACAAGUUAACAUCAGAAUAGGCCUGAAUGACCCUUUAGUUAGCUGUGUUGGUUUUUUGGUUGGCAUACUAAGAAAGAUAAAGUUAGCAAAUAUGGGUUGUAAUUGAUGAAGUUGUUCUGUUAGUGCAAGUACUUCUGCCUGUACAGUUCGACUUCCUUUCCCUAGCUCCUCCUUGUUCAUCCUGCACCCCCCCAUCUGUUUGGGGGUGUUCCAAACCUGCCAGAACAGAUUUGGGUGCAGGGGUAGGUUUCCACCAAUACCUUUUCCCUAAAUAUCUGUAUUUGACUAUAAUUCUACAAAAGCAAGUAAGCUAUGUAUAGAUGACUGAUGACAGAUAGAUUUGAGAAGUAAAUUUGAAGUGGAAUACCAGUGAUAUUAGCUUUUUUCAAUUUUAAUUACUUUAUUUGACUGCCCAGAAAGCUGUGUGGGAAUAAAAUAACUGAAUUUAUUGAUAUCUAAAAUUAAGCCUGGUAACAGGAAUUUUCUCUUUUAAUUCAUAUAACUUGGCUGUGGAAAGACUGCAGAUACAUAAAGCAAACAAGAGGCUGAUAAAACACUUUUUUACACAGAUCAUAAAGUUAAUUAUACAAAUUUGUAGUACAGAGUCUAAAUUAAGAAAUGUUGUUUUUAUGGUAUAUUAGGUGGAAUUAUUUUUAUGUAAAUGGUUUACCCCAAGGAAACUGUGAAAUUGAUGCAUAAAUCUGCUCUGUUCCAGAGCUAAGCAUUUGAAAUGCAAUCUGUAUGGGUUUAAUGUCUGUAGACCAGCAUGUUCUUUUUUUGCAGUGAGGUCUAGGUGCUACUAAUACUGCUGUAACAGGUGCAUGUAAUUUAACUGCAGAGCUAGUCAAAAUAUCUUUAAUCUGUCCAUAUUAAGUUGAACCAUGUGGGUGUUUGACUCGAGUUUUCAGUCAUGUAUUUUCUGUGUUUCUAGAUUUUAUUCCUGCCAGUAUGGAGGAUAAGCCUCAUUACUAUAGCUACCUUUGCUUGUCCCUGUCCUUUAGGAAGCAACUUAAACUGGGUAUUGUCAGUAAAGCUGGUUUCUUCAUCUUUUAUGUUAUAUAGCUGUUGAUAGUUCUGCAUAAAUAGGCUUACUCCUUCUUCUGAACACCUCCUGUAAAAGUAAAACAACUUUGUAGAAGAGAGGUAGAGCUUUUCUCCAAUGAACGCAGCAUGUUUUAUUGCCCUGAGCUCAGUGGCUGUCUUGCAGGGGAGAAACAAGGUAUCGUGAAGAGAGAAUAAUAGCAUGCAGCUAUUUGAAUGUUGUUGUUUUUUUAAAAAAAAUACUUAGGGAAAUCAACGAGUAUUGUGUCAUCUGCUCCAAGACUCCAAGAAGGUUAUGGGAUUCUUUAAGCCAGUCCAGGCUGUAACUGGAAAUAGCUGUUGCCUUUUUCCUUUCAUAAAUGUAUCUAGUGCUUUUCAUGAACUAUCACUGGUAUAAUUGUGGUAAAGUGAAAUACGUUGUUACGGAAUGUGGAGAUCUCUGCUAAACACUAGAGUUUCUAGCAUGGAAAUCAUCACCCUAACUCAUAGCAGCAGGUAAGUUGCUUUCCGCCCCCUUCCUGAUUAGAAGCCUACAAAAGAAAAGUUCUUUAGAUUGCAUGACUAGUUUUUGUAGCCGAAUUAUUUCACAGUGACUGGUGUUGCAGAUUAUUUAUUUUAAAGGUAAAUAGAAGCAGACUACAGCUAGCAUGAAUAUGUUCCUUUAAGCUUGCAAAAGGCACAGAUUCCAGCCUUAAAUGCCCAACUAUAUUCAGUGUUCAACAGUCAAUUUUAUCCUGCCAUGAGCUCUUAUUAGUUGACAAAGAGGAAAAAUUGUUAUUGCAUGCGGCUAUCUAGCUGGGUGGUCUUCCAGGAGCUAUAAUCAACACUGUCUUUCUCAUCAAUACGCAGUUCAACACUACAAAUUUAUCUUAUCGUGUGGUAACAGCAAGGGUUUACUCUAAGAAUUGUGAGAAAUUGCAAAUGGGCUUUCAAAAGGAAGCAGGAUGAAUUGCAUUUAGACUUGGGUUCCUUUGUGGCAUAGCAACUGUAAAGAUUUUUUUCCUUACUUUUCAUGCUAAAUUUGCCAGUUGGGUUUUUUGUGUUGGUCUAAUUUUUUAAAGUUAUUUCUCCUCUGCAAUGAGUCAUUACCGCUACUUUCAACAAAUGAAUAGCCAUUUUAGUUAAGAUUUAUUACAAAGAAAUGCACAUUAGAAACAAUCAUCUUGAUAGACAUGUAAAAUUAGUUUGGUGAUUCGUAGGCUGUGAAACUGUUAAGUACUGUUAGGUAAAUUGCCGUGGCACAUAUGCACUAUUUAAUCCAUUGCAUAAAUAAAAUAGUUUUGAAAUAUUGUUAUGCAUGUCUAGAGAAUGUGAAAAUGCUGACUGUUUAAACACAAAAGAGCAUAUUUGCAAAAGGAAGCUGAAAAUUAGCUUGUCAAAUAUGGUAGAAUAUUAUGGGUACGAAGAAGAAGGUAAUAUUGAGCAAGUUAUUAAGGAAACUGCUUUCUAUUGUUUCAUUAUUGUAAUGUUCUGGAAUGUUAUACAUUUGCUGGGGGGCAGAAGGGGGGGAGGGAUCUUUUUAUUUCUUUCAUUUUCCCCUUUUUGUCUUCAAUGAAAAUGAAGAAUAACAACCUUAGACAGUACCAGUAGAGUAUGUGCAUGUAUAUUGACCUGUUUCCUUUAUGGCACUUGUGAGAAGGCUCCACUUUUAUUAUGCAGACACUAAGAAGACUUCAGAAUUAAUGUUCUGGGUAUCAGAAGACAUCCCACCCCACUUUCAGUUUUUAAAAUACACGUCAACACUUAAGUUGGGUAGACAGCAGCACUAAUCAUAUUAAGCACAGUCUCCAAACUCACGGGGAAUGCAUAAUUAAUUCAUUGUUUUAGAGGUGCUCAUUUACUGGUCAAGGGCAAGCAGUCCAUGCAUAGCUCCCCAUAUGAGUAAAGAGAAGAGAGCCAGUGUGCUGUUCAGUGUGACACUGCCAUUCCCUCUGCCCACUAAAUCUUGUUUGUUACACCUCUACCAUGAGCCAAAACCAUCAAGCGGUUUCCAUUAAAGUGUUUGCCACGUAGAGUGCAGUAGGGUAGUAAAUGCUAAUUCAGUGUCAAUUAGAAAAAUGCGUCUAAUGGGGGGAGGGGGGUGUAGUUAAAAAGAGGCACUUCUGUUGAUUCAUUGCUGAGUCUCAAGCUCUCUUCCCCCCUCCCUUCUCCAUUCCUCAGUACUGUGCACUGUAAGCCUCUUUCAACACUUUAUGUUUAUUAUUUUAUAGCAAGUUUAGCUUGGAUGCACUUUGCUCUGUCCUUUUAUUUUACUUUAAAUGUAAUCCCAGAGUUUACCUCUGUACUUAAGCCCCUUUAAAACCCUGCUUCACAAGUGCAUCGUUACAUUCCGCAAGUCUUAAUGGUUAAAAGGUUUAAUAUGAAUUUAAACGUAAUCCUAGCAUUCGGGAAAUCGGUGGUCAUCUGAAUUAAUCCUGUUUAGUUUUACCCCUGCAUUUCGGGUGCACGCUAAAAGUGUGCUCAGAAUUAAACUAAUGCACAUAAUAUCUGCUUAUGUAAACAUGGACUUCAUUAAUAUGGCUGGUGAAAUUCUGGAUGAAAGGCAGCUUAUAUCAGCUUCAUCUCCGUUACUUUUAAAUAGGCAUAUGAAAAGCAUUAUGUUUUGACUGUGGCUGACUCCAGUGCAGUUACUAUGGGUGCAAGUCCCACAAAAGCUGGGUCUCAUUGAUUUCAUUUGGGGACAGUUAACUCCAUCUUUAAAAUCAGUCUGAUUAAUUUUGGAACUGGUAUAUAUCCUCAGUAUGAAAUAUACACUGUGACCUAUUGGUUAGUAAGUCAGAACAGGAAGACAGUUUGGGAGUAAAACUGUUUGUUUCUAUAUUUGUUGUGUAUAACUCAAUCCCCCCCCCCCCAAAUCUGAUAAACUAGUGCAUCUUAAGUUAUUGUUUGUAUACAGUGAUUUUUCAAGACUUUUUUUCCAACCAUGAGAUAUAAAAACUUCAUUACACUUUUCUUGAAACCUUGAAUUCCUGUUUUGAAGCAAUUACAGGGAAAUGAAGGCAUAAUAAAUUGGAAAAAGAAAUUGUGCAUACAUAUGAUGCACUAAACCUCUGCCGACCCUCAGAUAAGCACAUUCUGUCCAUUUAUUCCUCUGUCAUUAAAUUGACUUCACAAUUUAUUCUUUUCUUAAGUCAAGGGCAGCUUUACACGUACAAGGAAAAGGCAUGUGCACUUCAUAGUCUAGCAUUGCAUUGAAUGGAGAUGCUCUUGGGUGUGCAGGAGCCUAGUACAUUGCAGAUCUUGCCUGUGGAAAAAAAAAAUUAGGUCUGAAGAAGCUACGACAUUUCCAUGGCAACCUUCCUAUGUACAUUUGCAUGUAUACUUACAAUACUCCGUGUUUAUGUAGCACAUUCAAAGCAAUGUACACCUAGAUUCUCAGAAAUUCUCACAGCAGUUUUAUAUAGUGGCCAGUAUUAUUAUUUCCCUGUUUCAGCGGGGAGCCUGAGACGGUGGCUUGCCUAAGGCAAUCAAGUGAGUGCAUGGUUGAGAUGAGGUUUGAAUCAAGCUUUCCUUCCUUACAGCUUCUUCUUAAUCAUUGCACUCCCCUAACUUUCUCAUUAACUAAGCAUGCAUGGAUAUAUAAUACGGUUUUCUAAUGUUUUGAUGGUAGCACACAGCAGUACUGGAUUGAAUUAGGACAUAGUUUAAGUUGUAUAUUCUCCCCUUGGUGUCAGUACAGUAUGUGGAUGAUUUAUAUGGGAACUAACAUAGAUUGCAUUUUCUCCCCUCUCUUGCUAUAUAAUGUGUUUCUCUUCCAGAGUGUCAAAAUUGUGCUUUAUAAAACCCACAUUAAAGUUAUUUUUUGUCUUCCCCAUGUUUGUGUUUCAUUAAUUUGAAUUACAUUUCUAAUAGAGCCUUUGCAUUUUCAACGCUGUGUGAGGUUUUAAAUUGGAGAAGCAAGCCGCAAUAUUUUUUUUUUAUAAAAGAAAAAAAGAAACACACACCAUUGCCUGAAUCUCUGCACUUGGAUGCAAGUCAGACUGUCUUUUUUUCUUUCUUCUGUCUCUCUCUCCUUUUUUGCAGUGGAUAAACUUCAAAGGCAUGUUGUCAGAAGAAUUUAAAGUUAGAACUUACAUGGUGGUGUGUGCAUAGACUGAAAAAUAAUUAGGCGUCUCAACAGUAACGAACUUUACAUGCUAUGCUGUGCAAUUCACUCGCUGUGUGGUGUAUUGGCCCAUAAGCUGAGUAAUAUUGUUUCUUUGUACAAAAUGUAAUUUGAAACCACAUCCUCAUUUUUCCAGUAUGUUAAAUUGGAAUAAUGAAGAUUAACUGAAUAUGUUAAGGUACAUCACACGAAAGCACUCUGAAACAAGGACUUGUGUUGCUGCAACUCAAUGCAGCAUCUUGAACUUGAUCCUUUCAAGCUCUGCCACACUUGUACUUAGAAACUUCUUUGAGUUCCGCUACCCUCUGUUGAAAUAGGUACGUAGGAUUGAGUUUGUUUUAUUCAGGCUUUGUUUUAUUAUUUUACCUAUCUGCAAAAUUUGCUUGGCUUUCUUAAGGAAAAAGGUCUUAGGUGAAACCGUCAUGAAUAAACCAGGGCUAUAUGAGCCUCCCUGAGAAGGGAAUGCCAAGAGUGGGGUUCCAUGAUGGAAAAAGUUCUAUCUCUGGUAUCCACCCACCUUCUGGUAGUAGUGACAGGACUUCAAGAAAUACCUUGGAGAACUAUCUAAAGAAAUGGGUAGGUUCAUAUUUGAGGAGAAAUUCACAUGCCUGUAUGAAACUACCUUAUGCCUACUCAGACUAUUGAUCCAUCUAGUCUCCAUCGCCCCCGCCCCUCAAUCAUCUUCUUCCUGGUAAAUUAAAAGAGUUGCCAACUAUUGAACCUGGAACUUCUUGCAUGCAAAAGUGAACUGGUGGAGUUGUUAUGAGUGUGUUUAUUUAAACUAUUUACAUAAAACACCAGCCAUUGUGUGUCUUCACCUCAUACGAGAAUGUGCACAUAACAGCAGCAUAAGCAGUCCAGUAAAAAUAAGCCCCAUGAUAGUAAUGCUUUUGAAAAUUUCACACAGUUACUGGUGAAUGUGUGUAGAGUCUAAAUGUAGACUGUGCCUUGUGAUUGCGCAAUGUAUGAAAUACUCUGUUUAUGCCACCAGGCUCUGCACAUUCCCUAGCAUUGUUUGACAGGGCAAUAGGCACAGCUUGAUGAACUGUUCAUUUCUGCACAUUGUUCUCCGUGUUCAGAGAAAUGUCUUCAAACACUGAUGGAACACAGAUCACGAAGAAGAUGACCUAGUUUCUUGUGGCUGGCGUUAACAUAAUGGGGUCUGCCACAGGGAAGACCUUCCACACACUGCCUCUACCUGUGUCUCAGAAGGCAGUGGCACACACAAGAGGACCGCAUCAGCUGAUCUUCCAGUAGCUUGGCCCCAAAAUGUUUAGGACUUGAAAUGUGAUUGCCAGUGCCUUGAGUUAUACUCGGAAACAAACUGGCAGCUGGCGCAGCUGAUAAAAUAAAGGGGCCACAUGAUACCACCGCUUGGCAUGCAAUGGAGACAUGUGGGAUAUUAUUGUAUGGAAUAUUUAUUGACCUCAAUGCAGCAGGUGCUUCUGCACACAGGAAAUAAGAUGUGAACCAAGGGCCUAUCAGCUCAAGACAUUUUCUGUUUACUUCACUGAAGGAAGCGCCUUCAUGUGUGAAUCUUUGGCACAUGGAGCUGUUUGUGACUAGGGAAGCUUACUCUUGUAUGCUAGUUGAAAGUACACUGAAGUGCACCAGAGUUGUAGAUCAGGGAAAAGAGCUUUAAAUGUAAACAAGUAAGGUUGUGUAGUUUGUGUGUGUGUGUGUGUGUGUGUGUGUGUGUUACAACGUUGCUAUCAGAAUUUCAAUUCUAAAUUCAGAAGUCACAGAAAUUCAAUAUCUACCCUAACUUUCUUCUUCUUCUUUGAAUAGCAACUAUUGUUGUUUCGCUAAAUGUUCCCUUCUCACACUUUUUAUUGCUGAAAAUUGAGUCGUUGCUUGCCUCUGUAGUCUUCUGCUUAUAUGCCAGUGGGCAUAUAAGACUGGAUUGUUGGCAAAGCUUGAAAAAUUAACUGUGUAAUCAUUCUGUACCUCAGAAGAUUGAGAUGUCUGUCUUAUGUAUGAGAACGUGUGCAGUUUUACAAUGCAUGAGUUUUCCUAGAAGCCAGCAGUGACUAGGAAAUAUUUUACGGUCAUCCCAACUAUGAAGAUUAAAAGCUUUUGUCAUCUAGAGUUUCAGAGCAGAGUAUAAGUUUCUGUUGGAAGCCUAACUUUGUUUUCUAUGUGACCCACAGAUGUUUUCAUCUCCAAAAAGGGACACCAUUGCUCAUAAAAGGUGAUUAAGGCCGUUACUGUAGAACAUGUGUUGGUGCCACAUAUUAUUGGGGAGGGAUUCUGAAAUCCAUCAGGCUUAUUGACCGGUAAAGUACUACUGAAAACAAUAGCCUGCAAUUUUAAGUAGUAAGAAUUAUGCUGUCUUCAGUGGCAGCUCUGUAACUAAUAAAAAGUUUUACUUGACUUUCAUGCUCUCGAUGUUCUCGUUUUGAGGUGAUCCUUAUGUUCUAAUUUGCUGUGCACAAAGCACCCUUCUCUUUAUUUAGUCUAUUGUCAAUUAAGAAGAACAAAGCAUACCUAUUAAAAUGAGCACCCAGAGAUGUUGGAAGCAUUGCUUAAUAUCUGUGCUAGUUGCAUAAAAGGGAAUGGUUUGAAUUGCAAAGUGAUGUCUGACAUUUUCAGCUGUACAUGCCGAAAUAUUCUAAAUAUUUAGAGUAAUUCAUUUUAGUACUUAGAACUGCAUAUUCCUUCACAUAACAAAGAAAAUAUAUAAACCCAGCUCAUACAUUGUUGGUUAUUCACCUCUUCUGAAAUUUGUCGGUUGUCCUUGUAAUCUCUGUUCCAAAAAUAAUAUGGGGAAACAUUUAAGGGAGGCAUUUUGUAGUGCUUUUUUAAAUUCAAUUAAUCACUAUUAAAAAUCUUUUCUAAAAAAAUAUUAUUGUGUUCUUUUUGGAUUGAUGCAUCCAAAAAAGUCUUUUGGGGAAGCCAGAUAAUUAAUUGAUUAUUAUUUUUAGACAUGUCCUGUGAUCCAUUAUUUUUACUUCACUCAGAAGCAUGUGGCUUUCUCCAAUGAUACGAUACUGCUUGUCACAAUGGUAGCUGGAGGAAUUUCUUUUUAUGCAAUGCAGCAGGCUUCUGUAUGGUGGCAUGUUGCCUUUUUUACAGGUAGAGCAACACGACAGGUGAUAGUCCUAUAUAUCAAGUCACUUUUUCAGUUUGCUUGUUUUUAUGUGUGUGUGUAACAGUAACCUUUUUAACAUGGCCAUAUCAAGAAUACGUCAAAUGUAAAAUUUGCUCUGUUGGGUGUGCUUCCCUUCAUAACUCUUUCAUAAUAUAACAGUGCUGCUACAAAACUGCUUUCCCAAGUUAUACAGUGUUGGAAAUUUUGUUGUGUUCAAUAUCUAAAUGAGAAACUGCCCGGGAUUUCAUUUUUCCAGAGUCUGACCCUGAAAAAAACUUUUAAGUGUUGGGUUGGCUGAAACCCCCGAUAAAGCAAAAGUCUAGUUGUGUUAGAUAGCAGUAGUAUAUUCUGUGAAUAAAGGUUUUGAGUUGGGUCGCUUAAUGCAGUAAAAUCUAUUUAACUGCCCUGAGGCUCAGGCCAGAGUAUGACCAUUACUAACAUACAGCCCAUUUCCAAAAGUGAUUUUGAAAGUGAUCCUUUCCCCAUUGAGUUCAGUAAGAUUUUCUUCCUAUGACUUCAGUUAGUUCAAAUUGCAGCCUUAGGCAAGGCUGAAAAUAUUAAAGUGAGUACCAUAUGAGAAAUAAAGCCACAGAGAGAGCUUGCUCACUUAUGAUAUGACGCCCCCCAAAUAUAAACACUAGUUCUACUUAUGUAUAAUGCAAAUAAUAUAUUUAACAAGUAAUCGUCUUUUGUGCUAAUCUUUGUUAAUCAGCUUAAUUUAGUACAAUUACAAAUUGUUUAAACUUGGGUAUUUCGCUUGGAGUAUGGGGAGAAGAAAUUAAUCCUGCAAAACAAAAUAUUUCCACAGUUGAAGGAUGAUGGUAAAACUUGUUGAUAGCAUUUGUCUCUGUUUUUGUAAAUGUAGGCAUUAUUAUGAUGCGUUCUGUGACUCUUACAUUCCAAGAUAUUUCGAUAAUUCUCUUGAAAAACAAAGCAAUAGCAAUUACAACAGCAGUUCACUGUAUUUCAGCAGUUUAUUUCAGCAGUUUAUUUACUAAAUUCCCUUUCUUUUUUCAGACUAUUCUACAUUACUUCAAUCUCAUUUUAACAUGUGAUGUUACUAGUUAAAUGCAAGCACUGCUGCAGUUUUCUUGUUUAGAGCCAUAUUCAAAAGUAAUUCUAAAUAAUUUUCUUUAAUGCUCUGCAUUAUUUAGAACCUCUCCUAUUGAAUUUAAUAGCAAUUUAAUAGCAAAUUUGUGUUUUGAACCAGAAAUCUGUUGAAAUGUAACAAAACAAUAAUAACAGAUUGAUACAUGUUUGGGGUUAUUGUUUUUUGGGAGGGGUUUUUUUCUUUUAUUUUUUGAACCUAUAGGGUCUAUUUUUGUGUUUUUAUAUCCUCUGAUGAGGGUGGUAUAGAAAGUUUUAAUAAUAAAAUUGUGUAAGCUCCAGUGAUUAUAAUACAGUCUUUUAUGUAUUUGUUGGAGGUUUAUUUGUUAAACACAGUCACUCUGACUAGGUAGUUUAUGAAGAUCCUGUGUAAUAGAUUUGUUGAAAAUCUAUCGUUGCUUGUGAAAAGCAACGUCAUUAAUGUUCCUGAAUUUUCUUUCAAUAGCUCUUUAAAUAAUAUUGGUUUUAAAAUCUUGUCCAAAGUAAUCAGAACAGAUUGAUACAUUUCUGAUUCAUCUUGGUACCAGUGUUCCAACUUUUACAACAUUGUAAUAUAUUUCAUUGUGCCAAAUCGAAGCUUCUGUGUUUGAAUAUUUGCCCCACUGUUUAACAGGAAUCACUAAGGUAACUCCUUCUCCUCCUCCUCCUCCUUCCUUACCUGCCUUUCACCGUAAAGUCCAGGGGCGGAUUACAACAUUAAAAACACCAUUAAAAACAUUUUGAAGCAACUGAAUUCUUAUGAAUUAUAUCUAUUAGACUUUAAGGCCAAUGAGCAAAAUGUAUAAGGGAUUACCUAUGUUGACUGUAUAUUCUAACAUUGGUUGACUGAUAAAAAUUGCCCACUUUUGUUGGUUUUGGAAAAAUAUAUAUCAUUUGGAUCUAUAUCUCUUUAAGUAUAAAACCUUACUUCUUUAGCCAGGUUUAUAAUAAUGCAAUAAGCCACUAAUAUUUCAAGAGAAGAGUAGUUGUAAUAUUUAUGGAGUGUGUGAUGUACCCCACCCUAGAAUCACUUGAUUUGUUGAAAGCGGAGAAAAUAAAUAAGCAAAUCCUUGUUUCAUGCAAUUAGAAAAUAAGUGCUCUUAAAAUGAGAUACAUUUAGCCUAUGUAUGCAGUUUGUAAAAUUAGUGGAAUUGAAUAAAUUAACACAAAAUGUUACUAAUUGAACAAUAUAUCGGUCAAAAAUAGAAAUGUGGCAAAAUAAAUUAUUUUUAUUACUAAAACAAAAGAAUCUAUUUUCUAAGGGGCAUUUAAAAACUUUGGGAGAAUGUCUACAGAAUCAAUUAUUUUCUCCCACUUUCUUUUUUCUUUGUAUGAUAUUCACUGAUUAAAAUGGCAUGACACUGUUAAAAGCCAAUUACAAUUUAUGAAGGAGCCCCCUUCAAUCAUAACCCCCAAACUAGAAUUUUGACCUAGCAUUCAGGUGCACUAUCUCCUUAGCAGCAUUUCUGGAGUUGCAUCUGUGAUUUGAGAUAUAUGUGUAGUCUUGUUAGAGAGAAAUUAUCUGGUUCCUGUGAGUAAUCUGGUUAAAUCCAUGCAUAUUUUCAAAUUGAAGCCAUUGCUUUAAGUCUAGGCUUCAUUAAUCAAGUAACUGAAAACAAUAGAACACUUUACUCCCCUAUCUAUGGAACUUUUCCCCAGUACGAGAUUUGACUGCCCCACAUUUUAUAUUUAUUAAGCAAAUAGCUGAAGACCUACCAAUUUUUGCCCUUUGGAUCAUAGCUGGAGUGGCUCAACUUGUUCAACUGUAUUGCUCAAUUUUCAUAAAUUGUAUUUUAUAGUAAAUACUGUUUUAAGUAUAUUUUUAAUGAAGUAUUUUAUAAAUGUUAGUUGCUCUCAACUGUGUAUGAGGAACUGUAGUAUACAAUAAAUAAAUUUCCCAUGUCACAUUUUGAAAUAUUAAACUGCCUAUUAAUAGACAAUAAUAGGUGUUGCCAUAUUGUUCAAGGACUUGAGUUCUUCCUUAUAUUUACAAGAGUUUGUAAAAGAAGAAAGUCCAAUAAACUAAUAAAGAUUUGAGUUUUUCAAAGUGAGACUAAUUUACUAUCUGCAAGAUUGUAUUAGUGUAUCUGUUACCAGCUUUGAAACAAGCCCAAGAUCUUUAGCUCAUUUAAGAUCCUUACUUGUUCCGAAGUUGUAACCAUAGAGUGGCAUUCUCACUAAGUCAUACUUGGGACAGACCCAUUGAAAUCAAUAUUCCAUUUAUUUGAAUUGGUCUGCUCAUUAUGGGCAAAGUAGGAAACUAUGGUUAAUUGGAGAAUUUCUGGUUUAAUUUCAGUUUUCACAAAGGAAGAGACAAAGAGAAUACCUGUUUGCAAAAGAGUCUGUUAAAUAAGCAAAAAAAUGAUCAUCCAAACUGAGCCGGUACAUCAGGCUCCUUACUUGAUUCUGUUGUUAGCAAUCCAUUUCAGGACCAUUUCAUUGUUUGCUUUUAUUGGUUAGUUAUUCGCAGGGCUUUUUUUUCCAGCCAGAACUUGGUUCUGGCUGGAACUCAGAUGGGCGCAUUGCCACUGUAAGACAAGAAGGUGAGUUCUGGAACCUUUUUUCUAGAAAAAUAGCACUGGUUAUUUGAAACAAGGUAUUAGAAGUAUAAUUCUCAGCAAACAUGUAGGGUUCCCCGCCCCCUCUUACUGCAGCAAUAUUUCUCCUCUCGGUAUAUUCAAGGAAACCAACAUUAUUUCCUCCUUCACUUUCCUUUUUCCUAAACAUCUGAUAACCGUUUGUUUUUAAUCACCCUUACAGUGUACCCUCUAACCCACAGCACUUUCAUUGUGUAUUGGGGGAGAGGGCUGUGCCGGAGGGGAUUUGGUUUACACUAUAUACUCCCAAUUUAUCCUAAAAUCUUUUUAAUGUUUCCUGUGGCAGUCCCCCUCCCCCCUGUUUUCACAUGCAUGUACAGGAAGCUGAGAAACGCUGCAAAAAGUCUCUGGAAAUUUCAGGAAAAUCUUUGAUUACAAGUAGGUGUAAAAUUCCAUAGACCUGCUGUGUUCUUAUGUGACUUUUGGAAUUUGUCAGGUAUUUUCUGAAGAAUACACAUCAGAGUACAUGGCUGGAAUUUAAAGAAGAAACCUGGUAACUACUCGUUCUUUUGGAGCCGUUCACAAGUUAUCCAGUUGUAUGUUUGCUGUUGGGAAGUGGAAGUGUGGUUAUAAUGCAAGCUGGGAAGCUAUGUCUGUGUACUAAAUUCUCAAGUAAUUUUAGCAAUUUUAAUAUGCCAUGGUCCCCACUCUACUCCAGUGUCCGGUUUUUAAGAAGGCCAUUGAUCAUUUCUUGCAUUGUACUCCAUUGUGUUGCUUUAAGUCAUUGUACAUAAUUAAAUUAACUUAUUCUUCUUACAUCCCAUUCUUACAUCUUUUUCCCUUGUAAAUUUUGUAUUGUUUAUGAGCCUGUUCAGUAUCUAGUAGAAAUCUUUUGUGUAGAUGUUCCGUUCUGAGGCUUAUGUCCGUAGGAUAUAAUGCAAACACAGACAAACACUCUCACACUGAGGAAAAUUGAUUUUUGGCAGUUGCCAAAACCAUAUCCUGUCCUAUACAGCAUGUAAACUAAACAUACAUGUUUGGGAAGGGGGACAAUGUCUAAGAAUUUAUGGAGAUGGAUUUUCACUUCUCCCCAACUGCUUUGUGUUUUUUUUAAAGAGCAAAAUGUCAUUCCAAUAGACAUGUGGAACACUUACACAUAUGUUAAUAAAUAUAUGAUAUUAACUGUGGGCAGUAGUCAGCAAAAUAGUUGUGCACAUGCAAGAAUUAACAUUAGUGCAAUUAAUGCAACUAGUUGAUAUGAAACCUUUUGUUUGAGCUUAAGCAUUUAAACAUUUGCUAUUUGGACCCGAAAGAAGAAAAACAUUUUGCAUGUGAUCUAAACAUCUUACACUUUAUAUGUUGCUCAUCAUGUUUGUGUCUUUAUGCUAAGUGAUAAUUUGGAAUAUUAGUUAAUUUAUUAUAGCUAUUCUUCCGUCACAAGCCCUGGGAUGUGUGUAUGAAUCUCUUAAGAACACCUGAUGAAUGAUAAAGCCUCUUGAGAUAUUGCUAAAUAUAGAAUACUCCAGCCAUCAUAUGUUUUUGCAAAAGAUGUGUAGGGAAAGGAGAGUGCACAAAGCAAGAGUUUUUAAAUUGUUCAGCGGCUCUUUCCAUGGCCCCACAUAUGUCCAUCUAAAAUGUGAACUAACAGGAUUUUCCUAUGUUGUCUUCAUUUGAUAUGGACAUAGAGUGGCAGACAGGGGAUUGAUGAUGAUCUCAGCAGUUGGCAUGAUUAGAGACAAAUGGUAGAGACCACAGGUACAGCUGUUGAAAGCUGUCAGAAUCUUGCCUUUUUUCCUGCUUAGAUGAUCUUCCUAGAUUGUCUUCCUUCAUAGCUGGAGACCUUUCAGAGUCAUGUGGGUUUUUUCUCUGAAAGCAUGACCAAGAUUUUGAAUUUUUAUGCUUUGCAUGCAAGCAUCUGUGCUUUUAUUCCUUCAACACCCUGAAUCUUUGUUCACUCCAUGUUGCUAACACUUAUCCAACUUUCCUAGGCUUGGUUUCCCAGUUGUUUCCCUUGUGGGUUUCUGUGGCAUUUCUGUUGCUUGCAAAAUAUCUUAGUAAAUAGCAUCCCUGUCUUUUCUUCCAAAACAUGCUUCUCACCUAUCAUAUACAGUGUGUUUUUGUGUUUGUUUGCUUGUUUGCUUGUGUGUACAAAGUUUAGUACUCCAGCAGUUAAGUCUCAUCUCAUGUGCUGUGAGAACUUCUGACUUGGAUUGUAAACUCCUAGACAAACAGUGCCAUGAAGAACUACAGUAAAAAAUAUUUGAGGUUAUUUAGAUGUGGGAAUAUGUGCAUCAUAUAGCCUAUACUCUUGGUACUCUUCCCUUCAACAUUUCAACAAGGAGCAAUUAAGUUUAAUACCUUUUCUAUUCAUUUCAAUGCUGGAGAAAGAUGGGGGCUCACAGUUGUGAUGCAUGUGGAAGUCCAUCAUUGAUAUUCAAGUUACAGAUAGGUAGCCGUGUUGGUCUGCCAUAGUCAAAAUAAAAAAAAUCCUUCCAGUAGCACCUUUAAGACCAACUAAGUUAGUUCUUGGUAUGAGCUUUCGUGUGCAAGCACACUUCUUCAGAUACACUGAAACAGAAGUUGCCAGAUCCUUCUAUAUAGUGAGAAGGUGGGGAGGGUAUUACUCAGAAGGGUGGUGGGAAUGGGAGAUUGGCAGAUAGCUGAGAUGAGCCUGCUGACGACUCUUAACGACUGUAAUAGGUCUUACAGGAAAAGGCAAGGGGUGAGAAGGUGAGAAAUGGCUUAGUCAUGUAUAAUGGGAUAAGAAUCCAAUGUCUUUGUUCAAACCAGGUCUCUCCAUGGUUUUAAGUUUGGUAAUGAGUUGCAAUUCAGCAGCUUCUCUUUCCAGUCUAUUUCUGAAAUUCCUUUGUAGUAAAACAGCUACUUUGAGAUCUUGUAUAGAAUGUCCUGGGAGAUUGAAGUGUUCUCCUACUGGUUUCUCUGUUUUGUGAUUCUUGAUGUCAGAUUUAUGUCCAUUUAUUCUUUGGCGUAAGGUUUGGCCUGUUUGUCCAAUAUAGAGAGCUGAAGGACACUGUUGGCAUUUGAUGCCAUACACAAUGUUAGAUGAUGAGCAAUUGAAUAGUCCCGAGAUGGUAUGUGUGAUGUUGUUGGGGCCAGUAAUGGUGUUGUCCGGGUGUAUGUGGCAGCAAAGUUGGCAUCUGGGUUUAUUGCAGGCUCUGGUGCCAGUGUCCGUGUUAAGUCUGGUUGUAGUAUUAUUGUGGGUUAGGAGUUGUUUAAGAUUGGGCGGCUGUCUGUAGGCAAUGAAAGGUCUUCCUCCCAGAGCUUGAGAAAGAGAACUGUCAUUGUCCAGGAGAGGUUGUAGAUCUCUGAUGAUGCGUUGUACUGUUUUAACUUGGGAGCUGUAUGUGAUGACUAGAGGUGUUCUGUUAUUUUCUUUUUGGGGUCUGUCUUGCAGCAAGUUCUCUCUGGGUAUAAGUCUGGCUCUGUUGAUCUGUUGUCUAACUUCAUCUGCUGGGUAUUUUAGUUCUGAAAAGGUUUGCUGUAGAUCUCUUAGGUGAGAGUCUCUGUCUGUAGAAUUGGAACAGAUGCGGCUGUAACGUAGUGCCUGGCUAUAUACAAUGGACUGUUUGGUAUGUUUGGGAUGGUAGCUAGAGGCAUGUAGAUAUGUUUGUCGGUCAGUUGGUUUACGGUAUAAGGUGGUGUCUAUGCGCCCAUCCUGUAAUUUUAUAGUAGAGUCCAAAAAUAGUAUAUCUUGCAUAGAUUGAUUCAUUGUAAGGUUGAUUGUGGGGUGAAAAUCAUUAAAUUUCUGGUGAAAGGUGUCCAGGGUCUGUUGACCAUGUGUCCAGAUGAUAAAAAUAUCGUCAAUGUAUCGCAGGUACAAGAGAGGUUUGAGUGGGUAGGAGUUUAGGAAACGUUGUUCUAAAUCUGCCAUGAAGAUGUUGGCAUACUGUGGGGCCAUGCGGGUGCCCAUUGCUGUGCCGCUGAUCUGAAGGAACAGGUCAUCACCGAAUUUGAAGUUGUUGUGGGUAAGGACAAAUUGGCAGAGUUUGGUGGCAAGGUCCGCUGUGGUUUUAUCUGAAAUGGUGUUCCUUAUAGCUUGUAAACCAUCGUUGUGUGGGAUGUUGGUAUACAGAGAUUCCACAUCCAUAGUAGCUAGUAUAGUAUUGUUGGGAAGAUUAUUUAAAGAUUGUAUUUUCCUCAGAAAAUCUGUGGUGUCACGUACAUAGCUGGGAGCACUGAUGGCAUAUGGUUUCAGAACAGAGUCCAUAUAACCGGAGACACCCACUGUAAUAGUGCCAAUACCUGAAAUGAUGGGGCGUCCUGGAUUUCCUGGUUUGUGUAUUUUAGGUAGAAGAUAGAAAGUUCCUGGUCGAGGUUCUGUUGGUGUGUUGGUGAGGAUCUGUUCUUGGAUGUGUGGGGUAGCUCCUUAACAAUCUUGUUCAGUUCUUUCUUGUAUUCUUGUGUGGGGUCUGAGUCCAAUUUUGUGUAAAAGGCGGUAUUGGAAAGUUGUCUGUGAGCCUCCUGAAUGUAGUCAGUUUUGUUCAUGAUGACGACAGCUCCACCUUUGUCUGCUUCUUUAAUUAUAAUGUCUGGGUUGUUUCUGAGAUUAUCUAUGGCUCUCCUUUCAGCAUGGUUUAGAUUUUGUUGUAAGCGAUGGUGUUUUCUGGUCACAUCUGUUUGGAUUCUGUGGCGGAAGCAGUCAAUGUACAAGUCCAGUGUACAUUGACCACAGUGUGUACAUUGUACCACACUGGACUUGUACAUUGACUGCUUCCGCCACAGAAUCCAAACAGAUGUGACCAGAAAACACCAUCGCUUACAACAAAAUCUAAACCAUGCUGAAAGGAGAGCCAUAGAUAAUCUCAGAAACAACCCAGACAUUAUAAUUAAAGAAGCAGACAAAGGUGGAGCUGUCGUCAUCAUGAACAAAACUGACUACAUUCAGGAGGCUCACAGACAACUUUCCAAUACCGCCUUUACACAAAAUUGGACUCAGACCCCACACAAGAAUACAAGAAAGAACUGAACAAGAUUGUUAAGGAGCUACCCCACACAUCCAAGAACAGAUCCUCACCAACACACCAACAGAACCUCGACCAGGAACUUCUAUCUUCUACCUAAAAUACACAAACCAGGAAAUCCAGGACGCCCAUCAUUUCAGGUAUUGGCACUAUUACAGUGGGUGUCUCCGGUUAUAUGGACUCUGUUCUGAAACCAUAUGCCAUCAGUGCUCCCAGCUAUGUACGUGACACCACAGAUUUUCUGAGGAAAAUACAAUCUUUAAAUAAUCUUCCCAACAAUACUAUACUAGCUACUAUGGAUGUGGAAUCUCUGUAUACCAACAUCCCACACAACGAUGGUUUACAAGCUAUAAGGAACACCAUUUCAGAUAAAACCACAGCGGACCUUGCCACCAAACUCUGCCAAUUUGUCCUACCCACAACAACUUCAAAUUCGGUGAUGACCUGUUCCUUCAGAUCAGCGGCACAGCAAUGGGCACCCGCAUGGCCCCACAGUAUGCCAACAUCUUCAUGGCAGAUUUAGAACAACGUUUCCUAAACUCCUACCCACUCAAACCUCUUGUACCUGCGAUACAUUGACGAUAUUUUUAUCAUCUGGACACAUGGUCAACAGACCCUGGACACCUUUCACCAGAAAUUUAAUGAUUUUCACCCCACAAUCAACCUUACAAUGAAUCAAUCUAUGCAAGAAAUACAUUUUUGGACACUACUAUAAAAUACAGGAUGGGCGCAUAGACACCACCUAUACCGUAGACCAACUGACCGACAAACAUAUCUACAUGCCUCUAGCUACCAUCCCAAACAUACCAAACAGUCCAUUGUAUAUAGCCAGGCACUACGUUACAGCCGCAUCUGUUCCAAUUCUACAGACAGAGACUCACCUAAGAGAUCUACAGCAAACCUUUUCAGAACUAAAAUACCCAGCAGAUGAAGUUAGACAACAGAUCAACAGAGCCAGACUUAUACCCAGAGAGAACUUGCUGCAAGACAGACCCCAAAAAGAAAAUAACAGAACACCUCUAGUCAUCACAUACAGCUCCCAAGUUAAAACAGUACAACGCAUCAUCAGAGAUCUACAACCUCUCCUGGACAAUGACAGUUCUCUUCUCAAGCUCUGGGAGGAAGACCUUUCAUUGCCUACAGACAGCCGCCCAAUCUUAAACAACUCCUAACCCACAAUAAUACUACAACCAGACUUAACACGGACACUGGCACCAGAGCCUGCAAUAAACCCAGAUGCCAACUUUGCUGCCACAUACACCCGGACAACACCAUUACUGGCCCCAACAACAUCACACAUACCAUCUCGGGACUAUUCAAUUGCUCAUCAUCUAACAUUGUGUAUGGCAUCAAAUGCCAACAGUGUCCUUCAGCUCUCUAUAUUGGACAAACAGGCCAAACCUUACGCCAAAGAAUAAAUGGACAUAAAUCUGACAUCAAGAAUCACAAAACAGAGAAACCAGUAGGAGAACACUUCAAUCUCCCAGGACAUUCUAUACAAGAUCUCAAAGUAGCUGUUUUACUACAAAGGAAUUUCAGAAAUAGACUGGAAAGAGAAGCUGCUGAAUUGCAACUCAUUACCAAACUUAAAACCAUGGAGAGACCUGGUUUGAACAAAGACAUUGGAUUCUUAUCCCAUUAUACAUGACUAAGCCAUUUCUCACCUUCUCACCCCUUGCCUUUUCCUGUAAGACCUAUUACAGUCGUUAAGAGUCGUCAGCAGGCUCAUCUCAGCUAUCUGCCAAUCUCCCAUUCCCACCACCCUUCUGAGUAAUACCCUCCCCACCUUCUCACUAUAUAGAAGGAUCUGGCAACUUCUGUUUCAGUGUAUCUGAAGAAGUGUGCUUGCACACGAAAGCUCAUACCAAGAACUAACUUAGUUGGUCUUAAAGGUGCUACUGGAAGGAUUUUUUUUAUUAUUGAUAUUCAAGUGAAUGAAACACUUCUUGCUCACAGUGCACAGGAACUCAAUCACAAUGGUUAUACAUUAUCCCAAAAGCUCACAAUCUAAAACAAAGAAUACAAGAAAAUUAAGGAAGAUUGAAUGUAAGAUGAUGUUGGAGUACAAGUUCUAUCAUCCCUGGUCAUUGGCCAUGCUGGCUGUGGCUGAUGGAAGUUGGAGUCUGAACAUCUGGAUGGCCAGCCAACCCCACUGUAGAGGCAUUUUCCUCCUAGCAACACAGUCAUUAUGACUCCUUGCACUAAUGGAUUAAUUGACCCUGCUUAUUUGAAUCCCACGUGCUUUCUGAGUAUAUUCUGUUCUUGAAAAAAUCAUUGAAUAUUUGAAUUCAGCUAGGCUUGCCAAUCUGAUGCCACCAGAAUAGAGUGGAUGAGAUCUGUAUCGGUAAGCAGCCUUCCUCCUAUUGUUAGGGACAUAGGAAGCUGUCUUGUGCUGAAUCAGACCAUUGGUACUGCUGUCUGGCAGCAGCUCUGCAGGGCUUCAAAUGGAUCUCUCCUAGCCCUACCUGGACAUGCCUGAAUGAACCUGGCACCUUCUGCAUGCAAAGCUUGAGUUCCACUUCUGAACCAUGGCAUAUGUUCUUUGUCAUUUCUGGUAGAGGAUAUAUAGGUAUAAAUAUAUUGGAAACAGGAACGCGGGUGGCGCUGUGGGUUAAACCACAGAGCCUAGGACUUGCCGAUCAGAAGGUCGGCGGUUUGAAUCCCCGCAACUGGGUGAGCUCCCGUUGCUCGGUCCCUGCUCCUGCCAACCUAGCAGUUUGAAAGCACGCCAAAGUGCAAGUAGAUAAAUAGGUACCACUCCGGCAGGAAGGUAAACGGCGUUUCCGUGCGCUGCUCUGGUUCACCAGAAGCGGCUUAGUCAUGCUGGCCACAUGACCUGGAAGCUGUACGCCAGCUCCCUCGGCCAAUAAAGCGAGAUGAGCGCCGCAACCCCAGAGUCGGUCACGACUGGACCUAAUGGUCAGGGGUCCCUUUACCUUUUAUAUUGGAAACACUACAUGCAUCAGACAAAACAAAAAUAGAAACUUGAUUCCUUAAAGGCUUUUUCUCUUGCUGCCUUUUCUUAAUUAUACUGUACAUUUACUAUGCGAGGUUUCCACAUAACUGUGUCCUGAAUAUUUAUGCUUUUAUCCUGCAAGUGUUAUGCAAAUCUUUGGUUCUAGGUUUCCAAUUGGAGGGUGUAGAUGCACAAAUAUUGUUAUAAAUGCAACUCUCUCACUCCCCCCCCUCUCUCUCUCUCUGUGUGUGUGUGUGUGUGUGUGUGUGUGUGUUUGUGUAUGAGAGAGGGAGAGAGAACAGUCUAAAGUCUGCAUACUCGAGCUACAAUGUGUGGUGUUCAGUUCACAUAUGUUUGAGGUGCACAGGAAAUUGAAAUAUACAAAAGUUCAAACUCCUGCAAUGCUACUUCUCAUAACCAAUUCCCCUAUCACACUAAAUUCCCAUAAAGCACAUGCCAGUUGCCUCUCUUGCCUUCUCUGGAGGUAGGCGAGCAUUUCUAAUAUAGUGUUUUCCUUUCCUCUGUGCCACAAAGUGGUAAUAUAUUUGUUGAUGACAAAACCAACAGGUGCCAGGGCUGUUGGGUACUGACGCUGUUUGGCUCAAUGCCUACAGUCGCACAGUGGAUAUAUUGUAUGUCUGUAGGUUUUUGUGUCGUUCUAUGUCCUUUUGAGGGAUGGGAUAACCCAGUUGAAAUACAUACUUAAACUCCUGAGGGAUUAGAUGUGUUUCCUUUGCUUUACAGUUAAGAAUUUUACAGUUUCUUUGUUUGCAGGUUCUCAGAUUGCUUAAUGAUUCCUCGCCACCCCACCCCCCUUUUUGCCCAGGUGUGUAUAAUAGCUGUAUUUGAACCUUUCUAGGUUUGCCAGUUUUAUUACUCAACAUAUGGUAUAUCCCUUUAUUUCUGUCUGCUAUGUCAUUCCUUUGCUUUAGGGGCCCUGCUAUAUGCUGGGAGUUUUGCUUUAACAAUUGGAUUUCUAGAAUCGGACAUGAUUCAGGCUGGGAAAGACUGAGAUUUGUUUUAGGAAUCAAGAUACGUUAAUGAAGGUUAUUUACAGGUCGUUGUCUUUUUUCCUCCCACCUUCAUGAUGAUUGUAAUGUGGCUUCCCUAGUUGUGAAGAUAAGAACCUUUUGGCUUCUGCUACAAUUUUCAUAAAUGUGACUUGUGGUACAUUCAUAUGGCCAUUAUUGAUGCAAUGGCAAUCUCCUUUAGCAUGCCUAAGACACCGCUCUCUGUGGGAGUCAGCCUGCUCUCAACAUCAGCUGUGGCUGUUACCACUUCAGUACCUGUGUUGAAUUUGGGGCUUACGUCGCAGGCAGUUCCCCUGACACAAGGCAUCUUCUUGACCUGGCUUGUCCAUCAUGAAUUUCUAAGGCUACACAGAGACAGUGUGGUGUAGUGGUUAAGAGCGGUAGUCUCGUAAUCUGGGGAACCAGGUUCGCGUCUCCACUCCUCCACAUGCAGCUGCUGGGUGACCUUGGGCCAGUCACACUUCUUUGAAGUCUCUCAGCCCCACUCACCUCACAGAGUGUUUGUUGUGGGGGAGGAAGGGAAAGGAGAAUGUUAGCCGCUUUGAGACUCCUUCAAGGGAGUGAAAGGCGGGAUAUCAAAUCCAAACUCUUCUUCUUCUUCUUCUUCUUCUUCUUCUUCUUCCUUGAAGCUUUAUCCAGCAACAGUUGAUGGCUUUGGAACUCUAUUACACAAUACCAGCUGUAGGCACCAGGGAAGCAGCUCCUACUGUUAUAGCUUUAAUAAUAAUAAUAAAAUCUAGCAAUCAACUGAACUCGGAACCCAGGGCGUGUUUCCAGGUAGUAAACACUAUAGCCUCCAAUGGAUAGCAGUGUUUCAACUAUGCUAGUCAUCACCAUUACCUCAAUAUUUAUUAAAUAAAUAAAUAAAUAAAUAAAUAAAUAUCUCACCCUCCCUCCCAAAGGAACUCAGGGUGGCAAACACUUCUUUGUUAAAAAUUUAAAAAUCUGUUUAAAACGUUUGAAAGCACUUUAAUGCAAUAAAGCACAAUAAAACAUCCAUAACAGAUUUAAGAACACAUGUUAAUCAUGUGGCUGGAUAGACCCACUGAAACAGGAAGAUUUUCAGAAUUAGAGUUCAGUAAUGGUGUCUGCCUAAUGUCAAGAGGCAAGAAGUUCUAAAGUACAGGUGCCUUCACACUAAAGGAAUGACUUCUUACAAAUGUGGAAUAGACAUUGCGUGGCCGUUGUAGAAGUGCAAGUUAUGCAGAUUGGUGUGAGUGAGUUAGACGUAUGGAGUCAGGCAAUCUCUUAAGUAAACUGAUUGCAAGGUGGUGAGCACCUGAAAUAGCGAUAAUAACAUCUGGAUCUCAGUGCAGUAGUGAUCUUGCUGGCAGUGCAAAUAUUUGAGCACAAAUGCUGACACUCCUGUCAGCAAUUGUGCUGCAACAUUUUGCAUUAACUGUGGUUUCCAAACCAAACACAAAGGAAUCCCCACGUAGAAUACUUUGCCGUAGUCCUGUCUUGAAGUUACCAGUGCCUGAACCAGUAGUCAAGCAGCCCCGGUCCAGGAACUGUCACUGUUGUCUUACUAGCUGAAGCCUGUGAAAAACACUCUUAGCCACCAAGACUAAUGUUUUCUUUGGACUUAACAUAUUCUGCUUGCCAAUUUACUGUCUGAUUUGAAUUUUCAUCUUUGAGAGUCAACAUUGUAUCAGUCUGUCUUACAGAGAUACCAUCUUUUAGAUGGCUCAAUAUUAAGGUAUACUCUCAUCUUGAACAAACACUUAAUCUUGCUCUCUCUGUGUGUGUCUUGGUUACUUCAUCUGUGAAAUUGGAAUAAUUAACCCCCCACAAGUGUACUCAGAAUUAAUGUUGGUAAUGUUUGCGUGUAGUUUUGAAAAUAGGAAUAAUUGUUAAUAGGUCUCUAUGUCUAUCUUUACUGAUUUAAAGAAUAAGGCAUUUAACUCUUACACACUGGAGAACAUGAAACUGUUUUUGCUGUUACAAUUAGACUUGAGCACUUAACACAUAUGUGUCCUCCCUUAAAAUCUAUCCUUCCUCACUGACCCAUCUUAACAUAUCAAUAAAUAUGUCUCUGAGUGAAUUCACUGUAUUCCUAUGAUUGUUAAGUAGAAAAGCAUUUUUAUAUAAUUACAAGCCUAAUAUCCCUCUUAAACACACCAACAUUACCUAUCCAGGGAGUUCUGAAUGACAGUCUGUCUUCCUGAAUUUAGCAUUGAACUGUGAAAACCUUCAUUUGCUAGCCUUAAUAACAUUAAACUUUUUUUUGUUGGCUCAUUUUAUCAGGAACUUAAUAUCUCUGCAUUAGAGGCAGAAAGGUCUGUAUGGAAUGCUAGGUACUGUGUACUAUUUAUUGCACUUCCUUGUUCCAUUUGGGAUUUUUGGGAUUUCUGGUCCUUUGUCACCCUAGCUGAGAAGUAAACUGAAACCUUAUGUACUAAUUCAAACCAAUGGCUUGAUGUCACCUUCCUUAAGUACUUUGACUUGAACUCUGAGUUGCCCCCAGGGACUCUGAUCCAAUGGAGGUUCUCAGUGGCAGAAACAGGAGGUGAUUUCUGCCUAUUUUCCUUUUCCCCUGCAUCCCCCAGUCUUCCAGAGCAGAUUUCCAGAGGCACAGAGAGCUACAUCCCCUCUCUUCCUGCCCUCACCUUCACCAGUAGGAGUACCUUGUGGGUGAAGCUCACUCCAGUAUAUGCAAAGUCCACUUAGCUCAUACCAUGUAUUGCAGCCCAUCAGCUCUUUGCCUGUCACCAGAGUGGUUAGUGGUGUGAACAGGUAUCUACCUCUCAGAUAAACACCAUUUAAGAAAGGUUGUGCCUCUCCUUAUCAGCACGGUUGGCUUAGGUGACCAUGUAGAGUAUUUUCAAGCCUUGAAAAUACAAAAGUAUUUCUCACAAAGGAAGUAUCCUGUGUUUUCUUUAUAAAGACCGGAAAUCCUGUUAUAGGCUGAGAUCCAAAUAAGUACUUAAAGAGCCUGGGAGUGUCCACUGGGAGGUCAGUGGGAGCUCUUCACUUUAGCACUAGCUGCUUUUGGAACAUCCCCUUCCAAAGUGUUUUGCUACGUGAUAUGGCAAGCAUUCUGUUGAUAUCCAGAAUGGGUAUUCUGCCAAGAAACAAAAGUCAAAAGUCCCUUGGACAUGCAGAACUAGUUUCCUCUUGCUUUAAAAAUCAUGUUUUGUUUUUCAGUUAACACAGGGAGAGGACUUUGUGUAUGUGCGGAGGUUAACUUUCUGCAUCUUCCCUAUAAUAUCAUAAGAACAUAUGGGAGUUUAUUCUUUCAUCUAUAUUUCCAUGUACAGUGUUCACUGAAUUUGAUGUUAUCUGCUUGAGUAGGCAAUUAAAUUCUGAUUGGAUUCCUUAAUAUUUUCCAUAGAUAGAAGAGCAGUCAGUUGUGGUGUCAGAUAUCUGUGCCAGGGUAUCUCUCUGCCAGCUUUUAUAAGCUUAGAUGAAUUGUCAACAACUUGUCUGCAAAUAAGUACAACUGUUCCUCUGUCAAGAGGGUAUGAGCAAAGCAUCUGGAAAUGUGGUAAUUUAGAAAGAGCUACUAGUUUAAAAAAGCAAAUAGGGAAAAACAGAUCUGAAGAAUAAGGCACCCAGCUUCAGCAAUUUUAAAAUAAAUAUACAGUUUAUAUGAAUUAUGUAUGAAGCAUGCAUGCAUGUCUCUAAAACAAAGUCUGUAUUCACUCUUAGGCUUUUUAGAGUUGAAUAUCCACCUCCCCCUUAUUCUCUCUUUUCAUUUCAAUCCUGAAACAAUAUUCUAGGCUAGGGGUCGGCAAGGUUUACUUUGCCUGGGCCAGUUCACUCCAGCAGAGAUCCCUCCAUGCGCUGGAUUGUGCACGUGUGAGCAUGCACGCCUGCAAUUUCUGGCAUCUGUGUCUGUGCAGAUGCAAUUUCUGGUGUCUGCGUCUGCACAGAUGCGAUUUCCGGCGCCACAGAAGCGAGUUGCGCCGGUUUAGCACCGCGCGUGGGGACUUGUCAUGUGGGUGUCUUGGUUCGGGGGUGGCUCAUGGGCCAGUUAAAUGACCCCCGUGGGCUGCUUCUGGACCAUGGGCCUUAGGUUGCCUACCCCUGUUCUAGGCUUACUCAGUGCUGCAGGAAGUGAUGUGCACAUAUGUUCUCAGAUUCCUCAUAGAAGACUGGGGUGUAUGUUUGAAAGGUUCACAUGUGAAUAGUGGCUCUCUCUUUUGAAGUGUAAGUUACUCACACACCAAUGUUUUCAAGCAAAGCAUCCUCCUCCAGAUGUGAAACCUGAAGUAUGAGAGUCAUACAGGUCAGUUCUUGUACAUUUGAGUAUGUGAAUUACCUCCUCUGGAAGUUUCAGCCAUUUUCACCCUCCUACCCCAAAGUUCAAAAAAAAAGUGGGGUUUACAGGAGCAGCUACUUUCCAAAACGAUUUACCAAAUGGAACAGUCUCAUUUCAGUAGUGAAAGCUGGCAUAAUAUGAUAUAUAUUCCAUUUCAGUUGAAAUAUAUUUCGACUUGAAAAUUCUGUGAAGUUUGGGGACAGACUAUAAAAACACCCCCACCUUCUAUUUGUUGCUAAACAUGAAACACAUGCAUUUGUACCUUCUUACUUUUUUUUCCAGACAAACUAGAUUUCAGUUGGGGCUGUUUGUUUUUAAGCAAUAUUCAUUUCCUCCCCACUCAUCUUUGUUUAGUGCUUUUUAAUUGUCAAAGUAGAUUUCUUUCUUCAAAAGCUUUGAAAUAAAAGUUCUGGGAUUUUUCUGAUGAUAAAAAAAAAAUUCUGGACAACUUCCCAGAAGAAAAUUCCACUAAUUGAAACACACUGUUCUUUUACAAUUAAUAUUUAUAAGUGUAUGCAGCAUGUAAAGCAGCUUUGUAAAGUGUGUUACAAGAGUUUAAAAAUUAAGAAUAAGUUAAUUUAAAAGCUACAUUGGGUGAUAGAAAUGGGCUUAGUGGCUGCUCCUUGUGAAGAUUAAUUAUGAGUGGUUGGAGCAGAGAAAGAGUUUACUUUUAUUCCAUAACUUUCUCUGCUCUUUUUAAAAUCACGUUUGUUGGAUGUGUACUAUUAAGGAGGCAGGACUAAGUUACUUGUGGCUGUCAGGCAGGUUAUGCCAUAUCUCGGGCGGGGCAUACAGACACACAAAAAUGGGGUUGUACCCAGUGUUAGUCCUCCUCAGAGUAGACUCAUUUAAAUUAAUACUAAAUGUAUAUUUAGAUGAGAAUUCAUCAGAAAUUACUGCAGCCAUGGCAGUAGACUGGUUAGUUUGCUUCAGUUAAGAAUAUCACAAACAAAAUGUCCCUUGCAGCUACUUGCUAUGUUACAUUGUUGUUGUUGUUGUUAUUUAUUAUCCAGGCAAAUUGCAACAUUUAGCUUUAAAACACAAUGUUAAAAUAUGAAAAAAGAGUUUAAAGCAACUUGAAACAACAUUUUCCACAUUUCCUAUGAUCUCAUCCAUUGAAAGCCCUAUAUAACAUACAGUGAGUGUUUUGUGUUGGAGCUGCCCAACACAAAAUACUUUUCCCUAACCAGAAUUUAUCCUCCUGUAAGAAAAACACUCAUAUAUUAAAGUUAUUGAAAAGUUCAAUUAUGCAUCAAUAAGUGACAGAAGUUUUAACAGAUAGGUCGGACAGGGUGAGGUAGAGGUAAGCCAAACAAGGUUGUAAUGAAACCUUAAUGCAGAAACUACUGGCACAGCUCGCUACUUGUGAGUAACAAACUUCUAAACUCCUGGAAGAAGAAAUUUGAAAUCUGAAACUAUCUUAAAUCCAGGAACCUGCACUUUUGCUCAGUCACUCUAAGCCAUGGUUUUACUUAGUGCUACUUGUGAACUGGAUCACUAUGUUACACCAGGUCUUCAUGUUACACUGGAAUCAAUAGGGAAAUUGCUGAUAUUCCCCAUACUUUUUUUACUCGGAAGGUGACACUGGAAAACAUGAUGACAAUUUGUCAGUCUGAUGCUUCUAUUUCUUCUUCAUCUAAGCACUCCUUCAAUGAAAAUACCUUUUCUUAUUUUCCUGCUUUCCAGAAGGAAUCGAUUUUAAGAUUUUUUAAAGGCUUUUAAAAGAGUCUGUCUUUCAUUGUAUUUAUAUAGAGGGAGUUGUGCCAGAUAUAGUUAUCCUAAGUGGUUUCUAAGAUGAAGUUAAUAGUUUGUGAUAUCUUUUGUUUAGGAAAGUGGAUCUGGUGGUAUUUAUUUGUCAAUCUUUCCUUUACCUUUUCUGUAAGAUUGAUGGGUACCUUAUCUUGCCCUUUUAUCUUUGCGUUUGGGGGAUUUCAGCAGUGCUGGAUUUACAAACACAUCUUGGCAGCUUUCAGAUCCCCAGCAACAGGUUUGUAUGCAUGUGUUAACAAAUGAGUCUCUGUGAAGUUGUCAGCUUGCAUUUCUGAUGUAAUGAAGAUGAGAGAAAAGUGAGACCUAUUUUGUUUAGUUCAGUUAUCUUCAUAAUGAUUUGUAGCAGUACAAUUUACCUACUAGCUAACUUGAACAAGGGAGAUUUUACACCGACUCCAUUAAAUCUAUAGUAUAGGAACUAUGAAAUAAAACAGAAAGCUUCUCCAUUUUUUCCCUUUCAAGUAUUGAUCCAUUGGCACCAAUUUUAUGCCUCUACCACUGGUCAGAGUUGCAAAGGCAUUGGAUGGUUGCAUCUCCCACACCUUUCAGGAAGAUCACCACAAGAAAAACACGAGCCAUCUGCUACAGAAGGAGCAGCAGCAAGGAAAUGUGAAAAAGACCAUUGCUCUAUCAGUUGCCCUGGGACUGAAGUACAGUAGACCCACAAUUUAUGUUUAACUUGUGCACAUUCAGCUAAAUAAAUAAAUUAAAUAAAUAAAUAAAUAAAUAGGAGCAGGUGUUUGGGGGGAAAGACUUUGGUGAUCUUACCCACCAUUGCACUAUAUGCGCUUUGCCAAUAUGCAAUUUUGGCUUUAUGCACUAAUCCCAGAACAUAACUCCGAUGUUAGUUGCAGGUCUACUGUUUUGUAUGGAAAAACUGUAGCCCCUGUCAUUGGCCAUAGGAAGAAGAGCCACUUAUGUCCAAGCAAGGGGUGGAAACAGCUUGGUGUACUAUUAUAUAAAUGCCUGUUUACAAUCCAGCAUUAUGUUCUGGCAUUGCAAAACUAAUCUCCCUACUCUGCCUCUUCCUUCCUCUCUCCUCUUGUGCUUCUUGAUUUUUUUAGCUUAUAAGCCUAAUGGCAUCCUAAAAGAAGUGAGCCAAAUGUGGUGUUACACAUAGGCUUUCUUUCAGAAUUUAAUAGGAAAGGGAGUGUGCAGAAAUUCUACAUACAUUCAGUAGUAGUCUGUACAAAAUAACCUUCCUAAAUCAUGGAAAUGUUUCCUAUGUUCAUCUGUGUCAAGAUCAUUGAAUCAAAUUUAGUAGCAGGCACACAACAACUUUUGCUUUCAUUCACUUCUGAUGUCUGUGUUUCAAAGAGAAGGGUCUGAUACGUUUUCUGCAAAGAUUUCAAGUUAAUUAAAAUUUUCUGUUGGUUCCCUUUAAAGUGAAGAUGAGAUGCUGCUUUUAAGUUUACUCCUUGGAGAGUUUUAAAAAGGAGGAUGAUUAAGAUGCCAUGGAUGAUGGUGUCAGCUUUCAAGCAUUGUAGUGUCUUAGAUUAUAAGAAACCAAACAUCUUGGCUCUUGAGAAGCACAGAUGCCUGAGGAAGAGAAUGUGAAAACGUUUAGAUCUUGCUUCAUGGUAGAAAUGGGGAAAACCCCACUGAAAAAUGCACAUCAUACUUUUUCAAAAGCCAUCUGAAUGGCUUUUGAAAUAGAGGAAGGUAGUUAAAAUAAUAUCAUCCAUUAAACUAUGGAUUGUAGAUGAUAGUUUCCUCAAGUUCCCAUAUGUUAAAAAUGUGAUUUGAGACUCUCCUAAUGAUAUCAGCUAUUAAAUAUUUUAAAGGGAAAGGGCCAACAGUCUGCUUUUAUUAUUAUUUUUUAAAGGUAGGGAUUGUUGUAAAUCAAAUUUAUUUUUCCUGCUAUGUUCUGCCUUGGAACUGUUGGACCAUAUUUCCGCUCUGUGCUUGCUUUGAGGUGCACUAAAUAUUAAUAAAUGCCAGUGUCACUUUACACCUUGGUUUAUGUUUCAGGCUUUUUAUUGGUUGAAUUAUAGUAAUCUCUAAGGGAGUAUGUAGCUUUUCAUUGCCUGGUUUUCCAACAGUUAACAUGUUGCUUAACAGAUAAAAUGGCUGCAUUAAUGUUCAGUAAUUUAAAUAGGUAUGUCUAGAAAAAUUAUAUGGAAAAAAACCCCUAUUGUACAACAUAGGUUAAUAGAAAGAAAUCAUUUUCAGUCAACCCUUCAUUUCAGCCAGAGCAAGUUCAUUGUCAAAUUUCAGCAUGUAAAAGGCUUUUCUACAUAUGUAAAUUGCCUGCUGUUAUUUUGGCAUGCUCAGGCAUGUGCAACUAUAAUAUUCUUUAAUUAUCAGCUUAGCCUAUGUCAGUCUAUUCCAUCUGAAAUCUGAAAUUGUUCUGUUAAUAAUACAGUUAACAUAAAAUAUAAAAGUAGCAGAAAGUAUCAACUUGGUGUGGAUGCAAUGAGAAUACAUUUGCAUAUUAAUACAGUCGAGUAGUUUGUACUGAUUGGUAUUGAGGUUUCUAACUUCAUGAGGAAAUGAGCUGUGGUGAUUUAAUGUUCUCCAUAUUUUAAUGACACCAAACUGAUAGGAAGCUGUAUGAACAAUUAUGGACAAGAUCCUGAAGUAGAAUAUGUGGAAAAAGUAAUUUUAGAGUCCAGUCCUGUUCAUGUCUUCUCAGUAAUAAGCCCCAUUAUUGUGUUCUUUGGGAUUUAUCCUCAGGCAAGUGUUUAUAGGAUUGCAGCUUAAAUCCACUUACCUUUUGAAAAUAAAGUACUAAUCUGAGGACAUGGGGAACAUGUUUGACAAAUUAAACUAAAAGAAAUAUGAAAAUUUGUUCGGCAUUAUUGUGUUAUGGUGCAGGGACUUAACUAUAUAGAGAUCGUAUCUGAUAGUACUUUUGUGGGAUAUCUCUGACUUUCAAUAAGUGCUUUGUGCAGUUUUCCUCCCACAAAGUUUUUGGAAGUUUGAACAAAAAACACACGCUUUGCUGGACUAAAUAUUCAGUUAAAAGGACAAUUAAAAAUAAGAAGACAGUAUCAUAGGGAAGAGAACGCGGGUGGCGCUGUAGGUUAAACCACAGAGCCUAGGACUUGCUGAUCAGAAGGUCGGCAGUUCGAAUCCCUGUAAUGGGGUGAGCUCCCAUUGCUCGGUCCCAGCUCCUGCCAACCUUGCAGUUCGAAAGCACCUCAAAGUGCAAGUGGAUAAAGGUAAGGUAUCUGGCGGGAAGGUAAACGGCGUUUCCGUGCGCCGCUCUGGUUCGCCAGAAGCAGCUUAGUCAUGCUGGCCACAUGACCCGGAAGCUGUACGCCGGCUCCCUCGGCCAUUAAAGCGAGAUGAGUGCUGCAACCCCAGAGUCAGUCACGACUGGACCUAAUGGUCAGGGGGCCCUUUACCUUUAUCAUAGGGAAGUAAAUUGCUUUUUUAAAAAACCAGCAGAGCCACUCUCUGAUCAAGAGCUCAGCAGUCUCUUUUCCACUCUAGCUUUCCUCAAAGGUCAUUGGGAAAGAUGAGAGAAGAGGGGAUGAAUUCUCUCUUGCCAACCCACAUGGCUAGGUUUCACCCACUAGUGUGAACAGGAGAUACCAGGAUGUAAAUGCCCCAAACCCACUUUCUCCCUGAUAGUUUAGAAAGUCAGCUGAUGUGUAGAGAGUCAUUCCUCUUACAACUUAUAGCAGGAGAUCAAUAAGCAAUCUGCUUGGAAUCACCCAACACACCUUCCCACCCCCUGUUUUUACCCUUAAUUAAAUAAGUUUUUGCAAACAAGGCAAAGUAUUUUGCCCCCAUUCUUCUAAAAUUAUUUUUUUCUAAGUGUGUUUCACAAUAGCAUUAGGACAGGCAUGCAUUCCCACAUUACACAUUUCCCUUGUGGAGAUUUAGAACUAAUUAGAAUUUUCUGUUAAUCCUCUUUAAAGCAAAGAUAGGACUUGUAUCAUGAACUACCGUAUUUUUCUGUCUAUAAGACACCCCCAUGUAUAAGACACCCCCUAUUUUUGCGGCAACAACCAAUCGCCAGUCCAACCUUGGCACUUUCUGUGUGUAAGACGCCCCCUAAUUUUUGACAUUUUUAAGGGGGGGAAACCUAGUCUUAUACAUGGGAAAAUAUGGUACUUUAAAGUUUGUAUGUAGAGACUGCCAUUUUCUGUGAGCUGCUUUUAUCCAGUGGUUUAACUGCCGCAAAAAUUGCCAUGGUGCUGAAAGGCACUCACAGAAGAAAUCAGCAUUGCGUGACUGUUGCUUCAUGGUAUCAUGCUUUAUGAUAUCAUGGGCUGUCCCCAGAGUUCGCUAGAUGACAUCGCGGGAGACCGCUGCCUCAGGAGAGCGAGGGAAAUUCUUAGGGACAAUUCACACCCUGGCCAGCCCCUCCUACAUCCAGGCAGGAGAUACAGAAGUAUACUCAGCCACACCAACAGGUUAAAGAACAGUUUUUAUCCGUGGGCUGUUGGAAAAAAAUAGUGGUGCAAUUGACUUCCGACAAGAACACAGAGUGCGAACAAGACUGAGUGUAUGGGGAGAGGGCUCAUUUAAUUUCACUGCACACAGUGGUGUAGUAACAAAGGAUUAUUAUUAUUAUUAUUUCAGGAAGAAGGAUGAGGGCAGGACCCCCAGUAUUGAAGGGGCAGCUAAUUUUAUAAUCUCUUGUGUUGAUUAGAUUAAGCUGCAUUUCAUAUGUCUGUCUAUCAUCUGUCUAUCUAUCUACCUAUCAUCUGCCUUAAAAUUAUGCAGAGUAGGGAACUGUGUAGCUCAUCAGAGUGAUGGUGCAGACUUCCAAUAGUUGUCCAUGACACUCUUGUAACCACCCAAUAUUUUACUACAAAUACUUACUGGAGGAAAUCAUGGCUUGUAUCCAGUUAGACCUAUUGAAAUUAAUGGAACUGUGUUAGUUAUGUAAAUGAAUUUAAAUAGGUAUACUUUGAGUAUCACUAACACUGAAUAGAAUCCCAUGUCUUCCUAGGAACUCAGAUUUACCAUUUGAGUUUAAAGUAGCAGAAAAACAGAAACAGCAUCUGAACUCUGUACAAGAGUAACCCCUGUGUUUUCCCUGUCCUUCCUCCCUCUAGAAUGCUCCUUAUUCGGUAAAAUGUUGUGGAUCUUUGUCUGGUUAAUAGAAAACUGUUUCCCUCUGCCCCAGCACACAUUAAUUUAAUCUGCAAGUUAUCCUAAUUGAGACAUUAAUCCUUUCAUCACAGUUUAUAUUAAUGCCACAAAUAGAUCUAAACAUGGCAUAACUGUGAAUCUGUAGCCUUCUAUCUUAUUGAGCAUCUGUGAGGUCAUUAAUUAAGUCACACAUUGGGGAGGUGAGAAUAUAGCAAAGCUUGACAUUUUGUGACAAGGGGAGAAUGGAGUAUUAGCAAAAAUGUUUUGCCACACUCCUUUGUUUUUGCUGGAGAAGAAAUCAUUUAAACACUGUUACAGAGUGCCAAUAGGUACAUUUCUUUAUCUUCACAUGACCUCCUAUUGGACUCUGCAUGGUUUAGAAAACGUAUAGAUCUUUUAUUCAUGUUCAGUACAGUGGUACCUCAGGUUAAGAACUUCAUUCGUUCUGGCACUCUUAACCUGAAACUGUUCUUAACCUGAGGUACCACUUUAGCUAAUGGGGCCUCCCACUGCCGCAGCACUGCCACAGCGCGAUUUCUGUUCUCAUCCUGAAGCAAAGUUCUUAACCUGAGGUACUAUUUCUGGGUUAGUGGGGUCUGUAACCUGAAGCGUCUGUAAUCCAAGGUACCACUGUAUACUUCUUUUAUUCAUGUUCAGUAUACUUCUGUGUCACUAAAAAGGCACGCUUUACCUCUAAUUAAUAUUUAUACCUUGCAGGCUUUAUAAUGGGGUACUGGAUAUGUGUCAGAGGAGCUGUACAGAUUUCCUUAUGUGCUGGUGGAGUGAAAAGUAGUUUUAACUGUCACAUACUUUCUGGGCAGUCCCUGUUUUGUUUCUGUCUUGAACAUUAGUUUAAAGGCCCUGUUGAAUUCCAGCCAUAUCACUUUGACAUUUCAGAGUUGUUGAAAUAAUCGUCAGCAUGUCUGUCUUCCUUAUGGCUUGAUAUAGAUCUGAUAGUUGCAAGAUGCUACUGCAUGGUGACAGCAGAGACGGUUAAAACAAACGAGGUCUCAGUUGAUGGAAUUUGCCUUUUUGGGGCAGUUCCAGUGAAGUGGUGUGACCCAAACAUUUAAGAGAGAAAUAAGCCCCCCAACUGCCGUAGAACACUUGAGUUUUAAAGUGAAAAAUACAGUAUGUGUACAUAUGCGUUGACUUGUAAAGUCAGCCACUCUGUUGAAAGCAAUUAGAUAAUUUGGGAAAGGAAAUGGCUUCUAACUUUUCUGUUCCUUUUAUUUGCAUGGCGUUUUGCUUUAUUUAAUUUCCUGCUGCCCCGUGUAAUCAAAAUAUACCUUAUAAUGAACAAAACAUAGAGGUGGAGACCAAAGCAGGGCUUGAUCUGCCUGCCAGGAAAAUAAAUGCAUAUGCCUCUUUUGUGGAAGGGAUUGAUCUGCAUCUAUGUAGAGUUGUUGCAGUUUUUAUUAUUUAUUAUUGAACAGUAUGUUGUAGAAUUUAAUUUAUGUCCCUUACUGUAGGCACAAGGCCCUGCUUGUCCCUUAUUUUGACAUUUUAGCCUGAUAAAGCAAGAUGCGACAACCACAAAGUCAUAGUAUGCAAUGAGUUAGGUGUUACUGAUCUUACUGUUGGCAAAAUAGCAGGUUGUGAUUCCUUGAAUUUUGUAAAAGCUGAGGCCACAGUGAAUAUCAAUAUGCUUCUGGGACAGAAAAUGUGUUAAUUAAAGUCUGUGACUUUUUCAGUACUCCUAUAUGAGAGCACUUCCUUUUGAAUUGACAGUAUCAACACUUUUUUGUAGCUAUUAUCAUCUUCAGAAUGUGACUACCUGGCUUUGUAGCUCAAGUGAACUAGCAUCUGCUAUGCACAAAAUUAGCAAUGUGACACUGUUUUACAGAAUAACAUAGUGUGGUCUUGUUUUUAAUUUGACACUAAUUUGAAGUGGGAAAUUAUGAAGGGAUCUGUAAGUAGCAAUCCAGAUUCAUGGGGCAAUAUGUUUUUAGCUGCCUAUAAGAAACCAAAAGAACAGCUUCUAAUCCCAUUUGUUCUGCUUCAUGUUCACAUCUUCAAGACAGACAGGUGCUAUGUGCCCUUUCUGAAAUCAAAAGAUCUCCUCCCUUUACCGUACUCCCCAAAGGCUCCCAAGCCUUUCUUCUGUUAAAAUUGUGUGGGAUGUUUCUAGAUUUACUCUGGCUCUGCUCUCUGAUAGAUAGAAAGAAUUAACUAUAAUGGUAUACAGGGUCAAUUGAGCUCCACCAGAUUAUUCUAUUGUUUUUGGAACACAAGAAAAUGUUGCAAUGUGGAAUGUUCAUGUUUUUGUUGACCAUGUCAUUUGCUUAUUAAGUUUUGGGAGAAAGUAUUGAAUUGUAUAAACAUGACUGUGCAAAUAAAAUUUUCUGAGGGAAAUAUUAUUUCAAAUUACAUACCUACUAGAACCUUGUGGUAAAAGGCAGGUGAGAAAUAAAUACUUAGAUAAACCCUGGGUCUUCCUCAAUUCUCCCUUUUGUGGUUGGGUGGUGCCAUUUUGACACUUCAAGUCUGAGCAUAGAAUGCAGAGAGAAUUAUUUCACUCUCUGAAAGAGAGAGGACAGAAACCUAUUGAGAGUUAGUCAGUUUAAACCUAGGAUUAAGGUUUUACAAUUGUAGUUUUAAAUUAUAAUUUAUUAUUUUGGAGAUCCUCUUUUUAAACACUAAAACAAAUAUCCCUGUGCCUCAGUGAAUAAAGAUUUGGUUUUUUAGAAAAAUUAUUGACAUCGGCAUUUGUUAAUUUUUAGAAUAGGUUUUAAUAGUAGUCCUUUCUGAAUCAAUAUUUGUUUCAGAAUUAUAACAGAAAAUAUUCUGGUCCACAAAUUUAAUAAUAAAAAGUGACAGGUACUUUGCCAAACUAGGAUUACAAAUCAGAAUUUCCAAAAUGCACUGUUUCUGUUUCAGGAAGCAUAAAAUAUCCUUAAUGUUUUCUUAGUAAAGUAGAAAUUAGGGCUCAUGGGUACAGUUGCAAACUGGAUAAAUUGUCAUGGGCACCGCACAUACACUAUAACCAAGCACACACCUUAGCCUUCGCUAUUGGCUACAAUAAAAGGUUUCCUUCAAGUUUAAUUUCAAUGGGGACAACAGGUAAGUGGUUCCUGUGGAUGUCAGGGAAGGCUUCUCUUGGUACAUAUGCACCAAAAGGCACCAUGUUGCUGAUCCUUCCAGUAAAGCUUUUUCUGUGUCCUGUUUCACUAUCCAUUCUUACAAGCCAUUUUCUCACCCAAUCUGGGGUUCCAGCCUGAGUGAGUUUACAUCAAGGAUGGUUUUCAAAGUCUGUGAAUGUUCUAGUUGCUCAAUUCCUUUUUUUCAAAACUGGGAGAAAGAUAAUUGCAAGUGAGACGUUAAAUAUUUUUUUCCACUUGCAAUAGUGAAUUGAGAAGCUAUGCAUUGACGUGAACUGAAUUUGUCUUUUAAUAUAGAAGAGUUAUUUUCUAACUUUAGUUCUUUAGAUAUUUGGAAAAGCAUGGUAGCCAAUUAUACACAAUAGUGAAAGCAAACAAUGUACCGUUUGAACAGCUUUUGUGACCUUGGGCUGUUCUGAGUAAAGUUAUCAGCUUCCCUGUGAAUUCACAUUAUCACUAGUUUAUGCUGGAGUGUUCUAGGAACAGACUUUGAGGACAGUCACACCAGCUGUAUCUUUGCUCUCUAUGCAGUUUCACUUAUAUAUGGAAAGCACUUUCUUAGAGGGAUAAUGUGAAAUAUUGCUUGGGACACUUGCGCAGUUUGCUCAUUCAUUGUUUAUGUACAAGGAAACCAGCAUGUAGUAUAUGCUAUGAAUGCACAUACUUGAUCACUGAUUGCAACAAUCUAUAUGGAGUUUUCACACUUCUUUCCCUACAUAGAAGUACUUUACGUAGCUCUCUCUUCCCUCUUCUGUUGCCCACACAAUCUUAAUUAAGUGCCUGGCUGCCAAUUGCUUAGCAGAAGUGAUUAACUCUGAAAUCAAAACUUUUUUUACAGAGGGUAACAUUCAAUUAUCGGGUGGGUUUUCCUGGCUUAUUUUGAUUCCGCAACCACCUAAUACAGAAACUGGACAUCUUUUUACUUCAUUAGCUUAUGUUAGACAGUCACAUCCCUACAGCCUUAACAGGCGCUCUAACCUUCCAACAGUUUGACUCAACCCCAAAGGCACGCUCCUCCAUUGUCUCCUGAGAAAGACAGAUGCCAACCUCAACCGCUACCUUACACCUGGAUGGUGAUAGGAAAAUAUUGUUCCUUUAAAGAAAAAAUACAUAGAAAACAGUUUUUUCAGGAUUUUGUAAAGACAUUGUUGAUGUCAUUUCUUGCAAUAAAAAAAUCUAAAUGUCACAAAACAUUUAUCAGCUGCAUGCACACUUUCCAUUUACAUGGUUAACAGUUUAUUUACCAAAAGGCAGUUCUCUGUAUCAAUUAGAGCCAUCAUCUUCAGCCUUUUAACCUCAACCUGUAACAUGCAACCCAUGUAUUGUUUAUAAUAACUAUUCCUUUUUCUCACCUUCCAUCUCUCUUUCUUCCCCUCUCUCUUUCUUCCUUUCUCUCUCUCUCUGUGUGUGUUUAAUAUAUUCAUGUACUUCUUCCUUUAGAGACUUUUCGAAGUGACUUUCAAUCAAAGGAAAACAGCAAAAAGAAAAUUGUGGUCGUAAUGCUAGUGUGGUCCACUAUAACUUGAUCUGUGUCAGAGUCAUUACUCUUCAGUUGAUAAUCACUUACUAGAGGGGUUUUUUGCCUGUUACCUAAAGCUGAUUGAUACUCAAACAUCAAUUUUGUAUUUGCAUGGGGAAAGUUGACAUUUUCAAACUGUCUUAAUGCUUUGGUAAACAUAACAAGUGAAGGCCAUUGCAAAGAGAACUGAUGAGAAACAUAUGAUUGCACAUAACACUAAACAGCAAUAUGACAGUUGAUCUCACACUUUGAGGACCACAGAAUGUAAUUACUUUGUCAAUUUGAUGAAAGCUAUGUAAGGGGAAUGAUCUGCAACAGAAAUCAACCACAGAGUCCUAUUUUAUGUGGUUUUUCUCAGCAUCAUGUUUUAAAUAUUUAUCUCUACUGAUUUAAAAUGUUGUGUAUGGUCUCAAAAUCACUGCCAAGUUAUGUCACUUGGUGGUGUUCUGUUGCUGUAGAUUUAACCCUGCGCCUGUCCUCCUGGUGUCUAGAUUGCCAAAAAUGUAGGAAAGACAAUAUUCUCUUUCAGCCAAAUGAAGUGAUGCAUUCAGACUUCCUGAGGAAACGGCCUCUUGUGAGCAGCUAAAAUAUUUAUUUAUCCAGGUUUCUUCUUACUGAAUUUGUUGUUUGCUAAAACAAGCAAAACUCUGCAGGCUGUAAUGAGAUAAACUAAAACUGAGUGUUACCCCCUGCCUGGAUCUACAGAUGAAUGGUAUUUGAGACACAUUUUUAAAGGGAAAUGAGAUUCCCCCUCCUCUGAACAUCUGGGGGGAAAUGUGGAAAGUAUGACAACUGGUGUCUUGCUGACAUAUUUGCAUCAAAAGUGCUUGUGUUGACUAUUUUAGAUACACAAACAACACACACACACACACACACACACACACACACACACUAUUGUGAAAAGGCCUGGAUGCUGAUAUGCAUUUAAUACAAAUUUCCUAAAUCUUUAUAUACUUCAAAGCUAUAGGACAGCUGGUUCUUCUACCACCCUUCCCUUGUAACUUGCUGUCACAUUUACUUAUUAUUUUCUCCUCCCAAUCUUUCCCUUUUCUGUUAUCACCUUCAGAUGAAUACUGUCUGUCACAAUAUGGGUGGGAAAACAUGAAGUGACUUCUGUUUUGCCAUAACCAACAUAGGCAACUUCUAAUUUUAUGUAUCUUCACCUUUUUAUUCUUCCUGGGAGUUGCUUGCAAGCUAUAGUUGCAAGCGAUAGUUAAUAAAUAUAAAAGAUGCUUAUCUCUCGCAGACUCCUAUCUCAACAGCUUGACAGUGGGGUAAAAAAUGCACAGAAAGACAACCUGGUUACUUAAGAAGUAACCAUGGAACAUGUUUAGUUCUUAUUUUGCAAAAUCUGUGACACAAAAGGCAUUUCAUAAAAACAAACAGGAUUCCAGCAAAGAGCAAGCUGAACCCCUGAGCAAGAUAUGCUGUACGUGCUGAAGGUACGCAUGUCUGGGUCCGGCCAGCGCAUAGAUGGGUGACCAUGUGGGAACCACGUGUACUCUGCCUUAAGUUCUGUGAUGAAAGCAAGAUGGUUUAUAAAUAUAACUAGGAAUGUGUUGAGACAUUUCGAAAUUCCCUCCACCCCCACUUCAUGUCUAGGCCCUGCUCCCCCCCCCCACCUUGCCCACUGCCCUAUGUCUGGCUGUCACAAGUUAGUGCUGUUGAUGCUGCAAUUCCUGCACCCACUUGCCCUGCUGUCCCAGUUGACUCAUUUAAAAAGACUGUGUAUUGUACAUAAGAAAAGAAGACAUUUGGUGGCAGUGACUAGCUGAUGUCGCUGUACUGUUUGCUGCUGUCAGCAGCUGUUGACAGCUGCGUACUGCAAAAGUAGACUGUGCCUUCUGCUGUUUGCAGGCAGUGGAGAAUGUGAUUCUAUGUCUUGCUUUAGAUCCUUUCUAUUACUGGAAUUGGUCACAAAGUCAUACUAGAAGCUCAUAUAAAUACUUAGUUUCAUGAAAAGAGGUUGCCGUUCACUGAAGUUUGGCAAUUACUGAAUACGUUACUGAUUACCUCUGUGUGAUUUACAUGUUUGAAUAAAACGCCAGUCUCUGUAGUGCUGUGUCUUGCUUUAUACGGGUGGUAUUGGAAGGACUCACUGUACCACAAAACUUAUCCGACAGGCAGUGUUUAAAGUUCCAUUGAGCUGCCAUGUUAAAUAAUUCCACAUGGCUUCUUUUUUAACUGCUAUCCGUGCACACUGUUGCAUGCAUUUGCAGUUGUCGGAAUUGAUUGAUUGUAGGGUGGGUCAUAAGUUUCCAAAGUUGGGUGAUCUUGAAAACAUUUAUAACAUUAAUCUUUAAAAGUAGGAGCAUGUGAUUAGCAAGGAUUGUUUGUUCAGUGAUUUUUUUUUUUAAGAAAAGGUGGGGGACAGAAGGAAGAAGACGGUUGUUUUCAUAAUAUACAUGCAUCAUCAAAGUCUUGCCAAACUUGUCAAAGAUAGAACUUGAAGGACCUGUUUAAAUUAUGUUUGUCCUACGGGUAGGCCCCCCCCCCUUUUUAAGGAAAAGCCAAAAGUUUUAAUGUAGACUUGCUUUCAAAAUCAAUGUAAAAUUUGCUGUUUCAGUUGUGCUUGGGAAUUUUCCGAAAUGAAGACCAAAGCACCUGCAAAAACAGCCUGUUCUUUAGCUCGGAUGGUCUCUUGCAUCCCUUAAAGUCAUCUUUCUUCUUUCCCUUUCUCUCUCUUUUUUUGGCAGUUCUUUGAGGUUCCUUUUGACUCUAAUAUGAACAGGACAAAAAACAGACCCCUGGUGCGAGGACAAAUCAGGUAAGGCUGCACACACCUGCUCUCCAAAAUGAGUAAUAAAUCUCAUUGUUCUUUUUAUAUAUUUCCCAGCUUACUGCCCUUCCUUAUGUUUAGAUAAGCAAAUAUGUCAACUUCAGAACAAAAGACUGUGAAAGCGUUGCCGUUUUGUGCUUUGAAGAUUCUGAAAGCUUACAAUGCCACAUGGAAAACAUAUUGGCUUGCCCUCUCAUCAUAUUCAGCAAGGGCUUUUAUAGAUGUAGAAAUUAAGAAUCGCAAGAUUCCAGGUGUUCCUGUGUAAUAUCAUAGACAAUUGUGAAGCAUGUACCGUAUGUACUUGGCUCUGCCAAGAAAAUCAUUCUGGAUCUCCCACAAUAAUUCUUUAAAAAGAACAACAAACAUUUCUAAAGUCUUUAAAAGGUCCAAGUUAGCCUUCUGUUUGAUUUUCCGUUGAGCAAAAGGGACAGGAUGGAACUUGUGAGUUUGAGUGACAGGUCACUUGCCCACCAUUACUUCCCACCUUGCCCACCUUCUACCACCACAUUUCUUGCCAAGAAUUCCAAAGCCUGCAUUGCAGUCAGAAUAACUUGCAUGGACUUAAAUAUGUUUUUUUCUAGUUUGUUUAAUCCGUUUCAGACAAAGAGGCCAUGUUUCCUUGAUGUAGAAUUUGGAUGUAUUUAUUUAUUUAUUUAAAAUGAAUGUUAAUUUAAAUUCAUGAUUAACAGCUUUCCAUCUAAAUUGAAGGUCAGACAUUAAAAAUGAUAAAUUAUUAUGUUCAUUGUAAAAAUUACAUUACAAAAUAACAUGCACACAAAAAAGAAAACUAAGUAGAAAGACGUUCUGGAGAAAUUAAUUUGUUCUAGUCUAUCAGUUCCAGCACUUCCUGUCGUGCAGCAUAGUUUAGUUCCAGUAUCUGGCAAAGGAACCUCACUGCUCUGCAAUAUUUAGUUUAAGCUCAUUAUUUCUAUCAGCUUAUACAUUAAGACAACAUUCAAGUUGUAUAUAAAUAAUACAUUAUUAUUUAAGUUAACUACAGGAUCUACUACAAGUGCAGAUAAUAUUGUUGGGAUGCAGUUUAGUAGCAUUUUUAGCUACUUUUACUGUAUUUCUUUGAUGAAAGUCCUCUCCUGCCCUCACCGUGCUUACUAGGCAGUUUUUAGAAUUGCUAGUUCUGCUGGUUCUGCAACAGGAUGGUAGCACAAUAAGCAUAGUUUUAUUUUUAAAAAUUAUAGUUGUAAACCACUUAGAAAAAGUAUAGAAAUUUUUAAAUAAUAACCACUAUGUUAAGUGUUGUGCAGUACAGCAUCAAUAACUAAGGGCAAAUACCUAGUCUGUUUAUGAGGAAAAUGCAAGAAUAUUGAGAAGACUUCAAAUGUUAUAAAAACGUCGCAUUCAAAAGGCUUAUUGGAAAAUGGGAAUUGGCCUUAUUAAAACAUUGGUGAAUCUCUUUCAUGGCAGGCAUGUUUUAAACUCAGAUCAAAUUCUAUAUAUAAUUUUGUAAGACAAGUUAUGUCGUUUUUAACAGCAUCACUUAAUUUGUCACUGUGAACUCCCUACAGAAAAUCUGUAGUUCCCAGCAUGGACACAGUAAAAAAAAACCCUACAGGUGUUUUUUUUCCCCCAUCUAUGUCUGAUAGAUGAAAUAUAUAUAAUAUAAAAAUUGCAAUUCCCAUAUUGUGAAUUGCAGAUUCUCCUAAGAGAGUUCACAUUGACAAAGAAGGUCCAUACGCAAAACGUUUUGCACCAAAUACUGUUAAUACAGAGUUGCGGGGGGGAGGGAGGGAUUGGCCACGGCAUGUUUUUAAAGGAAGCUACCACAGGAUCACAAUCAAACAGAUUAGAACCGUUGUGGAAAAACAGGACAUCCUUGGGAAGAUCCAUUAUCCCAGUGUGUCUAAGGGCAUAUCAGUCAUUUUAACAACUUGGCUUGUCUCACAAACAGGAGCCAAAGCAGCCUAAUAUGACAACAGCUAGAAGUGCUUGGGAAAAUGCCCCUUCUGGCACCUUCUGGAACAGGGUUUUGCCCUACAUUCUCUCCAUAUCCUAAUACCACCACUUAUCACACUUAGUGAUGGAGCUCCUUUGUAUAUUUCUAUUUUUUUGUUUCACUGUAAUGUCUGACCUUUGUAUUUUCUGAAAAUAAUUAGAUGAUUGGGUUUGCUAUUUUUUAUUAGACCUAGAAAAAAACACACUAAACAUUAUAUAUCUGAAAUGCCCAUUCUUUCAUUCUGUAUAAAUCGUUACCAGUUUGUAUUUCUUACUUUUUCCCCUUCAUGACAAAUCAUAAAGCAGGAAUCAAACUUCUUAUGAUGUUUUACAAGAAGAAUUCUGAAACAUGUGUCACCUUUUGUGCAUGCUCUCUGCUCCAUGUAUACAUGCAAAUAAAAGGCAGUAUCCCACGGGGCUCCUGUUUGAACAGAAACUUAAAGCAACCUUGAUUUCUGUUUGUAUAUCUGUUCAGUUUUGUAUAGGAUUGGAUUCCAACUUAACGAAGGUUGGGGAGCACUACACCUUAUUUGCAAACUUGAAGCUAAAGCCCGUAUUCAUAAACUAUUCAACAAACAAUUUUCAGAUAGCAUUUCCAUGAUUUGUGCCAAGGAUUAUUUAUAACAAAAUUAUGUUUUCCCUUAGGCAUCUGUGAACAGUUGGUCCUAUUUAUUUCUGUGUUUUAUCCAUCAUCUUUGGAGGAUUGAAAAAAAAGUGAUGGAUGAAAUUACAUGAAAAUUGAAACAAAAUAGUAAAGCAAGCCCUGGGGGUAAACUCACUCUCAUUGUAAAUAGAGUACUUUGGUAAACUUGUUCUGAUUUGUUCUGUAAGAUGGUGCUAAUUACAGAUUUCUAAGUUCAGUUAAUUUUAUUUUAAAAACAUCAUGGGGAAUAUUCUAAUGAGAACAUCUGUUGAGCACACAGUGAGCCAAAAACUAGGCUGAGCCAAAAUUCAAUUGAAUGGAGGUAUCUUGAAUUUGCUUAGGUCAGUGUGUGUGUAAACUUUAAACUCCUCCUCCUUUCUCACCCCCAAGUAAAAUUAAAGUUUCCCCCCCACAUCUGUGCUGUAUUCAGAGCAGCGCCGUACUUUACGUGAAAAACCUGUUCGAUAUAUACAACAGUGUUUCCCACAGAAAAUACUAGAGGGCAUAAAGGGUACAGAAUUCCCAUGUUGGGCCAGAGUGAUAUGAACACAAGUGUUUAAGUGCACGUCUGUUUGUCCACAGUUCACCUAUUUGCUGUGGUAAACAUUGCUAUGUACAUAGGAUUGGGUUUUCCAUAUAAAAAAAUUUCUCAGCGUUUUUGUAUCCUAAACGCUAUUUGACUAUGUUUAUCACCAGCACAGAGGAAGAACAAACAAUCAUUUAGGUUAAAUAAUAAGUGACACAAGUUUCCAGAGGCAUACAUUUAAGUCAUGGCGAUUUCAUUUGGUCAAAACCAUAUUCACCAAACUUGAAACUUUAUUAUAUUCUCUUCUCUGCCCUUUGUGGUCAUUGUGGGGACUCCAAGGCAAUCACUCAUCGAUCUAUCUAUCCAACUGUCAACACCUAAUUUAAUGUUCUUUAAAGUGUCACUUAACCUUGAAUGAUGUUGGCCUAAGUCCUUAUAGACUUCAAGCUAGAUGUCAACUGGCAUUAUUUCUUCAGCUGGCCAAAACAACGCACUUUGAGAGCUGCAAUCUUCUGCUACGUAUUUUCCCAGGUUUCAAACUUUUCUAGUUAAACUGAGUGUUAAUCAAAACAGCAGAAAAAUGGGCAAAUUGCAUUUAAAAGGCUGGUGUCUUACACCAUUCCAAAAAUAUUUGGGGCAUGUAAAAAGAGUUCUGGAGCAUCUUCAAGAGCCUUCUUGUUUUGAUGAUACAUUUGACUCAUAUCGAAUUUAAUUUUUGGUCUAUUCUAUUCUCAUCAUCUUAAUUUAACCCAUUGUUGCAAUAAAUCUUGAAGUCACCUACUCACAGAGGAAAUGCUCUUUUACACAAAUUUUACACAGGCUACUUAACAGCAAAAACCAUUGCCAGCAAAGCUGGUAACUAAAAAUCAUGGAUGUACAGAAGAUCUGCAGCUGACUUCUUAUAUAUCUUUUGAUUCUAUCUUCAAAUCAGCAAACAAUGGGCCCUUUGCCAUGGGCUUACUUCCUCCAGAUGUUCAUCUUUAUUCAUCUCCUUUAGAGAUUUCUGGAUACCUUUUUAUUAAGAAAAAAAACAACCCUCCAGUUUUAGGGAACUCCCUUUUAGGUAUUUUUCCUUCCUUUCACUUUGCUUUGGUUGUAUUUCUAUAGGAUUUUAUUGAUACAUGUAAAGGGUAUUGUGCUCAUAUGUACUUUAUCUGAGCAAAGCCAAUUCAAAUAAGCUAUAUCAACCCAAAGAUUGAAAUAGCCCAGUCUGCAUUUCCCUGUUGUGACAGUUUUCAAGGUCUUCAAUCUAGAUAUUCCUUCCUCCUCACAAAACUUCAGUUCUCUUUCAGUGUGAAUGAUUCUGAAAACAGCUAUAGCUUGUUUAUAUAGCCAAAUGCCCAGGGAGCAUUCUGCGAUUUGGGUGUUUUUACUUACGCUCCAAAUCUAGCCCUGCUGUGUAUGGGUUGCAACUAACAAAGUCAUUGUGUGAGCAGAAUGACUUCAGCUUACACACCAUAACUUCUCCUUUUUCUCCAUCUUUCCACCACCCCUCAAACAUGCCUGUUGCUCUCUCCCAGAUCUGCUCUGGGGUUUACACCAGCCUUCCUGGAGGCAACUCAGCAGCCAGAGCAUUAACAAGAGCAGGAAGGUGUGAACACACAACACUGCUUCUAGCUGCCAGUUUUUAAAUGAUUGUUUAAUUUAAAGUGUUUCUUUUGACCUUACAAAGCCCUAUGCAGCCCAUGACCCUACUACCUAAAGGGUCACCUCUUCCCAUAUGAAAGACAGACACAGGCCUUCUCUAUAGUAACUCCCUUCUCUAGAAAACUCUCCAUGAUAAAAGAAAGGCAUGCCUGGCACCAACUUCACUCUAAUUAUGCAGUAGAUAAAAAUGUUUUUAUUCAUUCCAGUCGUUCCGGACAGCUUUAUGAUACUGAUGCUGCAGUUCUUCAAUCCGGGCUUUACUGUGUGUUUUUAUAAAUGUUACUGCACUGAGACUGCUCAUUGUUAUAACAUGUUUUAUUGUAUAUGAGAGAGAGAGAGAAAGAGAGAGAGAGAGAAUAUCACUUGGAGACUUUUUAGUAUUAUGUGAUUUUUUAAAAAAAAUCACUACUAAGGCCCUGCUCCACACAAGGAAACGAGGAAUGAGAGGGUGGACAGCAAAGCAAGGUCAAAUAAAAAUUAAGAGAUUUCAAAACUAUUAAGCAAUUUAUCAAUGCUUUUAAAUAAAGGAAGUUCUUAAAGUUACAGUUCUUAAAACAUAGUUUUACAAGGUCUGCCUCUGCAGAUUCUGACUGUAUAGAAUAGCAGCAACUUCACGGUGGUGGUGGCAGUUCUGCCUGUCUUGCACUCUCUAUAGGUACCCCCUUCUCCCCCACCCUGCCCAUCAGAUCCAGGAGUGUUGGAAUGAAUUCACGACAGACGGGUGGCAGGUGUCAUAUGAGGCGUCUCUGCCGGGGCGAGCCCCGGGAACUCUCUUUUAUUGAAUAUUACAAACAUUGCCACAGGUGUGCUUGUGGCUGAUUGGUUGAUACAAACACAAAGCAUCUUGUUGCUGAUUGGUUAACAUAGGUACAAGGCGGGAAUUACAUAUAUCCAUUUAUCACUGAUAGAUCAAAGGCUGAGAAACGGAGCUGGAACUAGACAGGCAUGAAACCUCCUAAUUAAAUUAUAACUAAAGAUUAAUAUUGAGAGAACAUAACAUGAAGCAAUACAACAAUCACGUUCCGUAGAUGUGGUCAGCAAUGCAUUAAGAACAGGUCAGGAUACACUGUUUCAUGAACUCAAUGGGAACUGUUCAGAACAUUCUCAGACUCAUGUGCAGAAGCAGAGAAAAGAUUAUGAGCGAGACUUCCCAGAAUGCAAGAGAAAAGAAGCAAUAGUUCUCAUAGUAAGACUUCACAGUUAUGUGCAGUAAGAGAACUGCAGAAAGAAAACUUCCCUUUACAGGAACAGAGCAGAUGACAGUGCCCAGGCCAGGAGGACAGGGCAGCUCCUGCCCCACAGUCAGAAAGCUGACUUGAUGAUGGUAAAAGAAAUCAGAGUAAACACAGCAUUCUCCUUUGCACUUAUCCAUCAUUUCAACAUGCCUAUAUGUCUCCUUUCACCUGUCACACACUUCAAAAUUCCUGUUGGGGGAAAACCAACAACUUGAUUCCUUUGUUGUUAUAUUUUGACUUAUUUGGCAAUAACAAAAGUUAAAACUUUCUCAAAUCAGACGUUUUCGAAAGAUGCACACCCUACAUUCUAACCGUAACAGAAGCCCUUAUUUGUAGUUAAAUUAUGAUGUAUUACAUUUUUGUGCAUUUUGUUAUAAUAUAAUCUGAGCCUUUUCACACUUCAUAAGGGACCAGUGCUCUAAACCAUGUUAGGUUGAAGGUUAUCAUCUUAAAUUGACUCUCAUACUAUCCAAAAACCAGGAAAGCUUAGUUGUUGCUCUUCAUUUCGUUUCAUGAUCUGCAUUGGUUUCAUUUGCUAUAUUAGGCACUUAUAGGAAGCUCCUUCAGGAUAGAAGAACAAUUCAACAAGAAAAUAACAAUUAAUGGUAAAAUCUGAUAUUUUUUGCCUGCCAGUGGAACUGACAUCAUUGGCAGAAUGAACUCCCCCAAAUUUAGUCUUAUUUAUAUAUUUUAAAAAUUGUAUAUUGCUAUAGCAUGAAAAAUAUUAAAGUGGUUUACAGCAAAUUAUCAGUAGAAAAGACUUUAUGACCUGAAAGUAGAGACAAUGCACUUACUUUUGUAACCCAAGAAAAUCUUUAAUAAUAAUUGUGUUUUUAAGUGGUUUACAGCUAUAAAAACAAAACAGUGCAAUAAUACAAUAAAGCCAUCAAAAAGUUAAAAACAUAUCUCAAUUAAUCAUUGUGGAAGGGUGUACUCUUAAUUGCCUGCAUAGACCUGGAGGAAUAGAAAAGUCUGUUGGUGGAGUACUCCACAGGACUGAACCAAUGACACUGAAGGGAUGCCCUUGAGCUGAGUUCUUAAAUGCAUGUGAAUUCGCAAAAGACUGUAGUAGAGCGGUAGAGCAGUGGAGUUCUUCUUUGCAUGCAAAAGGUUCCAAGUUCAAUCCCCAGCAUCUAAAGGUAGGGCUUGAAGAUACUAUUGUCUGAAAUCUUAGAGAGCCGCCACUGGUCAGUGUGGACAUUACUGAGCAACAAGGACCAGUGUUCUGAUUCAAUAUGAUGCAGCUUCUUACGUUUCAAAUAUUACUGGUUUCUUAAAAAUUUGUUACUGGAUAACUGGCUCAGAACUGAAGUUGCAAAUGCUUUUGUUUAACGUGAUGUGGGGAGGAAGAGAUGUUCCCGUUUGAAAACAACAUAGUUCUAUAGCGACACCACAGCAGUGUUCUUUUCAAAUAAUGUUUAUCCUGGAGGUAUGCAACUUUUAAUAUAACUGUAUGAAAACAAGUGUGUUCUUUCCUGCUGAGUUCCUUUUCUUCCAUGCAUUUCCUCUGAAGAGUGGGAAGCUGGCAUUGCCUGAGUGUUGUAAAUAAGAAAUUUUAAUAAGGCUGUUUUAUAUUUUGACAUGUCCAAUUACUCGUGAAAAUGUUGCCCUUGCAUUUUAAGCAGCAGGACGCUUAUUCACUCCCCUGCUUCAGAUAGCUACAUUUACAGGCAAUGAAGGAAAAAUCCUUAAGGCUAGAACACAGUUUAAAGAGAAUAAAACCCACAUCAAAGGAUGAACUAAUGGAUUGCUGUAAUGCUUACUAUCUUGCUUUCCCAAAGGGAAUAGGAAUGGCAGUAGCUAUGUAUCCAUACACAGUGUUGAUUACAUCCUUUAUGGUCAAUGAGAGUUCCUGUUUUAUGUUCAUAAACAGAACCUGAUAACUGUUUUUAAGAUACAUGUGUGUGGCUGGGUGUGGAUUUGUGUUUGUAUGUGUAUUUCUUUGAUUCCCCAUGCAAGAUACAAAAUUAUUGCACUUUAAAUGGAAACGGCAGUAGUUGCCAGCUACUCAGCUCACUGUUUCAGUUGGUUGUGCUGUGUGAAAAAACUCUGCAGCAGCACAGUAGAGACAUUCCUUUAUAAGCAGUUCUGUUUGUUAAAUAGAAAUCCCGCGGAAACAUUUGACCCCUCACGCCUUGCUGCUUUUCAAUUCAGCUGUGAGGCCUUUGCCAUGGAAUUAUUUAUCAGGGCCUUUAAUUGCAUGUGGGACAGUUGAUAAAUUUGAGUGCAUUGUGCAUCACAUCACGUUAGGAAACAUCCCAGAUGCUCAUGUAUAAGCCAGGAGUCAUGGUGCAUUUGAGUAAAUAGCCCUCCAUCUGCUUCUGAGGACCACUGCUGAGUAGCGAUAUGCACUCCUAAUGGAGUUGUCUUAGCCUCCUGUGUCAGCUGCGCAGUAGGAGGUAGGGCCCAGUUCGUUUGAAGGAGUACAGCGAUUGUAUACUAUAAUCCUUCUGAUUAUGACCUCCAAUAUGAACAGACCUUUGGGGAUGUACCAUUUAUGCCAAUUCCAUUUUUUUCUUUUAAAAAAAGAAAUAAUGGCAGAUAACUUCCUUUUCUUCUGAACUAGCCAUGGGGAAGUAUAGUCUGUUGUGGCACAAAACCAAAAUAAUUAGCUAGUAUGGUAGACAUGCAAAUACCCAGUGGCCUUGAUAUCCAAGCCCCUUGCAAAUCUAAUCUGGAUGAACAUGCAUCUGUGGUGAAAGUGUACAGGAGUAGAAAGGCACAGAGUACUGGCAGAACAUUUCAUUUAUACUUGUUAGCUUAGAUUACUAUAUAGUUCCGUAGGAUUUUCAGCAAAACACACUGCCCACUUUUAUUGCUGAAACACAGUCACUAAACAAUUCAGUUUUCCAGAAAGUCAAGUCCUAAUAAUUACAGAGGCAAACCUUCCCCCCAGAUGGUUGAGCUGUUUCUUAAAUGCAGUAUGUGACAAUUUGUCACCAGGAGGUCCUCCUAGGGAUAGUGAAACACUUCAGUUGAACUGUCUGUGUUUUCAGCACCGGGGAGAAUUCCGAGUGGCAAGAAAGACUGUUGCCUGCAAUAUCCCCAGGAUAUUCAGUGGUACCUCGCAAGACGAAUGCCUCGCAAGACAAAAAACUCGCUAGACGAAAGGGUUUUUUGUUUUUUGAGCUGCUUCGCAAGACGAUUUUCGGAAACGUCUUGCAAGUUUGUUUCCUUUUUCUUAACACCGUUAAUACAGUUGCGACUUGACUUCGAGGAGCAACUCAUAGAACGCGGUGUGGUAGCCUUUUUGAGGUUUUUAAAGACUUUGGUGAUUUUUGAAGCUUUUCCAAAACUUUCCCGACACCGUGCUUCGCAAGACGAAAAAAAUCGCAAGACGACAAAACUCGCGGAACGAAUUAAUUUCGUCUUGCGAGGCACCACUGUAUCCUGUAAGUGGGUUUUGGGAGCCUCCAAGAAGAACUGAAGACUAGAGCCAAGGAAAUAGGGAUAAGCAACUAGGAUAAGCUGUCUCAUUUGAACAUUGUCUUUAUUUCUGUCCUUGUUCAUAGCUGCCCAUAUAAAUCUGCCUAUAUGCAUUGUUCAGAUGAGAAUGUAGGUGUGUUGCUACUGCAGAGGUGUAUAUCUAAAAGCAGAGUGUAACUAAUAGUGGGAAAAACACAUCAAGAGUGAUGUUUCUUAUGGGCUACCAGAUUAUUUUUUAUAAAGAAUAUAUCCACCCUGCCUUGUGAAGCAAUACAUCUUGUCUCUGGGAUAAGCCUGCCAUUUUCUCAGUGUUUAGUCCUUAUGGAGUCUGUCAAAUUUAUUCAGAUUUGUGUUUGUACAUUUUGUUUUAAGACAAUCCAACUCCUUAGCACUCAGUUCUGUUUUUAAUAGUGGGGCCUUAUCUUACUUAACCACAGCAGCCCCAUUAUUCAACAUGUGCCAAGUAGUUUCAGAAAUGACACCACUCAGCAAGUCCAUUACCGAACUGCCAGGGAUAGUAAAUGGCUUGCACCUUGAGUUCUGUUUACAGUAAGUCACGUAAAAAGUGCAUUUCUUCUAUAAAUGGUUGAGUUUAUAAGGCCUUUAAACAAGGGACAGCUUACACAUUAUCAACUUGGCAAGUCAGAUACCAGAGCUUACACUUUAAUUAGGCAUUGCUAGAAUAGCGUUGCUACACAGUUUGCAUUCCAGAGGCUAAGAUACACAAAGAGCCCUCUCACACAUUUUAUUGGAAUCUUCUUGAUAAAGUCACAGUGAAUAUUGUGCUAUAAAUCCUGCUGAAAGGGGACCCUGGGCCUUUUCCUGUCCGUGCAGUGGAAUUUGGGUUUUAACUUAUUUGCUCGUUUGCCUUCAUUAUGAAUUUCUAAUGGCCUGCUCAGUUCAAGGUUUUCUGCAUAAGAAUUUAAGAGGGUCUGCAGCUAUUACUGUGAACCUGAAGAUGGUGAUAGGCCAGCCUUUGGCUUCAAAAGUUAGUGUGCUGUAUGCAGACACUAUUAGAACCUAAGUGAAAAAGGGUAGCAGAGGAAGCAAAACUAUUGGGAAGCAGAAAGAAGCAUUCAAACCCGAAACAAUAAUGUAUUGGUAUUUUUAUACAUUUAAAACAGAUGAUGGGCAGCUUUGAAUAUUAUAAUGUUACAGUAACAAGUGAGGCCUGCUAUACACUUUCUUGGUAAAGUGCUUCUGUUCCUUGUUUCAGCCAAGCAGCUAUGAUUUUUCCAUUCACCCUCAUUUUUUUGUCUCUCUCCAGCAGUCAAGUCAACAUUUUUUACUUCCUAAGUACACUCAGUUACCAUCGGCCUAUUUUAGAGAUCGUCUCCCUCACCCCGAUUCGGGGAGGUUUUUUUCAUUUAAAAAAUAAACCCCACAAUGUGUACUUCUGCAAGUCUUGGUCUUCCCACUGUAAUUUCCCUCAUGUGUAUGGAUGGUACCAUUUUGGCCACAUAAGGAUAGGCAGUCAGAGAAUGCAUUUGCAAAUAGUAUAUGCAGGAUGUUAGGUUAGUAAUAAUGGAUGAAGAUAAGGCUGGCAUAUGCAUGCUGCCAGAGAAUAUCCUUGGCAGCAGAAAGCAGCAUGCAGCCUGGGGCCUGAGAGGGAAGAGAAUUGGCCUUUGGCAGACUCCCCCCACCCUACCCCAAGGAAUCCUUUUGGCAGGGAGGGGAAACUUCCUUUUGACACAAAAGGGGUGAAGUAAAAUGGACCUUCUGAGAAACUUCAGAACCAUUUGCACUCAGAUCUUAUUUCAAUACAGUACAGUGGUACCUCAGGUUACAUAUGCUUCAGGUUACAUACGCUUCAGGUUACAGACUCUGCUAACCCAGAAAUAGUGCUUCAGGUUAAGAACUUUGCUUCAGGAUGAGAACAGAAAUUGUGCUCCGGCGGCGCGGCAGCAGCAGGAGGCCCCAUUAGCUAAAGCGGUGCUUCAGGUUAAGAACGGACCUCCGGAACAAAUUAAGUACUUAACCCGAGGUACCACUGUAAUGCAAUCAAACUCAGCUUUAAGUAAAAUGGGUUGUGAUGGUGUCUUUUAGCAUUGGAUCAUACUUUCAGCCAACACUGAGAUAAAGUAGAAGCAGCACUUUCCUUCUACCAUACAGAUGCAAUAGCUCUGUAUUUUGACUACGUAAGGAUUGCACACUUGGUUUGCUCUGAGCUGCACUCAGACCUAGUUCAUAUGAUUCUUCCCUUGCUUUUUCAAGGAGGAGUAUCACACAAUUGGCAGUUUGCCCAAGGGGUUGGUUCACUGCACACUAUCUGUACUGGGGAGGGAAGGUCCUCAGGCUACUAUUCCCACCACACUUUCACCUCACACAUGUGUGAACUGGGGCUUCCUUAUACAGUAGCAUAGGUUCUAGUGAUAGCUUUUGGGAGGGGUGUAGGAUUGAAAGCUAACGUUGGUGUACAGAUUAGAAGAGCAGUUCUUUCUGUUCCAUCAUUCCAAUCCUUAAAUUUCAUUAUGUAGUCUUAUGCUCACUCACUAUCCUAAUAAAAAAAAUUCGUGAAAAUGUAUUGGUCCAGCACUGAAUUAUGUAAGCAUGAAAAAUAGACCGGUCUGUUUUCAGAAAACAAAGUGACUACUUUAAACCUAGCUGAUUUGUUUAUAGUGCUGCUCAAGUCACUAAUUCUGGGCAGAGGAGAUGGAACAUCUGCAACUCACAUUGGUUAGGAUCUGGGAAAGCUAAUUGCCUCCAAUUUGGUUAAAAUACAAUGUCAAUUACAUUUUCAAACAACAGCUUCUAUACUCUCUGUUGACAGCAAAGCUGGGGUGCCAUGCAUUGAGCUCUUUUCUUGCUUCGAAAAAAGUGAAUUCACACAGCUAUGUGAUAUUUUACCACAGCCAAUAUUUAUUCCUUUGCAAAUAAGUAGACUUGCUGGCAACUGAAGUAACAUAGCUUGGAGUAGAAAUGCCAUCUCGAGGCUCCAAGGGACAGUUUGCUUCUCCAAACCUUUUCAUUCAGAUUGGAUCACUUAAAAAAAUAAUCAAGGUUAUUUAAAUAAUUGUGUGGGUUUUUGUUUUUUUUAAAGAUUCUAGGUUUUUGAUGAAUGUAUUUCCUGAAAAACAUGCAUACUGAUAGGUUGCUGAAACACAGGUUAACUAUUUGUACAAUAACCAAUAUAAUACAUAAUGAUUUAUUUAUAAUACUUUAUGUCAGAAAUCUGAUUUAAGAGAUUUGAGUGUUGAGUUUAGUAUCCUUUGUUAAAUUAAUAAUUUUUCUCUAGCCAGAUUAUUUUUAAGAUGCUAUAUCAUUAGUAUACUAGACAAUUUUUAAACAUGCCUGCUAAACAUGUCUAUACAUUAGACAUUCCUUAUCUCAGCACAGCAGACGAAUGACUGGGAAGGAGUAAAGCUACCGCAAUAUCCUCUUUGGUAGUCUGCACAUGUGCUAUUUAAUGCUAAGUCAUAUUUGGCUUAUUGUUAUGUGCCAUCCAUGAAUUGUCUGCUAGUUAACAGCAAUGCACCAUUGUGUUGGGAUAUUCGGCCUACUGUCCAUGCUCCAUCUCUCUCAAACAAUCAAGAUCAAUCAAGACCACCUUCAAGUUAUUCCUGAUGAGUCUGGAUUGCCAUGUAGACAAAAAGAGAUAUUAGCAGCUCAAGAGUGCUUCUUUUCUAAGCCUGCACACAUCAAAGACAUCUCUGCCUUUUCAGACAAUUGGUUGUUAAAUCCUUUUAUCAGGAGAUAAAAUAUUAUGAUGACCGUCAAAAUUCCUUACUUAAGUGCUUUUAAGCAUGGAGCCAUUUAUUACGUCCCUAGGGAGUUUUAGGAGCUCCACUUUACCACUUGGUAGAACUAGUCCCCUUCUCAGCUAGAAGGAUGUACGCAAUUAUCAAUAUCUUUGUUGCAUGUUUGUACUAUUUCGGGAGUUUACAACCCAGCUUAAAUUUUUUAGCAAAAGCAUUUUAGACAUAGUUAUUUAGAGAUAGUUAUGUAGACAUAGUUUAGAGGGAUAUUCUUCUGAAUUUCCUCAUUACCCCUGCCCCCUCCCUGCCACCCAAGCAGUUUUCAAAAUUAUAUAUCCACACACUAACUUUCAGGUAUUCCAAAGGCUGCCUAGGACAUUUUUUUCCUGCAGUGUAAGGUCUGAUUGAACUCUAACCAAAAAUAUAUUCCAAAAUAUUUUUUUUCAUGUGGUUAUGAAUAUUUGCAGCCAGCAUGAAGUAGUUGAUGGUAAAGUACAAUGAAAGAAGGAGAACAUUGUCCUAAAAGAGAAAUCAAAGGGGGAAAGAGUUGCUUGAGAUACUUUUUCUAGCUGUCCUCAAUCUCUAUCAGUUUUAUAAGUGUGUUUUACCUCUAAUGCCUGAGGAUCUUAAUAAUUCUGCAUUUAAUACAUUGGAAACUCAAAAGUCUGUACAGAUUACAACAAUGGCAGAUUUAGGGUUCUUUAUUUGCCUUACUAUUGCCUGCUGGCUUGUAGCCAAAUAUUAUAGCUGAGAUGCUCAGUAUUCUGCCAAGAACUUGCAUUGAGGGCUUUCUGCUGCAUCUUGCCCUUCUUGCCCUGGCACCAACUACUAUGUUGAGAAGAUUAAUACAACUCUAGAUGUCCAAGAGCAGGCAUACCCCUAAUUUAUUUAUUUCUAACAUAGAGAGAGAGUUAAAUAAUUCAUGGGAAAGAGUUGACAGGAUUUCUCAUUUUUGUCCCUCCCUCCAAGGGCAGCACCAUCUCUCAGGCUUUAGGCAUGAGUGGCCGAGAGGAACUCCUUCUCCCAAUGCCCUGGAUUGAUGGGAGGAAGCCUGAGUUCUCAAUUAAAGCUGUAAUUUAGUUUUGCAUUUCAAUUUUCAAACCAAACAGCCUCCAGUCUUUUUCAUGAGUCAUGAACCUUUUUGCAUGAGCGAGUGAGGAAAUAAGUGAAUAUGCAUAUUAGUAUUUUUUCUUCCUCAUGUAAUGCCCACUUUGUUUGCUUAAAUGAGUGCCCUUUUACUUCAUUACACUGUUGGUUAAUGUAAUUCUGUGUCUUUGCGAGAGCAGAUCCCAUCAUCAGUUUUCCUGAUUGUUCAUAAGCGCUUGAAAGCCAGGGAAAGAUGGUGACAAAAAGUGCGACACCAGCUUUCCUGCUUUUAAAGGCUGUAAUUGAUAUUGCCUCUGUGUCCCCCAUCAAGGAAGAAAAGGUAGCUUUAGCAAUAAAUCUGUAAUCCUUGUGCUUAUAGCUUUUUUUCUCCCUUUUAAUUAGAAGAUAUAUCUCAUUAGACAAGAAGGAAAUUUCUGAUUAAAACCAGUAAUUGAAUGUAAAAACAUAUUUUUCUCUAUCUGUGUUUAAGCGUUUUGUAGGUGACAAGCACCACAUACAGCUUCAUUAAAUGAUUACAUAAUGUGCAAUUUUACAACGGUUUUGAUUUAAAGCUUUGGGUCUAUUUGUUGAAUGGCUGGUGGUCACACACAGAUGGGCUGUUGAUCUGUUGUAAUUCUGACACUAUGUGCCUAUAACAAGAGUUAGAUUAUGGGCUUCAGGUUUUUGUUUAUUUUUCUUCAAAACAAACAAACAAAUAACCUUCCACAAAACUGCUACUGGUAUAAGGCAUAUUUCUUCCAGAUUUAGUUUCACUUUUAUUAUUUUUAUUACUAGGUUAUUCAUCCCUUCUGAAAAUACUAGUAAAUGUGGUUUGCAUUACUCCACAUGUAAAUAUAACUGCCUCAAAAGAUGUGCUGAGCAAGUUGCUGUGUGCUUUCAGCACUGAGGAAUUGCCAGGAUUUGAUUAUUUGUGGUGACGCCUUAAUUUGUUAUGAAUGCUGCCUUCAUUGUAAUUUUCAAGUUAGUCCAAACCUUGUGGAGGGAAGCAGAUACAUCUGUGUGUGAAGACAGGCUAAUGCCAACCUACCACAUGGGAAUUGUGGGAAAGUAAAGAUGAUGAUGGCUAGGUUUGAACCAUGUCAUGGUUAGUGUUGCUCCACCUCUAGUUAAUGACUCAUUCUUUUGCUCAGAGUUAACAUCUGCCCAUGCUUUUCUAUCGUGUUUGGUUGCUUCUUCCUGGUUCUUGGCAUAAGUAGAUGUAUUGUAUUAUCAAUUUGUUGUACUGAUUAUGUUGUUUGUAUUGGUUUGCAGAUACUCUGCAUGUCUUUUCAAAGCACAUUUACUCAAGUGGAUUUUGCUUUAUUUUAUUUUAUUUCCCCCCAUUGUGCACACAUGUUCACACUACCACCACAAAGCUGAAAAUAAAUAAAGGGGAAGCCUUCUCCGUCAAAAGUUUUAACUUUACACAAACCCCACCCCGCACCCAGCAUAAACUAAUGUGACUUUGCAUAUAUCACAGUACAGUCUCUAUGUAAAGGGGAGAGAGCAACUUCAGAUACACCAAAAUAUAAAUGAAAAUAAAGAAUACAGAUGUACUUCAGGCCCCACAAAAUCUGCAAGUGUUUCAGUAUUUCAAAUAUAAACAUUUCCUAUCUGAAAACCAUGGAGGAAAAGCAGGAAAAACACACUGGACCUUAAAAUGUAACUCUAACCAUGAAACUCUGCAGUUCAGGGAAACAUUUUCCCCACUCAGCAGCACCAGAGAUGACCUUCCAACCACAUAGGUGAUACAGUAUUUCUCAAGACAGUAGGUUCAGGUGUGUUAGAUUCAUGCAUGCUGGGAACUUGUGAUGGCAGACUUGUGAUACACCACAGUAGUGCAUCCGCAGGUGGUACUGGCACAAAGAGUUUCAAGAGUCAGACUGAGUGCCUGCCAGCAGAACUUAUCUCCAGGGGUCCAAGAGGCAGUUUUAAUUUUUAUAAAACAGAGGAUAUAGGUGCCUACUGGAAGGGAUUUUUAUUUGAUAGCAAAAUGGCCAUAGAUGCCAGGUGUGUGUUCUUUUAAAAGGUAGUUGUAUGCACUUGGUGGGAAAAUCAGUACCAGGCAAUGCACAAGAGCCAUUUGUGCUGUAAAUUAAUGAGUGACAGGGUACUGCCCUGGUUGCAUUUUGAUAUGGGAAAGAUUACCCUAGCAUAGCCAAAAGUACUCCUAUAUUGUAUAGUGGUCAUUGUAUAGUUGCUUUAGGUUUAAAUAGCCUUCCUUAGUCAUGAGGACUGGUGACUUAUAAAAAAAGUUUAGAUAAUAAAAUUCUGGAGUUGGAUGUGUGGGUGAACAUCUGCUCAUAGUUCAGGGCUUUCUCAUCUCCCCCUUCCCAGUGUAGACCCCUGGGGGGGACUUUAAAAAUGUUAUUGAGAAUUAGAAGACCCUCCAGAGUGAUGCUGAGUGUGGUAAGAAGUGGAAAUAAGGGAGGGAACCCCCAUGGAAACGGACAUGCUUUUCUCUCACAAAUGCCUUUAGGUUCAAGUACUGAAACAUACAUACAUCUGAAAUAAUGCGAUAACUAUAUGACUUCUAAAAGUAAAGGCAUCAGUUAUCUGUAGAAAUUACUGAAGUUUCACCAUCCAUGAACCUACUGUGGAGAAGGUGUCUAGAGCUCUAGAGCGACUGCAUACUGAAUGCAUUGAGAGCACUGCAAAGAUGCAGGUCUUUGCUUUCAGUAGAGGUCACGAUGGUACCUUGGGAAAAGUUGUUUCUAAAGAUCUUGGAGCUUUCAAAACUUGUCCACAACACCGCUCUGCAAGUGUGAACAGUACAGUGGUGUGGUAAUUAUGCCCAAACAUCCCCUACAGAUGUACUUAAUGUGGUUUAGCUUUGCUUACGUGAAUGUAGCCGAAACUGUAGGAGGGACCCAGCCUUUCAAGUCUGAACAGCAUUAUAUGAGACAAUGUUGACAAGGGGAAAAAUAGGCUUGUGAAGUCUGUUUGCAUUUAUAACUAAUUGAAGGUUAUAUGCCUAACACUUCUGCCUCAGAAACCAAUAUGUGAAUACAUUGUUCAAAUGAAUCAUCAAAUUGAAAACCUUUCCAGCAUCAUUAAGGCUUCUAUCUUUCAUUCAUGUUCUGUCUUCACAACAAUGUGUUUGGUGAUUCUGCCUUUCCUAAUCAGUACAACAAAAUGUUGACAUUUUAAAAAACGUGCUCACAAUGACUCUUUUUAUUACAAUAAACUGUUUUGACAGUGUUGUACGCAGAUGAAAUUCCUGUCUUGGGGAGCAUCCAUCUCACCUUUACUGUCCCACUUACCUGUUGGUGCAGAACAUAAUGAAAGCAAAGUUAAUUUAAAAUUGUUCCCAUUGUCAGCAGCAACAAUGAAACUAUAGCUUUGGGGGAGAAAAGUGUUUCAUUGCUGGUGUACCUGCAACCAAAAAGUACAGUGGUACCUCCGGGUGCAAACUUAAUCCAUUCCGGAGGUCCGUUCGUAACCAGAAACCGCUCGUAACAUGAGGCACUCUUUCCCUAAUGGUGCCUCCUGCUGCUGCCGCGCUGCCGGAGCGCAAUUUCCGCAACAGAGGGCAUCUACUUCCGGGUUAGCGGAGCACGUAACCCAAAGAAUUCAUAAGGGGGAUGGUUUGCAACACGAGGUACCACUGGAAGGAAGGAAGGAAGGCUGAUUAAAUGCAAAUGUGUAGACUAGCAUUGCCAGCUGGUUAGGGGCAUUUGCCUGGUUGAUGCCUAUUUUGUCUCAUUGCGGAUAGCUGUGUCAAUGCAUUUGUUAAAGAGUAUGCCAUGGAGCACUAUAGAAUAUGAAUACAGUCUCAGGGUUGUUGUCUUGCCUGUUAGGUAGGAGUCUAGAUAAAGAACAGGUUUUUGUUUUGUUUUUUAUUGUUGUUUUACCCUUAUGCUCUCUCUUUUUAGUUUUUUUAAAAAUUCUUUUAUAGAAGCUGCCGUGGGAACUGGAAAAAUGAGCUAAGACCAUGUUAGAUAAAAUAAAAUAUUUAUACGGUCAUUUGUUAGCAAGAUGGGGGAAAUUCAUUCUUAAUGUACCGUCUGCUGCCACAUAUUAGAGUUUGGAUGAUCUGUGUAGUUACCUGAAGCCUACGCAAUUAUGGCUUCCUGGACAUUUUAUCUUGCAAUCCUUUCUGCACUUACCUGGGUGUAAGUCCCAUCAAACUCAUUGCAGCUUUCUUCUGAGGAGACAUUCGUGAUGUUGUUGCUAUCAUUUCUCCCAAGGAGGGGCAGAGUGCCUGAUUUUCUGAAAGUGCUGUCCUUCACUUUGAGUUUACUUCAGUUUUGGAUAAGCUGCCUUGAACAUGUCUACAAUUAAGAGUCCAUUUUGGAACAAGGUGGUGUGCAGCCAAGUUGCUAUGUAUGGUGCUUGAUUCAACAUACCUUUUCUUCCAUUUGGAGGCUCAGGGCUGUGCUGCUAAAUGAAAUAGCAGUGCUCAAGCACAAAGCUCUGGCAUUUUGUCUCUCACAAAUGGGCCCCUUAUGCUGCUGGUGUUGUCACUCCUGUUCAGAUGGAGGUAUACAUGUACCCAUUAGUGAGAUUCCAUUAUUUAUUAUAAUAAAAUAAUAAUCAAAAUUCCAUAAUAUUGGAAGGUUGAAUUGCACAAGCAUUUCCUUGAAUCCACUUAAGAGUUCAAUGACCGUGUGCGCGCAUGCAUGCUUACAUCUCCAUUUAUGCAGCAGAGAAAGUGUAAUAAGGGCUGAGAAGUUAAUCAAUGCCUGUUUUUAGGCUUAAUUUAUGGAUGUCCAAUCUGUAGCUCCCUCAACCUCCAAUUCAUUUCUUAAUUAUGUUUGUAAAGAACAGCGGAAGCCUGUUUUCACCAACUGUGUUGUCUGCCAGUUCCUAUAGAUCGAUUUUUUCUUUCUUUCAUGGCACAGUGAGAGCAGCUGAGCAAUACAUUGUGAUGGACCUGGAUAAAUUCAGAAAUAAGUCCCAUGAUCAUGUUGAUAUUCAGCACUGGAAGACAGUAUUUAGCUGUCUCAAAACAAUAAAAUAUAAGCGCAGUUUAACCAGUUCAUUGUAACAAAAGCCCUUGAUUCAAAGGAUUUAUAGUCUCACAUGAAUUAGGUACCAAAAAAAAGCCUCUGUGGUUUUGGUUUGGUUAUGUAAUACCGACUGCUGUCCAUUGCCCAUGAUGAGUAGAGUUCCAUAUGAAUGCAUAGCAAUUGUGCAGGGCAUGGAUACUUGAUUCUUACUCACAAGGGAUUGCCUUCCCACCAAAGCUAUCGUUGAAUGGUUCUUUCCCAGACUGACAGACAUUUUUGGGGAAGCCCUGCUGUGUCAGUGGCAGCUUGAUCUAAAUGAGCAGGGAAGCAGCCUUUUUAUUUCACUGUCCUUCAGUCCCUGUUGAUGGCAUGAGGUUAGAGGGGCUCUGCCCCAGCGAAAUGCUAUUAGAGACAAAUGUCAGUGAGCUUUGGACGGAAAAAGCUCUUUGAUUAUUCGCUCCAUUCAGGCGUAUCUUUCCCCAGUAAGCUUUUAGUCACUCCCACUGCUGGCGAGAUGUAAUCCUUGCAGAGCCAAGGGGGAGGCAUGUUGCAUAUUCCUUAAGAUUACAUGGUGUACCAAAUAAUACACAGACAGUGGCUCUUAGCUAUGCAAAGGUCAUGGGCUUCCUUGACACAGGUUGCUUCUCCUUCCUGCCAUAAUGUGAUGGUGAUUUAAAUAAUAGUAAUAAUAAUAAUAGGCAGCAUCUUUUUAAACUAAACUGGCUGUGCAGAAGCAGAGGCCUAAGAAAAUGGUUCCCAUAGCUCAGUGGAGGAGUGAAUUCCAUUUUAUUACCAUUUUAUUUUUGUACCCUAUCCUUCAGCAGGUUCCUAUUAUGCCUCCCAUGCAUCAUUUUCCACAUUCAGUUCUUGGUAUAUUGUGUUUAAUAGGAGCUGAAUGAGCAGGGCUGGGAAAGACCUUUGCCCGAGACCUCAAAGAUCCACUGCCAGCCCAAAUAGACCAGUGGCAUAUGUUCAUAAUUUGAUUUCUGGAAUAGUGCCUCUUUGUUGACCACUAUGCAGGCAGCAGAAAGCAGCUCCCAAGGUAGACACACUGGAUACUGCUAUGGCUUUGGGUAUGUUCUAUGUUCUAAAAUGUGCAGCUGUUUCUCUGUACUUCCUUUCUUGAAGUGCAGUUAAAAAAAUGUAGGGUGGCAUAUGCCGCACUCUGGCUCAUCUUCAUGUAGCUUAUGAAGGGCCCUGGCUUGGUAACUGUGAAAAGCAAGUGAAAUAACCUGUUCUGUAAAGUAACAAUAUUCUCUGUCUUCAGCAGAAGCUGGUUGUGUGCCCUUGGGCACUCUUGAGGUGGUGGUUCAGAGCACUGCCAAAGACAAGGCAGCUGUGCAAAUUUUCAUGGAAUUUAUUUGUUUUGUGAAUAUGAGCUGGUUUUGACAGCCUUUUGCCUUACAGGGUGGUACAUAAAGCACACCACGUAUAUCCUGUUCAUACCUCAUCAAAGUUCUCUCCUAACUCCCGAUUACACCCAAACAUACACACACACACCCCUAGUGAUUUUAGAAAUGGAUAAAACACACCACCUGGAUCAUCAGGUCCCAGGCUAUGUCUGCAAACAGGAAAAAAAAUCUGCUUAUGACUUGUGAACAGAGCAGAUGUUACACUAAGGGAAAGGGAACAUAUUGUCUCCCAUGGGGUCUGUCACUGUCACACAGGUACUCUUCAGAGUGUGACUGCAUUGAAUUUCCAAGGGCGGGUGGGGGAAACGUGCCCCUGUUUUUCUAUUGCACAUUGUGAAAAAAAGUCUCCCCUUCUGGAAUUAAAUAUUGCAGUCAAUACUGCAGAAUAUUGUUUCCUGGAUGAAAGAAGCAUUUCCAAAUUCCAGAUGCAAACAUCUAGUCCAUGUAGAAAGUGCUUCAAGUUUUACAUCUCCCUAGCAUGAACAUGGCUUUUAAUAUUAGGCCUUUAGCUGUACAUCACCUAUUGCAAUAGCAAAGGAUAUUUGCACAUUACGGCUUCUGGGGUCAAUUUAGUAAUAUGGAAAAUUGGUAAAUAACAGCCAGCCCUAUUACAGGCAAGUAGUUGUGUUUUUCCAUAAAAAUCUCUCAAGCCCUAUAAUAUUGGCUUUCACAGAGUGUUCUGCCAGCUCCUCAAAGAGUUGACACUUGACUUAUUUUUAUGCCACAUGAAGUGGUGCAAACCUAAGAAAGGCAUGUCCAGAGCAUAAAUAGAUAUAAAAAAUAUAAUUCAUAUUUUUUAAAGCAAGUUCUGCAUUCACAAGACAAGAUUUUCCAUUUGGAUUUUAAUGUUUUCAUGUUCGCUUAGUUUGGAGAGAUUCUUUUGGAGCUCAUCACAAUCCCUUUUUGUUUUAAGCACUGUGAACAAUUUGGUAUCACCAGACAUGGCUACUCACUCCUAACUCUAGAUCACAUUAAUCCAUGGAAAUUGAAAAGGGAGGAACUUACUGUUAUCAUCUGCUUCAAAAAAAAAAUGUUUCAGAAAUGUCACUGAACAAUUGAGGAACAUGCUUUUAAAAAAUGUUUCAGUGUCCUGUUUUUGCUAUUUUCCGUUUCAACAGUGUUCAAAGUACAGCAUCCUUUAUAGCUCAUCUGAAGUGGUAACAAAAUUCCUGUCUUUUUCUCUUCCCUUCCCUCUGAACUUCAUCAUCAGUCCAUUCAGCUAUCUUUACACAGAUACUUGAGCCAAGUGAUCAAGUGAUGAGCUUGCCUCCAUUUCCAGGGUGCUAGAUUCACAUGACAAAACUCUGUCACUUCUUAACUAAUGUUGUUGUGUAAAUAUAGGCCCAAGUGUUACAAGAUCAGUGCUUGAAUGGGUUCACUGAAAGCUGCAUGUAUUCAAAAGAACAUUUUUUCUUGGCUCAGAAGCUUGUGAGAAAAAUCUGAUAAACAUUGCAUUCCACUAAAUUAAAUCGGCAAAAUCCACAAUUGGGUUUGUAAAGCUGGUAAAAUCAUGUUCCAGCUUAUCAAAUUGUUGGCCUGGUCCAUUUAAUUAAAAGUUAAAUUGAAGGCAGACAUUUAUUCCUUCUCAGCUUUCUAACACGAUGCGUGCACAUCCAUGCUUAGGCUUAUUUUGCAAUUGUGUAUAAAACACUAUGAGGUGACUGGUCUGUGUGGGGCUAUAAAAAUCUACACCAAACAUUUAGAUGCUUUAUUAAAAAUAGUUUCUUCCCCACUGUCAAGAGUUGACGUAGCCAGAUCUGGAACUUUAGUGAAACCCAUAGUUUAAGCUUCUAGGAUUCCGAUAAAUUCUGCUAAAUCAGGGCAAUAAAUUUUGAACACAAUUUUCUGUUGAAAGUAUUACAUUGUGUAAUUAAAGCUUGGAUAAUAUGUACGCAUGUUUCUUGCACUAUGCUAUAAACAAUGUAAUAGUUGUGUGUGUCUGUCUCUAGGUGAAUGUUUAGCUUUAACAUGCCUAAUGGCAACUUGCAUACACACCUGCCUAAAUUCCCAGGAAGGGAAGCUCUGCUGCCUAUAUAGCUUCCUCAAAUUCCCUCAACGCCCACUGGCAGGAGGGAGAAGACAAAAGCUAAGUCGAGACCAGUCUGCAUUGGACUGCACCAGACCUGUUUUGCCUGCUGGUCAAAUUUGCUGAUUGUUCUCUGUACACCACUGAAGAAGUUAUGCUCUAGUAGGUGUUUGCUAAAUGUACAUUUAUUCUGUGGUUAUCACUGUUGCCCGAUUUAAGAUUGCUUAAUAAAAAAGAAUUAUCAGGAAAGCAUUGGAUAAAAAGAUAACAGUAAUAAAAAUCUGCCCUCAGAUCCUUUCACUAACAUAUUUUUACAUUUUCUUGUUUGUUUGUUUCUCUUUUUCUUACAGCCCUUUGCUUGCUGUGUCUUUUGCUGCCUCCUGUGCUGUUCCAGGAAUAGCUCUGCUCACCUUCGGAGUAAAUCCUCUUACUGCAGCCCUGGGAGCCUUCAACAUCAUCCUGUACACAUGCUGUUACACACCGCUGAAAAGAAUUAGCAUUGUCAAUACAUGGGUAGGAGCUGUGGUUGGUGCUAUUCCCCCAAUUAUGGGUUGGACAGCAGCAACUGGCAGUCUGGAUGCAGGUGAGAAUUACUCUGGGGGGGAAAUGGGACCAUGAGGAGGAAGAGAAUUGAGUGUCUUCCUCUUAGGGCCAAUUGAAUGACUUCAUUCCCAAUAGAGAGAUGUAUUUUUAACCAAUGCCCACUAGUAUCAUUCGCAUUAUCUAGGAUCUGCAUAUUUCUCUGUAUACUGCAUGACUCUCUCUUCCACUGACUUGGCAUUUUGCAGUAAAAAAAACCAAGACUGUCUUAGGUUCAGGACCCAUUCAGUUCAGUCAUAGGCCAACAGGGGUGUGUAGACUGCAUAAUGACUUGCCUACCUGGUGCAAAGGUUGUGGAAGUCACGUUUCAUCUAGUUAGACUGGUAGAUACCGUCAGAGUAAAGAUGACAGUCAUGGUGCAUGUCAGCACCAGUGAAAUGGGGAACUGUAGUUGUGCAGUAUUGGAAGCAAACUUUAGGUGAGUAAGCAAGAAGCUGAAAUUCAGAAUUGCUUCCUCCAGAAUUCUACCUGUCCCAUUUGCAGUGCCAGGUACACAGGCAAAACUGAGGCAUUUCAAUGCAUGCCUAAGAUUGCAGUGUCAAAGGACAGCUUUUGACUUCUUAGGCACUGAAGAAGGUUUUGUAAUAAGCCAAGCGUAUACAAAAGGGACAGGUUCCGCUUGAACCAAAAAGGAACCUGGCUACUAGCACUUAGGAUCAAAACAAUGGCAGAAAGUAGGAAUAAAUUGACUGUUCUCACAGUGGAGGGAUGAGAAAAGUGUGCUCUAUUAGAACCAGUACUUUUUAACUUGCUCAUAAUUAAACUUGCAUUAGAGCUGAGUAGUGAGGUGGCCAAGUGGUAAAAACAAAAAAGAGUUCCAGGAGUUCCAAAAUGAUCUUUCUUAACUGGGUGAACUGGCAAUAAAAUGACAAGCGCAGUUUAGUCAGCAUGAAGUGACUUACAUCGGGGCAAAACAUCCCUAAUUCUCCUAACCACUAUCCCUAUUCAGCUGCUGAAGACUAUUGCUUAAAGGUCUGAAAUAUGGGGAGCCUGGUUCUGUGCAUGUAGGCACAGGAUUCUAAACCACUCAAGGAGCCCUCAGAUCUUUAGGACACAGGGCAGGGCCACAGAGUGCAGCCCUGCUCUCCUCUCUCUUAGUUGUAAUCAUGUGCAAGGAUAAUGAUUAAAGAGAGCUGCUAAGUUAGUCUUAGUGGCCCCCCGAAUAGCAGUUGCUAGGGAACAAUUGUCCUGCUUUCAAGCUUUCCAUUAGUCCAAAAGUGAGCUAGUACUCCCCCUCAUACUAAUAACACUGCAAAUGGACAAACUUUGUUGAGAUCACAACUUGGGAUGGAAGGAUAAAAGCUGCAGGUCUCUGCUCUGCACCUAUUACUAUUUUUUUUAAAAAAACAACUUGCCAUGCUUCCAAGUGAUGCAUUUAGUGUUGUGUGCAGUUUGGCCCUCAGGCAUAUGUAAAUGCAAGCCUUCAUCCUUCUCUCCCUUUUCUGUGCUCACAUGCUCUGUGUUUCUACAGGAACUAUUCAUCACCGAGUCAGCCAAAAGUCAACCAGGAUUAUGUGACUCCUCCUAGUUUGAAGAUCAAACAUAACCUUCAGUUUUGCAGUGCUCUUGUGAUUCUCUUUGCAGUGUGUGUCACGAUAGGAUCUCAGAUUCAUGCAACAAGAUCAGAGAAAUGUUGUGUUAGCUCAGUGGGCCUGCUCCCUUCAUUGAUGCUGCUGCUUUUGAAGCAAAGGCUACAGAGACCUGAAAAUGCACCGUCAAGUCUUAAUGAAACUUCCUGAGGUGACCAGCCUUUUGGGGGGCAUGUUGUAUUCUUUUUAGCAUUACAAAGCAUUUGUUGUUCUAGGCACAAGUGAUCAGAGUAGUAGAAAGGAGAGACAAUGUGAACAGAUUCAGUUAUGAACCAGGGGAACAUGGUAGAGAAAAUCAAGAUGAAAAUGCAAAAAGGUCCUAACUCUAGCCCUUCUGCAGUGAAGGAGACAAAGAAGUUUAAUUCAAAUGAUUAACUCAUAUUAGAAGCUGUGUGUCCUCUGUGACAUGACUAGUGAAUGUUCAACAACCAAAGCAGGGCUUCUGCUGUACAGUUGUCAUGUUCACUUAUCUGCACUGUGUUUCUGGCUGCAAUUACAAGUCCUGUGGCUUCUGCUGCCUCUCUGUCUUCCCCUCUGUUCUCCAUCUCACUAAAACCAAACCCAAAUUCCUUGAAAAUCUCACUGUUAAAAGGUACAGAUACCUUGCUAAGCAAAUACAUGCCGUGUUGGUAAUAUACACAGAUAACUCUGACCAUGGAGUUUGGAUUAUUCCCUAAUACAGAAUCUGAAUUUUAUUUUGUUUCUUGAUAUGGAAAAUGCCCAACCCUAUCUGUCUCUCCAAGUGUCAGAAACUAGCACCAAAUGUUGGCUUCCGCAAGCGGGACUUGUUAGUUGAAUCUAGGCCAAUUAUACAUGUUAUUUAUAUACAUAACUCUGAGUAGUAAUUGGCAGUGUUCAUGAAGUUGUUACAGUAAGUGCCACACUUUUAAUAUUUGGGAGGAGGGAGAGGUCCCUGUACUUCAUACCCUUGAGUACCUCCCGGGGGGAAGCACUAGAAUAGGUGAUAGUGGCCAAUCUCAGAAGAAGCAUUUUAGCCCAUGUUCUCUCAUAAUAACUAAGCAUUGGAUCUUCUCUGCCCCUUCCCACUCAAAACGCUCAACCAUAGGCUUAUUUGCCAGGAGGGUGGGGGGAGGUAACCAUGCACAGAAACUAUUUCUUUGAUUAAAGGCUCAUGCCUGCAGUUGGUUGAUAGUUUCAUAUAGAUGUUAGGAAUGGUUUUUGGUAUGGACAAGCGGAGUAUGCCAUCUGCUUCUAAAUCAUGUAAGCCACAUCUCUGGAACCCAUUAAUGUUUCCUAAUUAACUAGCUGAAGCAACUUGGCUUUAGGUAGAAGCGUGGGAAUACAUUUGCACCUUGUUAAAAAGAAGGGGAAAGAGCCUACCCUACUGAGCAGCGAUAAGGAACAUAAAGCCGGGGAAAAAGAAAUUUUAAGGCUGCCCAUAGUGCUUGCCAUGUUUUACUUUUUAUUAGGGAGCUUCUUCUCAAGCAAGCAGUCUUUUCUGGUUAUUAUGCUAAAGCCAGUCAUGCAAGGUGAAUCACUUCUUCAUCCUUCCUUCAUUUUACUAUCAAAACUGUCUCCUGCUUCUCCAGGGAGGUGGGGAGGAGAGGGCAUCUAGCCAAUGUUGCCGCUGUUGCUCAAGCAGACUGUAUGUUUACUUGAUCAGUUCCAGUCUCGAGCACUUGCCACAUCAUAUAACUUUUUCCUAGGGAACAGUUCAGGAUCAAAAUGUGAACCUUUCUCUGUGAGCAUUGGUUGGCUAAAAUUGGCCAGGUUUAAACUAACAAUGCUCAGAGUCAAUUUUAUCAUCAACUGUGGUAGCAGAAAUUGCACACGUGUUAAAUUUAAUCAGGUUCAUGGGCUGGGACCAGCAUCUCUUAGCAAGGCGAACGCAUGCACUUGCCAAGGCGGGUACAGAGAAUUUCCCUCCCCGAAAGGGAACCCCAUCUCCAGUUUCUUUUUCCCCCCUGUUUCAAGGAGGAAGAACAUUAUCAUGACAGGAAAUGGGAGGCUGGUGGAAAAUGCCAAAAGAACAAAGCAGUCUCAUUUUUACAGAAGCAGUAAGACUCAGAUCAAACUUCUCUCUUGCUGGCAGGAGAUCAUGGCUUGUGUUUAGUAACACGGCCAAAAAGAGGAAUAUUAAUAAUAUGCCCAUUUUAAAGAAGAAGAAGUUUAAAUAUUGUAAUGGGGAAUUUCAUACUGUGUGUUGUACAGCCUGGGACUCAGGUCUUGGCAUUACCACAUUUCCUUAUGAAAGCAAUAGGGUCUGGUAUCCUUUCAGGAGUGGUGGCUAGCUCCCAGCAUCUGAAGUGUACUCAGGAGACUGCAGAACAUAGCAACCCGGUGCCAUGAAAGCACAUCCAAUUCUGAGCCACCCAGUUUGCUUGAAGUGACAAGCGGGGAUCUCUGCCAUAAUGUGCUUUAUCAGUUAAGGGGAUUUACUCUGGGUAGGCGGUGGUGGCAGAGCAGAUAACAGCCUCGCAAAUGUAACAGACGUUAGAGACCCACAGUGGCCUGGAGCCAUUGGUAUUACUGCUCCCAAGAAUGUUUAUCUCAAGAGACUAUUUAGUUUAUCUCAGAUGCCCCACUUUUACCUUCUGUUUUCCUGAAAGACAUCUUGUCCUGAUUUUCAUUCAUUUUCUGAAAAUUUAAAUAAUUCCUGGGGCUAUGGAAUUUAUAGACUGCCUGUGUAUGUACCAACGGUAAUCACGCAGAGGCUGAUUUUCAAAUUGCCUUGACUUUGUAAUUCAAAUUGGGUUGUGGGCUAGACAUUAAUUAUGUCAGCCAACAUCUAUUUACAACCGGGGGAUUUUAAACUGGGCAGUUCUUAUCAGCAAGUGACAUUUGGCAGAUGGAUGGGUUUAGCAACAAAACAGUGAAGAGAGAGGAAAAGGACAAUUGUGUAGAGCCUUUCCUCAUUUGUAUAGCCCUUGUCUGCCCGGAAGGAGAGCAGUAAAGAGAGGACCUCACUUUGUUCAGAAUAAGUGACACUGAACUUUGUUCCUAUUUCCUUCAAAUGUUUUUUUUUUUUUUUAAUUAACUGGAUCAUGUUUUGAACAGCCUGCUGGCAAAAUGUGUAACUGAGCAGUUUUAGAGAAAAAGACAAAUUUUUGCCUGGAGCACAUUAUCCUGGCUGUAGAAAUAGAGGCCUAGAGAUGUGGGCUGGCAUUGAUUGACCUUAGCAAAGGCUUGAGACUUCUCUUCCUCUUCAAAAUGAUGAUCCAAGAAGCCUCUUACUCAGUUUGUACAAAAGACAGAGGUAUGUCAUCAUUGAUCUGUGAGCAUAGGACGCACAAAGGCAGAGGGCCCCGUUGCUCCAUGUAGUAAAUGUGGAGGCAGAUGGGCAGGGCUAGUAGGCAGCUGUUUUAAAUUUAAUAAGACAAAAGUCAGUUGAUUAUUUGCCUCCCCCACCCACGCUUACUUUUGCAGACACAAAAGCGAUAGUGAUUCUGCUAUUGGGACACCUGAGGGACUGAUGCAAUCAAAGUCGAAGCCCACUCAGUAAAUUCAUUGUCACCUACACACUGUACACAGCUGUGUUAAGUUCCAAGUGCUUUCAUCUUCCAAAUAAAGAAUAUUAAAUGGCCCAUAUGGGACAGCUGCUCCAGUUCACCUCACCUCCCAAAUAUGCAUUAUGAAGUAACCAGUAGGGGGCACCAGAGUAGUAGCAGGAAAAUUGCAUUGGCUUAAGAAAAGGCAGUGUUUGAGGUUUAGAGAGCUAAAAUUAACUUUUUAAAGUUGUGUUGAGUUAAAAAAAGUGUUAAAAAUAUCCUCUUGCAAGCAAGUUGGUGAACUUCCCUUAGUGCCUUGCAAAAAUAUGGCCUUUCCUGUCUUGCAGCCUUGCUGGAACUUCCAGUCAUCUCCCACCUUAACUGCUACAGUCUUUGCAUCUCUACGAUCACAUUCCCACCUACUCCCUUGCCUCUGACCAAAAUCAUUCACCUCUGUCAUCACUGAGACCACAUGACACCCUUUCUUACCUCCUCCAUUCCUGGAUCUAGCACAAACAUUUGUCCUUGCCUUCAUUACUCUGCCUCCCCUGAUUAUUCUGCCUGCAUAUCCAUACCCAUAAUCUUCACUCUUCCAUCUCCACCAUCCUUUGUCCGUCCCCCACAUCUUCAAUGCCCAGAACUGCCUCCAGAAACCAUUUGAUGCUGCAUCUUAUUUCCUUCAGACUCUUUCCCCAAAUUCAGUUUCCUUGAAGAACUUUGACACAGACACUUAUAGUUCUUCCUCUGCCGAAACCAAGCCUAAGCACUUGUAAUGAAGCUCAAGGCAUAUCCUGCCCAUGUUCACCCUUACUGCCAGUUUAUGUCUCUCCUUCUAUUCUUCCCAUCCACCCCACGGCAAGUCUUAAGAUGAUAAGCUGAUCAGGGCGCUGUGUUUUUUUAAUUCUCCAUAGGGAACUAUGCAUAUUGAUGGUGCUAUAUAAAUGAUAACUGUUAAAUGCCGUCAUCAUUUCCUCGCUACACCUGGACAUGGUUUCAAAACAGUGGUCAUUGGAAACAGCCGAGACUUGCCUUGACUGAAUUGUGGUCAAACUUCUAUGCUUCAAAUUCACAACCUUUAUUUUGACUGUGUUUUUGGUCUUCAUAGCCACUGCUACAUUCAGAGGCACCAACAUGAUAUAUGGAUACCAUGGAAGAAGUAAGACUUUGAAUAUUGCAAACGGCUUGUUUGCCACUAGCAUAGAUAACGACUAAGAUGUAGCAGAUGCUGGAGAAGGAGAGAUGCAAAGGAGCAUGCGUGGCAAAGUAACAUGCAGUCAACAUCUUCUACGGAAGAUUUAUGCCUUGUUCUGCACUUCACCACAUGCCCACCCCUUCCUUGUGAACCCUCCUGAAUGUCGGUGCUCUUAUCCACCUAUUGGACCUGGUGUUGAUUUAAAUAAAGUUUCUCACUUUCUCAUUCAUAUGUUUCCCAAUCAACCAUUCUAAUUGGUUGUGGUAACAAAUAAAACAUGUUUUAAACUUGGCCACUAUGAUUCAUGCAUUGGUAACUUUACAAUUGGACUCCUAUAAUUUCUUCUUUGUGGGACUUCCCCUAAGACUGGUCUGGAGGCUUUUGGAGAAUCCUGUGCCCAGGUGGUUGAGUGGAACACCUUGAUGCACACAUAAUUUUACACCUGUGCAUAAGGAGCAGCUGCUGUGCAGCUAGCCAGUCAUGUACAAGGUCUUGUUACUAACAUAUAAAACCCUGAACAACUCAGGGCCAGGUUACCUGAAAGACUUCCUUCCCUGUCUGCAAGAAGAUUUAGAUCAUCUGGGGAAAAUUUACUUGUGGCACCACAUCCUACAAAACAUCACAAGGCACCCUACAGAAUAACACAAAACAGGUAUUUUCCAUCAUUGCCCCUACACUUGAUCUCCAUAUGUGUCUAUGAGAGAGAGAACCUUUGUACUCAAAACUUGCUGAAAAUUCACUUGACUGUUUCCAUUUGGUUUGAUCAAGGGAUAUAGAUUCUGUUUAAAGAGAUUGAGACUGCAAUCUUAUGGUCACUUUUGGCAGUAAGACCCAUUUGAACUCGCUUCCCCCUUCCUCUCCUCUCCCAUGCAGCUCCCUGCGUGCCCCAAAUAUCUGCUCCAGAGCAUCCCCCAACCCAAAGGUGAAGGAAGAAACGGAAAGGGGGUCCUGUUGUGGAAACAGAUAUAUUUUAGAUUUCCAUCUAUUCUUGUACCCUAGUAUUUCUUCCUUUCUCCCACCACAAAACCUUCAGUCCUAUUGAGUUAUGCAAAAUGCAUCUUGACAAAUUGCUGCAUUCUGUCUUACAGUAUUAAAAGUAGAGCAGAAAUUGGAUUUUUCUAACCACAUAAUUUGGAGGUCCUAACCGAUCUCUCCAUCCAUCACUGCUAUAUCUUCCUUGCUUCAGUGUGGGCAGGUAGUGUGUUGUUUUUGCUGGAUCAGCUUUUGCUGACGGGCAUAUUCAGAUGAUGGAAACCUAAUUCUGUAGGCAAAGAUAAGGUUCAGUUAUACUUCAUCUCAUUUUCCAGGUUGAACAUGGAACAACUACAGCUACAUAACCGCCAGCCGUGUUUAUCCAAAGGCAAAUGGGUGCAGCUGGAUUUGCUCUUGUUUUCCAGCUCUAAUCUCCCUCAUCUGGACCAAGGAGGAGUAAUUUGUUUUAGCAUCUUUUUAGCUAAGAGUAGCUGGUUUGUUACCAUACCAAGAUAGAAGAAAACAACCACACACAGUUCUAAGUACAGGCCAUUAAUGGCUAAACUUAGACUUCAAAAUCCCUAUAACGUCUUACAUAAACUUAAACAUUUAAUUUAUUUCCUAGAGAGACAAGAAGCUGGUGCUUCCCGCCGCCCCCCACCUCCACUCUUAACCUCCCCCUCAUGUGUCAGUCAGCUACCAGAAUCUGGAAAUGAUUUUAAAAUUCCUUCAUAUUAUUCAAGGCAGAAGAAUUACCAAAAUUGUGCUCUAAGCAAAACAGCAUUCUUGGGUUGCCAAGGCAGUAAACAAUGGCUUUAGGAAAUGCAAUAAGACUUCAACAUCUGUUUUGGAGCUGAUAUUUUAACCAUUCUGUGUUUAUUUUACAUGCCUGGUUGGUGAUCUCUGUCAUACAUCUGUGAAGCCAAAAACCAAGACAAUGAAAGAGGUAGCAAGUCAGUUUGGAGCUCCAACUAUAAGCCUGGUUUUCCAUGCUGAGUUUUUAACAUAAAAGUGCUUCUGGCUUUUGUCUUAAGUUUGUGAAUGAUAACAUAGUUUAGCAAAUCAUGCUACCAUUACAAGACUUUUUGCAUACACCUAGGACAGUCAUGAGUUUUAAAAGAACAUCAUUGUGCUUGACAGCUUUAGAUAGAAAAGCACGAAUAUCCUGCACCUUCAAUCUCAUGUGGAACCUUAAAGGUUGCUGAAAAUAUCCUCCUGAAACAGUAACACCACUCAACAAUAGCAGAAGUACUAGAUUAAGUAGCUGCACAGGUUAACCACAGGAAGUUGACUAUCAGCCAAACUUGUCAUGGCACCAAAUGCAUCAUUGGCACCCAUAUUACAUGGUCAGGAUAGGAAACCCAACUGUUUCUCAGCAGCAGUUCUGACAGUCUCCCAGCUGUUAUCUAUCCCAAGAAGAAAAUGGGAGCUUUCUUUUCAGGGCCAGCACAGCCAUGGGAAAGGGAUGAUCUCCAUCAGUACUUCAAUGAGGUAUGAAAGGGCUGAACAUCUGCUUCCUACUUCUGCAAUCCUGACAAAAUCAGACAUCACCACCUGCGCCUAACAUCACUUUUUAAAAAACAAGCAUGCAGGCAUAUUAUCCGUGUUGCACCUAGCAUCAUGCUGUAUGUAGUUCAGCCUUGAUGGGUCUUUUCCCAUAAUGCACACGUAAAUACACUUAAACUGGAAUCCCAAACACAGUAGGGAGUAAGAACCAUUUGGCAAAAUCAUACUGACUUCCAAGUAAUUUGGAAUUUGGAAACACUUUCUCAGGGCAGCUGACACAGUGUAGUAAAAACAGUAAAAAAUAAUUUAUACUCUCUUAAGAUUUAGUUUAGAGUGCAUUUUUUUAGCCUCAUCCAAAGGAAUUUGCACAGAGGAGCACAUAAAGAUUUAUGCCACUGCUACUGAAGCACUAUCCACUGCAUGGCAAUUGAGAUAGAGGCAGACAACGCUGUUCCAGUUGCUAUUGAAUCUCUGAAUCUCCAUGUAGGAUUGCUAGGAGGCUCCUCCAGACUAAGCCUGCAAAAUAGCACCAGUUGCUACUAAGUACCCCCAGAGUGGGAACACAAGUGGCUAUUUCUGUAUCAGCACUUUGAGUAAUCCCAGCAUCGCUACAAGUCUGCCCUGUCAGACAAAGGUUUUGGAAAUGUAAAGGUAGAGUCUGGACCCAGUUGCACUGAAAAACCUAAUUCUGUACUGCACAGCAAGAAACGAAGCCAUGCAUGUUGCAAUCAAGUUGACUUUGCAGUAUCUCCUAGAAAGAUUGCGUGAGAAGGCAGGCCCCUCAUAAAACAACUCCCCUUGUUUGGCACAUCAGUUGUCUGGUUUGGAGCUGGGAGUUUCACCUGAAAUGUUGGUUGUUUUUUGACAAGGAAGUGAGAGUUGGAAGUUAUUUCUGAGACAGCGUUAGGACAUCUUGCCUUCUUGUUGCUCCCAGCGUCCAUCCCUUUGCAAACAAAAUGGACUUUGAUUCAUCUUCUGCAAGAAGGCAUAACUCCACUGUAACAACAUCACUUCAGAAGUUGAAUCUGUGAAAAUCAGUCAAGCUUUAUUAAAGCGUAGGCCCUAAAGAUGUCCCUUGUGAAACAGAAUGAAGCAGAUUCUAAUGGGCAUCUGUGCUAAAUUUCAGUGGAGCAGGAUCUAGUCUUGUAGCAUAAGUUUUUGAAAGACUGCAGUUGUGAGGAAAUAUUCCCAUAGUUAUAUUCAGUGGAUCUCUGGGCCUAUUUUCCCCUUUAAUUCUUGCUUCUGUAUAAACUUUUAGGUGGUGUUCAGGGAUAGGUAACACAGAGACCCCGAAUGUUGAAAGAACUGAAACAACCUUACAAUUCUAUAAUUCUAUGAAUUGUUUACUCUUCAGUUUCAGGUCUCUGCCAAGCAUUCAUGGAUCAACAGAAGGUCCUAUGAUACUGAAUUCUAAGAUGUAUGGAGUGUACAGAAUUGAGAAGUUAGUUACUUAACACUUUCGGCCCUCUGUAGCCCUACGUUAUGUGGCUGUUAUAGGGUUGGCAACAUACAUUUCUGCUUAGGAAACCUAUGGCAAAAUAUAGCAAGGUAACAUGCAGGUGGUGACUGGAAUCUUCUCUAGAUUUCUGCUGAGCAAAAUUUUAAAAACUUAUUCAGUAGCCAAAGUUUAUUGAAUAUUCUUCACUGUAUUUGUUUUAUAUGUGUACCUUUGCGGAGUGGGUUCUGCGCAGAGCUGAUGUACAGUCAGUUUGGCCUAUGUGAAAAUAUGGUGUGUGAAGUAUCAAAAAGGUGGAAACAAAUGUGGAAACCAAAGGAUAAAAUGUAUCUUAAGUGUUUUCUACAACAAAUGGAAAGUGUGUUUUUUUCUCACAGAAGAGUCUAAGAUGUUUUUUUUUUUCUAAAUAGAUAGAUGAUAGAUAGAUAGAUAUGCAGUUCGUAGAUAUUUUGCUCAUUGUCUUCUACUUACAGUCUAGAAUUGAUGAUGAUGGCUUAAGAAGUAAGGUGACCAUUUAUGCAUCACCAAAAAAAAAAAACCCCCACAGAUUUGCAUAACAUUUACAUAAUGCUAUUUUACAUGUAGAGGUGCAGAUUUAAAAAUAAUAAUUUAAAUAGAAAUACAAUGCAUUUCACCUUAGUGGGGAGAACUGUGACCUGUGUGCCUGCUCAGUCGGUUCUCCAGGUUGGUAACUAUUGUCAAGCAACUUCAGGGGUCCUGCUUUCCUUUUUAUGGUUCUUUAUCUUUAAAAAAGCAUCUCUUCCAAUAGAGGACUGUCCUCUGAAAAGUAGAACAUGUGGCCACCCUAUCAAGAAGUCAUAAUCAGUUAGUCCUAGCUGGGGCCCUGUCCCCAAAUCAUCAUCUUUUUAUUGUCUCCAGAUGAGGCCUCAGGCACUGCUUUUGGUUCCGAAAGCCUCAGUUUCUUGCUUUCUGCAAACAUAUAAUUGUGUGAACAAAAAUACAAACAUUGCCGAAUUCAAAAUUGUAGAUGAGAAGUGUGAUUAAAUUGUGUAUGUAUGACUUGCCGGAAACGUACUAGAAGUAAACAGGUUGGACAAGGAAUGCAAAAAACAUCCCUGCAUCCCAUGGAAGUAGCACAUACAUUGCUUUGGUUCUGAGCCUUUUGCAAGUGUUCUUACUCCAAAAAUGAUAGAAUGAUAGAAGCAUCUUUUUUUAAGAGUAACAUUUAGCAACUCCUGCAUCUGAAAAGGGUAUUUGGAGUUUAUGUGGAGAGUCGAGUAAACUGUUCCACACAGCUCCAUCCUGUAUACCUUUCACUGCCUUGGGGCAAGCUGAUUAUAUUAAUGAGACUUCUGCACCUGCAAGUGAUUUACUGGGUGUACGAAAUGAAGACGCAGAAACCUCAGCCAAGUUAUCCCGAUUUCUGUGUCAGUGGCCCUGGCAUACACCCUAAUGCCUUGAUUUCUCUUCGUUUGCAGGAGCAUUGCUGCUGGGGGGGAUUCUCUACUCCUGGCAGUUCCCUCAUUUCAAUGCACUCAGCUGGGGGCUCCGCGAAGAUUACUCCAGAGGUGGCUACUGCAUGAUGUCUGUCACCCACCCAGAAAUGUGCAGGCGGGUGGCUCUGCGUCAUUGCCUUGCCUUAAUUGGACUUUCAUCACUGGCUCCCAUCCUUGAUGUCACCACGUGGACUUUCCCCAUAAUUUCUCUUCCCGUCAACCUGUACAUUUCCUACCUCGGCUUUCGUUUCUACAGAGACGCUGACCGUGGCAGCUCCCGGAAGUUGUUUUUCUGCAGCUUGUGGCACUUGCCAAUGCUCCUCUUGCUCAUGCUGACUUGCAAGAAAUCUUGGUACAAAAAGGACAACGAAAAGGAAUCCUUGAGUUGA